CUAUCUUCCCGGAAGCUAGUGGUAAGCAAAACAGCGCUAAUCAUCUAAAAAUACGCUGUUACCUUUGUUUUGUGUUUUUGAACUGUUUUCAAAUUCAUUGUCCAAAGCAACGGAAGACCUUCGUGAGAAGCUUCAUUUGUCGAUAGCGUAUUAAAGAACGCUUGCGCCAAAAUGCAGAAGGGGAAAGCUGCUGCUUCCCUGCGUGCAAUGAUUCUUCAAAUCAGGGCACCACAGCAGUAUCCUUGUUGUAAUAUCUUUAUUUUGAAGGCUUUGAUGAGCUCGAUUUGGUAACUGUAACUGAAACUGAAUCCUGUUUGCUCUUGCUAGUUUUUGUGUACCUAUAUUGAUCGAUGCAAAAAUGUCUUGUAUGGCUAAGGUAAACUUAAAAGUUCGAGACAAGUUUUGUAUGUAUCCUUAACUCUUACAUCUUAGAAAUGCUUGUGAGCCGCCGACUUCACAACAAAGUAAGUGUCGAUUCUCCCCAAUUCUGAAUUUGUUACCUCAGGUCUCCUCAGAUCUGUAAAAUGGUGUCGAAUUUUGGUCAUGAAACUGCUUGCGUUUGUAAUUAUAAGAUUGAGAAAGAACACGGCUUUCCGUGAAGGAUAAUUCCAACGUGCGAUUGAUUGUUCGUUUCUGCAUGUAGGAUCAGACGAUGAUAAUCCAGGACAAGUUCAGGUAAAGCUAGUUUUCUAUUCACUUAAAAUUUAUGUUUAUAUCGACCAAGACUUUAAUUUAAUUCGGUGUUGUGAUAUCGCGUGGAAUUCUACGACUUAAUUUUUAGUGAGUAAAUUAAGCUCUGUAGGUCUUGCGUAAUAUCAGAGAGAGAGAGAAUUUGUUUUGUCUCCAAGGAGUGCGUAUUAUACUAAACAAAGCUUGCUGGUCAGCCCAUUGAGAAAAUAGAGCAAACGUUCGAUUCAUUGUUUUAGGAAUUAAUGUUCGACUUACUUCCGCUUAAUAAGUCACUGUUAAAUUCGCACUCUUUGUUUAUAUCCAUCGACAGAUCGCCCGGGUUAUAAUUUUUCUGUUGUGUGUAAAAGUGGGAAUCGAAAGUUUUGAGGCAGUUUCUGACUUUUUACUUGUUUUAAUUCUAGUGAAUAAUGUCUUUGACUCUAUUUAACUUGUUUCUUGUUGUUGGCGAUUGCCACAUUUUGUUGAUAAUCGUUUUCUUGGAAUCCCCCCUGACGAGACUAAUUUUACCACAGGGGACCCACACAGUUUGUUUGUGCAAUACUCAGGAUUUUGAUUAAAAUUGAUGAGGGGAAAGACAUUCGGCCUUGAAUCUACCCGUAAUGACCAUGAUAACUGGUAGUGACCUGUAUAAGAGGUAUAAAGACAGUGCAUGUUCUCAAUUAGUUAUUGUGUUCUGAAUAGACCUUGUCACGGUUUUCGAUGCCAUCUUGACGAGUAGGCAAAUGCAUGAGAAAUUACAGUGAUUGUAUGAGAAUCUAAUGUCGCAUAAUUUCCAUAGAAUGGCUGUUCUGAAAGAAAUAUGAUUUGUAAACUAAAGCUUCACUCCUAAGGAUUCUCCUGAAAAAAUUUGAAGGCAUUACAUGCACUAGAAGACCUAGAUCGGAACCACUUUUUAAAAUUUUCUUUGCAUUUGUCUGUAAGAAAGUCCCGGGAAAAUUACAGACAAAUAUAUGGAAAGUCUAAAGCAAGCCUCUGGAGAAAUUUAAGCACAGGUUUGCCCCCAAAUUUUUUUAGGACAAUCCUUAGCUUUGUAGCUUAGUUGACAAUCGAUAUUUUGUUCAGAACAGCUGUUCUACGGAAAUUAUUCGACGUUAGAUUCUCAUACAAACACUGUAAUUUCUCACACGUUUGCCUUCUCAUCAAGAUGGCAUUGAAAACCGUGACAGUUAGGUCUAUUUAAAUUCAUCAACACAUAAAGUAUGUUUUGUACCUAAAGCAAAAGAACAUGGGUGGAAAGAAGUUAUUAAAUAGGUCUGGAAAAGGGAUGAGUUUAUCCAAGGAUAUUUUUUUUACUAAUCGUUCACAGAAACUACAGAAUGGCCCGAAACAUGUGCUUGUUUUUACCUGUUGAAUGAAAAUCCUUCCACUAACAGCCCAGAGCAAGAUUAAUGUUCCUACACUUAAAACUUUUCAGUGUAUGGAGUUCUUAAUUGACUUAUAAACUCAUCAUCGUGACUGGUGAUGUCACGACUUUUACAUAGUCAAAUGGACUUUUUUAAUUGUGCUUUGUCCUUGCCUUUUGUACUGCAUGAUCACCAUUUGGUUACAAAGAGAUCUAUUAGCAUCCUAAGUGCCAAUAUUCUGUAUGUGGUAUAGAGGGGUGAUCUUUGUUAAUUGGGUUUAUGGUACCAGCUGUACUAUAUGCCUAAUUUCAUGUUUAGGUAAUGGCUCAGUCAAUUCCAAGCCAGCCCACAACCAAGCCCCAUACCACUUCACUCUCCUGUGAAUUUGUUGAGCAUUUCAUAGGUUAUAAUAUGAAGGCGUGUUUUCCCAGUCAUAAAAAGUCUGCUUACGGUGAGGGCAUUUCUUAGGGAAUUUCAUAUGUAAUAAUCUACCACCUACUAAAUUAGCAAAAUUUACCCAGCUUAUUGGGUAAAUGAUUUUUGAAAAAAUCAGGGUUGUUAAAAAAUAUUAUUUUUAUUAUUUUUUUAUUUUUUUACAACACUUUAUUACACAUUUAUACAAAGGAAAAAAAUAUAAAAGUUAAAAAAAUUAUCAUUACACUUAUACAUACAAAAACAAAGAGAAACAAUGAACAAAGCAAAAGUAAAAAGAGAAAAGAAGGCUAAUAUCUGUACAAAGGAUUAAUUAACAGGGGCAUUAAUUUAGAGUGGUGCUCAAAGAGAGUUUAAGUGGGAUUAGCCUUGGGGGAGGGGGGGUACUUGGGUUUAUGUUUGCUGGGUAUGUGCCGCAGGCCUCUCAGAGCCCCUACCCCAUUAUAGUCUAUUUUUUGGCCAAUUAUAUACCCCAUCUUAGUCACUUUUUGGAAAAUGUAAUUUUCGCGAUCCCAACUUAGUCAUUUUCUAUUUAUGCAUUGACCUUAUCAAUGUGGUUUCUUUGGGAGGAGAUCCCGGGGAGGAGAUGAGGGUAGAAACCAAAAAAAUGCCUGAUCGCAGGUUAGCUAGGAUUCUGUGGAUCAAUUUGACAUAUUUAAGAUAUCCAUAUAGUGUCAGUGUCAAUUCAUUUGUUUUACAGAGGCAAAUUGGUGCUUUAAUUUCUUUUGUAAUAGUCAAUCAAAUAUCUCUCUUCUUUUAGCACUUUCUUGUAGACCCUUAAAUGAACAAUUUCAUUUUCAGUUCCAUUGUCUGGCGCUAUUUUGUGCCUUGUAUUGUAACCGGGCUCAUACUUGCCUGGCUGAUGACUCUGAGAAAAAAUGAAUAUGCAUGGAUCCCUGCCAGUGUAAUUUGCGCAAUAUGAUAGGGUAAGAAAAUUAAAGUAAAAAGGUCAGGCAUCAAAGAAGCCAAAGUAAACAGAGCACAUAACAAAACCACUGAAAUUUUGAUAGAUGGGUCUUACUAAUAAAAGAAAUAACUAAGAAAUCCACUUGCAAUUAAGUCAGCUAAUGAGGGCUAUACUGUAUUUAUUUGAUUAAAUUACAAUGUAAAUGCCACGGCGUUUGUUUCCAAUUUGGCACUGUCUAUAAACAAGGGUGGCAUUUAUUCAAGUGUGGUGUUUAUUCAAGGGUAUAGCGUUUAUUUCAAAAUCACCCUUUUUGAAUCACUGACAACAGUUGUUGUAAAUUGUUUGUAAAUAGUAUGUAAUUUAAGGGUUCCAAUUGUCUCCCUUGCUGAGAUAUAAGAAUCGCAAAUGUCUGCAUGUUGUAAAUUACCAAGUCGUACCGAGGUUUUUAUUAUUAUCCUCAAGUAAAUGCCACAUUCUUCUGAUUAGGUGUAGCGUUUGAUGGAGGGCGGUGUUUAUUUGAGGGUGGCAUUUAAUCAAAUAAAUACAGUAUAAUUUUUUGUUAGAUAAAAGAGACACUUUCUCUCCAGCCUAAACAUAGAAGGAAGUAAGUGGUAAUUAGUUAAAUUAAUUUAUAGAUUCUCCAAGUCAUCUUUGGAGAAGAUUCUUACAGCCCGGGGAGCCAUCGAGAGAGUAGACAGUAGUCUGAACAAAGAUUUUACCAUCCCUCUAGUGUCGAAACACUGAAAAGUGUACCAUCUUGUCUUCACUUGUAAGUUUCGCUUACAAUUUUUCGUUGUAGGCUAGGUUCUCAUCAUUGACAAAAAUGCAUUGUUACUGCCUAGUAAGAAAUAAUUGUUACUGAGUGAGUGAAGGUUUACUCCGUAAAUGACCACUUUUGUACUAGUUAAAAUAAUAGAAAAAUGGAUGCAAUGCAGUUUAGUCUUACCGUAUUUAUUCGAUUAACCGCCCUGGGCGCUUAUUAAAUUUUUGGGCCUUGAGAGUGGGGGCUUAUUUGAGGUUGGGAGCUUAUUAAAUUUUCGCCAUUUUUAGCAAGUGAAGUAUGUUUAUUUUGCAACAAAACAAUAAAUGCUAAUAACAAAACGCGAAGAAGUAACAAAGCAAAGUUUCUGUAUAAUACUCUGAAGAAAACUCCGUCCUCGGAGAAGUCUCUUAUUAGAAUUUAUUCACUCAAGUGGGUGGGGUGGGGGUGAGCGCUUAUUUGAGUUUGAUUGGGAGGAGGAGGGGGUGGGCGCUUAUUAACUUUUUCUGCCUUUAGGAUGGACGCUUAUUCGAGGUGGACGUUAAUUCAAGGUUGGGCGCUUAUUCGAAUAAAUAUGGUAUCUCAGAGGGUCAAGUUAUGUUAAAAUUCCCCAAGGGAAGGAUGCAGCUUUUUUGUGGCCAGCCAUCUAAAAUAAUAUUGGGAAAACUCCGAGGGGUUGAUUUUUCUAUAUUAUUGUUGAUAGUAUGGUGACUAAUUGCCGUUGAAUUUGCAAUGUUCUAAGCUUUAUUUUAGAAAACUUCAUCUUAUUAUGCCUGAUUGUUCCCAAGAGGGAGGAUUCGUGCAGAAUGAUAUUUAAGUCCAAGUAUGAAUUGUAUGAAUUUUUGCUGGCCCCUUCACCUGAGGGAGCAUUUGCAGGUUUCCAAAAAAAAAGAAAGAUUAACAAAUGCCUGACAAAUGGGCUGCCCAGGGGUCAGGAGAGAGUGAGAAGGGGCAGUUGGGCGUGCUUGGAAUUGACAGAGCCAUGAUUACUUGAAUAUUAGCUUCUGUUUUUGUUAGAAUGGCCUAUCUAAUCUAACCCUGAAAAUAAAAUUGCCACAAAGCUCAUACAUAUACAUACAUAUUUUGGUGAGUGGAAUCUUAUUAUUUAACAGUUGAAGAGAACUGAAGACAGAUGGGUAAGGCAAGGUCAACGCAUCAAAAUUGGAAGUGAAGAAGAAGAGAAAACGGAGGUAGUGUUUGCGUGCAAGUGAUUUUACUUUUACAAUAAAAAUUAUACAUUGUAUACCUGUCUUCUCUGAUAGUUCCAGCUUCCUAGCUUUAGUCACAAUUUUGGUUGCAGUACAAAGCUAAAAUGUGGUCACCCUUAAAUUAAGUGACACAUCUUCAUUUUGAGACAAUAAUAUUGUAUAUGGUAGCUAUAGUUGCAGGAUUUGCAGGUAGAGCUGAUUUGGAAAUAAUUUAUGGUGUAUCCCUGUAGAAGAUUAGUCAUACACCAGUUUUUGAACUCAUAGGUUUAUAUUCCAUACACUGUAAACUUCACACUGUGUGCUCAGUGUUCAACACUGUAGACUUCGGGUAGAAAAACCUGGUAACUUAUUCUGCUCUAUCUUGAUGGUUUUAGUUUGACUCUAAAGCCCCGUGUGGACGCAUUUAUCCCAUUGUUAUUUGGGCGUCACCCAAAUAGAGUAAGCGAGAUCACUUGUUUUGAUUGAAAGUUGCUAUAGGCAAGCAAUAUGUGCAAAUGUAAACAAGCCAAGUAAAAAACCCAAGUGGCACGACUACAAUGUCUGCCGCUCCAUCUGUCACGACACAGCAUUUCCCUUGCAUCAGGAACCCGGCCAGACCGGGGUAGACUGGGGUCAAAGCCAUGUUGGCCAGGGGAUAAAAAAACCGGGGAAGCUGCGGCCACAGGGCCAGCCCGGCCUGGCCUGGCCGCGGUUGGCCCGGGGCCAAAAUUGAGAAAGAAAAGCAAAAAGCAUAAAUGGUCUGCAUGGCCUGGACAGGCCACGGCUGGCGGGGGUCAAAACUGGCAAAGCCUGGCAAGGAAAAGCAGAAACGUUUGGCCUACAAUUGGCCUGCACAGGCCACAGCUGGUGGGGGCCAAAAAUUGGUCAAGCUUGCCAAGAAACCUUGACCAGCCUGUCCAAGAUCAAAUUACAGGGCAUGCAUGCUUGUUCAGGGUUUACCUUGAGUGGUCAGUCUUAUAGAAUAUAGUCCACCCAAGCUCAGCCUGAAGCCACAAAAACUUGCACUAUUAUUAAUAUGACUAUUAUAGCAAUGCUGAGUCAAAAGUCAGUUUAAGCAUACCAAACUUAGACAAUGCAUACAGUAUAAAUAUAGUGCAAAGUAACCUAUAGCUAGUCAUCAUACCCUGUUAAUGGAAUCUCUAGACAGUGUUUGUUUAUAAUCCAAAUGACAAGAUCAGCUGAUUUUAAAUUUAUUUUGCUCAACAUACACAUCACCACAUACAUUUAACAUCUGGAUUUCAAUUUUCUUGUUAGAAAUAUUUUUAAAAUUGUAAUAAUAUGAUAAUACAUGACAUAGUGGCCACUUCUUCACAAUUUCUGCUUGUUAACAGAGAAACAAUUUAGCACUCAGUUUUAGUGAAAAGACAAAUUAAAUAAACAUCUUUGAAUAAUACAAUCAUUUAUAUGGAAAAAAAAAAAGCUAAAUGACUGUUUCUUUCAAAGUCGCCGAACAGCCUUCUGAACUGAAGGUCCACACAUCAAGCUUAAGUGCUGGUGCUCUUUUUUUUUACCUUAAUUGCAGUGAUGUACCUUGUAUUUAUCAUUUUGAAUCGAAGUUCAAAUGAACAAACCUACAGGCUGUAUUUUAACAUUAUAUGUAAGUUCAACUUUCAAGUCAGUAUCACUGGAAAAUGUAUUGCUUCUAACCUGUAGCAGACAUUGCAUGCAUGCAUAUCUGAAACUAAAUGCUUAAUUUCUUCUCCUACAUUUAUUUGGUCUUCACAAGUCUGCCAUAACCUUGAAGCGCCAGAACAUACAAUUUUCAGAGUAUUCCUUUGACGAUUUGUAACAAAGAGUACAGUUAUUUCUGCAGUAAACAAAUAAAGGAAUCAAUCAAUCAUGAAUGGCAUAUCUGUGCAUUCCUCUUAAAUUUUAAUUUCCAAAUUCGAAAUAUUAAGUAUCUAGAUACCCGGCAGCCGGGAACUGUUUUCAAAAAACUAGAUACCUGGCAGUCAGAAAUUUUGAUCAGUUUUCUCGAAAUAGGUCGUUUAAUUCCUCUGAGAACAUAAGAUAUUUUGAAAACAGUUCCAGACUGCCGGGUAUAUCUAGACUCUUCAUCUCUGAAAUUUAAGCUUAAUUACACGAAGUUACUAGAAAACAUACCUUCAUGCAAUAAUCCAGCUUGACUUAACUGACUUGGAGACAUGCUUUAUGUGAACACAAACUUCGCAAUUGAUCACUUUGUCUCGAAAGUAACAUGGAUAAUAGAAAGCCAGUCUCACGAAAAUACUCUGUUGCUUGUGAAGUCCUAGUCUCCUUCGCAGCCGUUAUUAGGGUCGUCACUCGUCACGCAACGCUCCUCCUCACUUAGUGGGGAGGAGCGUUGCGUGACGAGUGACGACCCUAAUAACGGCUGCGAAGGAGACUAGUGAAGUCCGCGUGAAUAAAGUAAAUCAAAUUGCGCAUGUGCGAAAGGCACGUGGAAGCCUGGAAGCAAAAAACAUGGCGGUGUCUUGGCGGUGUCACAGUUUAAUGUCACAGUGAUAUGGGCAUCCCCACGUUUUUGGGCAUCCCCAUUCCCAUAUUCCUAGCGUUUUGGGCAUCCCCAGUGGGGGAUGCCGAAAACGCUGAUCGUUUCGACUUUGCCUAAAUUAUUUCAGACUGGGGAAAAGUCGGGAUUGUCAAUUUCGAAUUUACGGCUGAAUAUAGUGUAGAUGCAUGUUAGAAUUGUAUCGUCUGACACCGUUUCGCCGGGUUUAUUGCGCAGAAAAAAACCCGUAGGCAUUAAACGUUGGCUCAAAACAUGACGAAACUGAAAUUUACAACAGCAUAUAUAUAUAACAUCGCUUCGCGGUACAACACUUCAUUGUUUGCAAAGCUUCAAUUUUAUUUAAUAGAACUGUUACAAGCGAGCAAUGCCGCAAUCGCCGGCAGCUGCGAUCGUCUAAUUCCGAACAGCCAAAAACAAAAAUACUAAACAAAGCAAUCAAAAGACAAACAUGAAUAAAACUGCGUUUUGCGGUGAAUUGAAUUCACAGUAUGCAUGACAUUUGAGGCCUGUACAACUUAACCCCGCAGCGCUACUUGACACACGAGCGAAAGGCUGUCACACAAUUUAUACAGAGGCCUCUUGCACCUACGGCACAGAAGAAAACUGUUGCCGUUUUGAGAUGUAGUAGGGGCUUCUAUUAAAUCAAUUCCGACCAAGUACCACACCUUGGAAACAACCUUCACAGGGUGUAAAAGUAUUACCGCGGCCGGCAUGUCCAGAGAAAGGAGCAGAGUGGCACUCUUCGAAGACCCUCGCUUUCUCUUCCUCUGUGAUAACAAGUCGUCGAAGCGCUGUGCCAUCCUUCUCCUUGGCCACGUAAAACAAGGACACUAAUUUUGAGUCAUACUCGAACUUUUUGGCAAAUUUUCGCAGAGUCGUUCUUUUGCUUUGUAAAGCCUUCCGGAUAAGCCUUCUUUUUAAGAUACUGGAAAAGAUUUCUAUAUUUAGCGGAAGCCAUCUCUAAAUCGUUUUCGAUUUUCCCGCGAAAUCUAGCAUCUUUUUGGAGGGGAUGACCAAAAUACUAGGGAUUUGGGCAUCCCGGGAGGGUACCGGGGGAUGCCCAAAACACUGCAGUAAUAUGAGAAGAGGAUGCCCAAAACGCUAGGGAUUUGGGAAUGGGGAUGCCCAAAACGCUGUGACAGCGGCUAAUCAAGAACGUGCGGUUUGUGAAAGGUUAGGUUUGCGGUUAUUUUCAGCGUUGAUUAGAGUAUUCCAACGCAUUUGAAGUGUUAAAUGCAAGAGGUAAACUUAAGUUGGGAAAGAAAAUGCUGGACCACAUUAUAAAUCCAAGUUGUGACAAAAAACGUGUUGUGGACGUUGUUCAUGUUGGACAUUUAUUAUAAGCUCACAGGUACGGAAAACUGAUCGAACUGAAGACACCUUGAACACACCAAGACCACGCCAUUGCUUUAGACAUGAAAUCCAAGUACAACUCUAGCAUGAUAGAAUGAAAAGCUGUCUGGACUUAAACCAUUUCCAUAGCUCUUUUAUCAAUAUAAAGACACUGUACAUCUAACAAUAAUCAUGCAAAGGUUUAGUCUGCAUGGUGUCAAUUUUAAGGAACAAUAAUCUUCAUGUUCAAGUGUGAAAUUAUAGUGUUUAAGUUGCUGCAUAGAUAAUUGUCUGUAGAACCAUAACAUCAUUGUAUUUUACAAGACACCAUCAAGACAAUUUUUAAGGUUGUAACUUCAAAGACAGCUCAGUUGAGCCCGCAGAGUUUUGUUAAGGUCACAGGUCACUUUGGUUAAAGACACUGUUACUGACUUAAUUGCAAUCAUUGUCUGUCAUCAAGAGGCAUGCAUGGUCUGUAAAGCUCAUAUAUGACUGCUUUUGUAGAUUUUUUGUUAGUUAUAUGUGGAAACUGACAAUGUGUCAUUCUUUGUGAAAAAAUAGCAGUUGUAAAGAAAAGGGUGUCCUUCAUGGGACAACAAAUGGCCAAAGAUUCUGAGGUUUCAUGUUGCAGUCACUUAAUGUUAUAAAUUUUUGGCCUGGAAAUCAAAAAAGCCCGGUCAAGCGUGGCUUGAAUCUUUAAGGCCUGGAUUAGGCUGGGCUUUUUUGACCAGGGUUGCCGAGAAAGCUCGGCCGCGGAAGUAACAAGGCCAGGUAGGCCAAGCUUUGGUGGCCAAGGUUGCCAAGGAAUCUUGGCUGUGGCCAUGCUUACCAGGCUUUACCAGGCCGCCUUUUUCUGGUAAGCCUGGCCAAAAACGCGGAAAGCCUGGCCUGGCCAGCCUUUUCCAGGCUGGCCGGGUUUUUGGCCGGGCUCCUGAUGCAAGCAUUUAUCCUCGUUACAUAGGUCCCACAGAUAACGCAUGGCAAACAAAUUGGCAAUAGAAAUCAAAGGUAUUGAAAAAAAGCAAGGUACACUCAGAGUGAAAAAAACUAUUAGAUAAUUUAAAUUUUCCCUUUGGAAAAUAAUUGCUUUCACAGAACACGGCGUGAAUGUUUUUCCUCCGGACCAUUAUAGGUACCGGUCAUUUGCCCUUUUUCACUGUACAGACUAUUCAUUACCAGUAAGGGCAUAAUUUGGCCUUCAAAUGCUUAAAGGGAAUAUUAAAUAUUUAUAUUUAUAAAAAUCAGCUUUAUAUUUAAAGCUGAUUUUAAGGUUUUUAGAACAAUUCACAACAUGAGGGGAAGUGGGCAGAACGUACUAGCUGCUCCCCAAAGCCAGAACUGAAACUGCAAGGAAGUCUUUACUUUUAUGGAUCGAAACUUUCUAACAAUAUUUCAAGUGAACUGAAGGAUUUUAACUCAUUUGUGGUUUUUAAAACUCACGGGCUUUUUUAAUAGUUAUUUUGAAAGUUUUUAUCGGUUUAGCUUUGAAGUGUAUUUAUUCUUUUAUUGCUACAUUUUAGCUUUGUUAAAUGAUUUUUUUGAUAGUAGGCUAUAUUGUUGUAUUUUAACUUUCAAUGAAUUUUUAGUUGUUGUAAUUUAAGCUAGUUGUUUUAAUUUUUUAUCCAGGGCCCUCAUUGUCAACAGCAUUUUAUCCUGAGCGGCCACCCUGUAAAUAACAUUUAUCAUCAUCAUCAUCGUCAUCAACAUCAUCAUAUCAUUAUCAUCAUCAUCAUCAUCAUCAUCAACAUUAUCAUUAUUAAUAAUACCAAUUACGCGGCCUUAUUCGCUAGGGAACUUGAAAAGUUACGUGUGAACAACAAAAUCGCAGCUUCUUGUCAGUCUUUCAACCAAACCUUAACAGCAAAUAUAAACUUUGAGAAACUGUUUCGGCUAACAAGUUUUCAAAAACCACAUUUGCAAUCCAUUUCAGUCAUCUUCAAGUUCGUCCUAGCCUGUACCCAGACGUUGUUUUAUUUUUCUUUUCGUUCUUUUCAAAAACAUCGGCGAGCUCGCAAGCGAAGGGAGCGUGCAAGAACGAGCGUGGAGCGCGAGAAAGAAAAAUAAAAAACGUCUGCAUACAUCUUUGGGAAAAAAGAGGUUAUUAAAUCCCUCCCCCAUGUCGAAGCCUUAUCAUUAUCACCUCCGCGUUCGCAGUACCAAUUAAAUUGGACCAAUGGAAUUGGAGAUAUAAAUUGCUGUGUAAUUGGCUUAAACCGUGAUUUCACAAUCAAAAAAACAAUGACACUUGGAGUCGCGUGUUUGUUGAAGCUUGUCUUCUGAGAUCCUCCUUAGACUGCUUCUACGCCGAAAAAGCGGCUAAAAGAGGUCCGAAGCCAAAACAAAUCGUCACAUCGGAUUAUUGUAGGAUAUGUGGGUGCUUUGUGUAAGUCAAUAGUACUGGGCAAUCAUCCCGUAAAGCUAACAGAUCAGAGAAUCUUUUUUUUUUUUUUUGAGAGUCAUGUUCGUCAAGGUGUUACAAAAUGAAAGUUAGCGGACGGUUUAAGAGAUCUUGGUUUUACCGUUUUGCAAUCAGAAGAUCCGUCAAGCAGGGUUUGUUCGCCUUGUUUCUUCCCCCACCCCUACCCCCUUGCGCUGGCUGUCAAUAAAUCCCCUGCGGUUUAUAUUUUAUUACGCGCGCUCGACGGACUUUGAAGAGAAAAUAGACCGGGUCUGUGAAUAGGCUAAGAUCGUCCAUCUUUGCCUACUAUUCUAUUUACUUUAUUAUUUAAAGUACAGUAUACCUUCGUUUAAUCUUUCGAUUCGAGCGGUUAUUUAAAUGUUGAACUCAAUUCGGUGGCGGUUCAAACUAUCUGAAUUUUGAUCAAAUUUGUGACAUAGCUCCUUAGUGGAUUGUACAAGUAUGUAAUCCUAUAUGCGUCAAUUUUCCUAGGUGUUCUUCUGCAAAGUCAGAGGUAUCCUGAACAAAUUGACACCUCAGAAGUUCCGGACUUUGAUUCAACAGAUUAUUGACCUAGAUAUGGACACUCCGGAGAGAUUGGAAGGAUGCGUUGACCUUAUAUUUGAACAGGUAAUGAACUACGUUGACGUAAAAAAAAAAUUGGCAAAAGACUUUAAAUAUUUAGGAACAGUCACUCACAGUCUUCCCGUCACACAGCGCGGAUCACAGGCAUCCUUCCAACCACUAAUUACAUGAAUUUAUCCUAAUGUAAAGUGCAGGAUGGAUUGAUUUUACAGGAAAUCCUAUACCUGCUUGCUGUUUAAUUUCCAGUUCGUGAAAAAAAUUCUGCCAAUCGAACAUGUUUAACUUCUGUGAAUAUGUAUGUAUACCAAAGAUUUUUUAUUAGGAAACAAUGAAAGUAGCAUCGCAACCAUGUCACACACUAAUAUUUUGAGGAGAUCUGAAAUGCAGAUGUUUUUUUUAAAUAAUAGAAUCGAAAUGGAAGGCAAGCAAUAAGAAAUUUUUGCUCCGUUUAACCUCAAAGGCACAGCUGAGUUUAUGGCUAAGGUAGCCUCCCACGCGGACGCACUUAGGGGUUUGUCGCGCGUUUCUGCUGAACCGAAAGGUAAAAAACGUAGACCAGUCACAGCACGCUUCCAGAUCUGGGGAGUGCACUUUGGACCUUGAGAAAUUUCCCGCUCGACUUAGCUCCAGAAAAGAUCAGAAAGGUCUCAUGAAAGGUGAAGUCCUUAACUCACAAGCGUUCGUACUAGAGGCUGCCCUCACAAUCUCAUUGAAAAAAGUUACCUCGGAGGUUAAAUUUGCUGAACGGAAGUCGGUUUUAUUACAAAACAAAAUAGGUUUAAAAAAAUUACCCUUUUGUUUAGUUACAAGGUAACCCUGCCGUUGCAUCUCCCAAUCAAACAUUUAUGAGCAAAUGACAUCUAAUCCAGCCUUUACAGAGAGAAAUAUACAAAAAGCCAACACUUAUCUCCUAGAUUCUCGUGGGGAGCAAAAAUCUUUGGUCACGUAACACACUCUACCGAGCUUGUACGUAUGUGUUUGGCUUGUCAACACUCUGACUUCAACAGCGCCGAUUGGAUCUCCGAUAAUCUACAUGUGAUCUCCAGCUGAUAUUUGCGAACAAUGGGAAAGGAAUUUAUCUUUCGGUUCAGCAGACGUUCGUGGGGCAGGAACGCGUGACGAACCCCCAAGGACGUCUGCGUGGGAGGCUAGGCUAAGGCUGCUACAUACAUUUUACAUGGGAUGGUUUUUGGGACGUAAAUGUUAUGAAAAUUGUAAAGUAACGCUUCUCUACAAUAUACUUGUCCCACAUUAUCUCCUAGACUGUUCAUAUAUAGUAAUCUUACAGUACAAUUUUAUCAUCUCCGAUCACUCUGAACCCGUUGUUGCACAUGGUGUAAUGGCUGAUCGGCUGUUCUCAGCUCAGUCCGUUGGAAAGAUAUCGCUCACGUGUAUUUUACAGAUCGUGUGAUUCUUGCUGCCUAUCGUUGCAUCAAAGAACACAAGCUGAAUUCAGACUAAAAACUUCCAGUAAUGCUCUACCUCUCCUGGUCGCUUUCGUUGUGAAUCUUGUUUGCGGCAUCAGUUCCUCUUCAUCGGCUUUGUUCGCAUUGUAAUUGCGGUAUUUUGCCCCUCUGCAUUCAAAAAGUAUUGAAUUCUAACUCGGCGUUCUGUUGUUGCUCUAGAGGAGUUCUCCCCGGCGAGAAUUUGCAUCCACUUUUUGAAUGCAGAGUCGUUGUGUUUGCUUUUCUGGGGCAGUUGCAUUGACGGAAAUUGCUUGUGAUUCACCGAUAGUACUAGAAUGAAACACAAUAGUGCACCAUGAACCGGAAGUACACACCUUUCUGACCUUUUGUGAGCUGAUUAUACGAUCCUGUCUUAACGCCGUAAAUAGACACAAAUACACAAAAUAAUACUUGUUUUCUUCCCAAUAAGCUAAGACAUGGUUACUUUUUAACAAUUUAGAAUUCCCUUACAAACCCCAUAGAACAAUGCAAAAGUAUACGGUAUUGUAGCCGUCUUGAAGCCGUGCAAGCACCUUCUUGGCUAAUAUGCAUUCUCACUAGUUUAUUUUAAAAUUUCUUGUUUUUGACAAGUCAUACCGCCCAAGUGAACGCCUUGACAGCGUCUUGUUUGUGUAUGCAUAGUAUAAUCAUGUGUACAUGUAAAUGACUGCAGUUUUAACAAGUAUAAUCCCUAUGUAAUGGCAAGAUGUAAGUGAAAAGUAAUACAACGUCUUUGGCUCAACUGCAUUGCCCAUUAGAACCACUUUUACGUUCAAGUUGUCUAAGAUAAAUUUUAUAAAGUAAGAAACCGUUUAAAAAUUUAGGGUAAAGCAGGUUCCUGUGUAAAGGGUUCUAAAUGAAAAUCUCAGCCUAACAGUUCCUCAGAAGUGAGGUUCUUGUACGAGGCUAUUACCGUUUCCUUUUAUGUUUCAGGCCAUUUGUAUUGAAGGUGCAUUCAGUGUGGCUUAUGCCAAUAUGUGCAGGUGUCUUGUUCGUGUAAGUAAAUAAAUUAAAAUGUAAAAUUCAUGAAUUAUUCAUUUACCAGGUAGUAUUUCAGUCAUGUUUACAUCUCUGUAAACCCAGUACAAAUAAACUGGGUUGAUGAAUUAGAAUAGAAUAGAAUAGAAUAAUUUAUUUCAUGUCGAAGACGUAGGAAGUGUCUGCACAAUCUCCCGAGCCAGAGGCUCAUGUUAAAAACGCUCGACAAACUAAAAAAUACAAAACAAGAUAAACUGUGAAUUAUGCAUAUACAAAUAUAAAAAAACCUAACUAUUAAGUACAUCGUAAUUAUUUGAUGCAAGGUAAUAAAUAUUCCAAUACUCAUUGUUUUAUUUCACAAGAACAGUAAAACUUUGCGUUCAAUUUGUAUGGGCUUUGCAAUAGUUCGUCAGGUAUCGUUUUAUUAAACACGAGGAAUGACCAUAACAGUUUUUUAGACACUGAAUAAAAGAUUGAUUCUUAAAAGUUACCGGAUACCUUAAGGGCUGUCUUACGUGCAAAUUAUGUGGCGCGUCUUGGUGAAACUGCAAAUAUCAAACACUCUAUAUUAAAUUAAAGCUUACUGAACUGGCAAUCUUAAUAAACCAGCAAUUUGCACUAUCGAUCUUUUAAUUUUAUUUUUUAAACCGAGCAUUCGAAUCAGCUUUCGAAAGCUAGAACUUUCAGAAUUUUUUUUCUUUCGCGUAUUUGGUUAGUUCUAGUCUUUUGAAGGUCAAAGCGCUGACAAAACGCGUAGUGGUUUACAAUUUUCGAUUGCGAUUAAAAGAAGCCUGUUCCAGGCGUUCGGAUAGUGGAGUGCGGCGCGAAGGAAGAGAGCGAGAGAAAAAUAAGGAGGAAAAGAGGGAGAAAGGAAGGAAAACCGGUGAGAUUUGUUUUCAAACGGUCAUUCCGCCCUCUUUGUCGGCUAGUAAUCCGAACGUUUUUUCCGGUGUUAAAAGUUGUCAAUCAACCAACGGCGGGCGACAAACCGCACUGUUUAAUACUGAAUUAAAAAAGUAUAUAUGCCUGUAUUCAUCUUUUAUAUUUGUUUUCUGCAAACGAAUAUAUGCCUUUAAACUCCAAAAAUGAAAGAACUGGCAAGCAUCACUCGUUCCACUUUCUCUGCCGUUGAUUUUCACCCAACAGAUCAUAUAAUAGCUGCCGUCGGUUUUUUUUGUUAUUAUUGAAAUGCUGUUGGAACUUGUUUGUCAGUAAAACUGAGUAAAAGCUUCAACGCGUAGCUUUGGAAGAUGUGUUAAGCGAAUAGAGAUCUCAAAAGCACGUUCCAAGACUAGCACAUUUGUUCCUUUUCACAAAAUCGGCUUUCAAAAUAUUCAGGUGAAUGUUUUGACAGCCAGCUUUCAGGAAUUUCAGGACUAAAGAAGCUGCGUUUUCUUAUCUUCUAUAUACAGUUGACUCCCGAUAACUUGAACCCUCGCUAACUCGAACCUCGCGCUAAUUAAAACUCGAACCAAAAUCGAUUUCCCCUGGAUUUCCGUCAUACAUUUACUGUAAUUUUACCCUCGGUAACUCGAACCCUCGAUAACUCGAAACUCCCGCUAACUCGAAGUAAUUUUUGUUUCCCCUCAGAUCAGUUCUAUAUAAUUUUACCCUCAAUAACUCGAACCAUGUUUUGAGCCCUUAAAGUCGGGAAAAACAGUGUACUGCCUCCGAAGCAUUGAAUUUUGAAUUUCCCAUUGACGUGUUGUAGGCAUCUAGUUCACUAGUGGAUCGGUAGUGGAGGCUGAUGUUGUUUGUCACAAAUCUAACGUGAAAUAGCUGCUCAAAAAGUAAAAUGCAUGCUCUAUUUAGGCAACGUUUUGUUACUUUAUGUUCUGAUUUACAAUCUAAAAGUAUCUUUCAAUUUUCACUCAACAUUUCUAAAAUUAAAUGUGAUUAAAAUGUUCACUGUGCAGUAAAGACUGUUUUUUACGAUACUCUCGGCUAUUUUCCUCGAACUCUCGAUAACUCGAACUCCCGAUAACUCGAACCUUUUUCGAUUUCCCUUGAAGGUUCGAGUUAUCGGGAGUCAACUGUACAUUCAGAGCCAAUUCGUCCACGCUUCCCUACUGUUGUAGCGUAUUUAAUAUUCCUGAAGAGAACUGAAAGGAAAGAGCUCGUUUAAAAGCAAAUAAAUGGUAAAAUUCGGAAGCCCUACUUUCCGUUUACGAGAUCCUACCUCAGGGCGAUUUCUCCUGUUCUUCAGGGAAGCAUGAUAUUCCACAUAAACCGUGUUGCUUAUUUCGAAUCACUUCACCAUGCUUUCAAGAUAAGGGACAGACCAUUAGAAAAGUUAUGGGGGGGGUGGGGGAAUUUUCGAGCCGCGGGAAUUUUUUUCCUUGUAUGAACUUUUUUUAGGCCAUAGCAUGAAUAUUUUUUAGGAUUAAUUGGCGUGCAAGAAUUUUUUUCCUUUAAUUUUCCCUUGGACGAAUUUUUUUUGUACUUUGCCCGCCCCCCCCCCCCAUAAGUUUUCUAAUGGUCCAUCCCUAACCUGAUGUGUAAGCUCAAUGAACCUCUUAGUGCUGACAAGAGCUGUCAAAAUAGACCAAUCGUAGGGUAUACCAGAAUCUGGUAUACUGGAACUAGCUUUUGUUAAAAAGUCUGACAGGCAUUCCCUCGCUCUCACCCCUACCCCAUCCCCUCGUUGUUUCUUUUUCUGCUCGCAUCUUUUUGCGCCGUCCCCACGAUAUGAACGCCUGGAACAGGCUAGAUGAAAAGUUACGGAACAAUUUGGAAAUAGGGCUAAAAAAAGUUGGAUGAUCAUACAAAAACACCCCUCAACAGAAAAGUAUUAAGAAACAAAACACGACACAACACGUUUUUGUUGCUUUUAAGUAACAUCCCUCGAAAGUCUAGCUCAAUCAAAGAGGUUCCCUUUGAGUUUUAGCCUUCGAAAGCUAAUCUGAACGCUUGCAUUAAAAUAAUCGACACAAAGUCUUCAAAGAUUUGUUAGCUUUUUUAUUUCAAGGUCAGUAGCCAUUUCAAUAAGCUUUAUUUUGACAUGAUGUUUUAGGUAGCUACAAUUUUAACGAGAACGCGCUACAAUCACUUGUACAUGAGGCAUCCCUGAGGGUAACCGGUAACCAUAAGCAGUAUUAGUUGGCUGUAGCUGAAGGACCAGUAAUGUUACAUUGAUUUAAUUCUUUAUGCAGAAAAAAGUAGUAGUGGAGAAGGAGGGAGUGAAGAAGGAUAUAUCCUUCCGCAAGAUUCUGCUAAACAGAUGUCAGAAAGAGUUUGAGAAAGAAAAAUCUGUUGAAAAGAGAGUUAAUGAGAAACUGGAGCACCUUUCAAAAGAAGGACUAACUGUAAGCAAUAUUUGGUACUUAUUGUAUUUGGUUAAUGAUUUUGGAUCAAAAGAUAAUUUUCUCAUUUUCUGGGAAACAAAGGCCUUUAUUUUAGGUGUGAAGAAAAUGCACUUCGUUGGACCGAAAAAGUGAUUUAAGACGGAAUCCAUCAGAAAAUCAGAGUAAUUUCAAUUUCCAUCGGACAAAAACCUUGUACCAGAAUAAUUUAAACAAUAUUGCAUUCUUUUUUUACAUUUUUCAAGGGCUAUAGAUAUAAGUAGUUAUCUGUAAUAACACCAAAGACUCUUUCUCAUGGGUGCCCGAGAAAAUAAAUGAUAAAUUUCACAAGAAUUGUGAAAACACAGGUAAAAUUAUUAAAAUUUCAUGUGAAAGAUGUAUUUUUGUGAAAUUUGACAUUUAUUUUAUUUUACGUAAAGCUCUGAGAUGGGACAAAGUUAUUAUUACGAUUCGCAGUGUCUGCAUUGUCCAAUAUCGUAUUGUAUUCUCGUUUCAUUUGGCUAAACGGAUCAAUCACCCUUAUCCGGGCUAAGACAGAAAGGUACGUUAUCGUACGCUUGAUGUUCUAAGGUGACCACUAAGUCUAUGGUCUCGGGAACAGGCUCUUAGGAGUAAAAUGAAUUGGGCACGAGUACCAUUGAAGGUGAACUUUGACCCAGGCAAAACAAGGUCUAUGCUGGUCUACCGACCGUGUGAUUUUACAUCCGGGAACUUGAAUAAGACGAGUGUAAGAGAAAAGUUCAGAGGUGUAUAUCUGCCAAUAGGCUGAGUUUUUCCAAGUUAUUCGAUGAUAUUUCGCUUGUGUUAAACGUCAGAAGAUUUAAUAUGAGUGGUUGUUGAUGGUCUUAUCAGUACCGCGAAAGUGUGUGAUUGUGUGACUUCCGCAUGGUGUUGACAGAUAUGUGGUCGCGUGUAUGAGGGGUUUCGCCAAAAUAUUCUGUGCCAGCCAUAAAAACGUUUUUUUGGUGUUUAGGUUUGCUGAUUAUUGUACCUUAGGAAAGCAACGUUCGAGUCAGGAAAAUUGGAUCUAGGUCUAUAGUUUCAGUGGGCUCUAAUGGCUUUGAAUGAUAGUUAAGACGGUGAUAAUGGUGAUGUUUUAUUGUUGUAAAAGUGCCAAGUAGUGGAAUGAGUUGAUAAUUUGCUAACCCGGUUUUCAAAAAUCCAGGUAUAAUUAAAAGUUGAUUUUUUUUUUCUCUUUUGGCUUAUGGCGUAAGUUGGAUGUUCUUUGUGUUGUAAACUGUAGUCUACAUCACAGAGUAUUUUUGAACUGAAAUCGACAAAAAUGUUGUACGCUGCACUAAGAGUUUUUAAGGUGGCUCGACUGGGUUUUAUAGGGGGGAUACCUUCCAAGUUUGAGCUUUCACUACGUCGUCAUUUAAAGAGAUCUCAGAAGUGUUGCAAAUUGUAACAUUGGAAGCCUUUUUUCAUUAAUUAUUGUCUUUCAUGUUUUUAAUGUCCUUGAAUCUUGCAGGCGAUACAAUAAAUCUCGAGAUUGUCAAGUUCUUAAAACAAAAUAAUCAAACGGUUUCUUUUUUAACGUGAUAUACAUACACAUUUAGUAACAAACGCAGCUGAACGCAGGCUUAUCAAACUCUUCUUUCUCACAAUCGGCCAAGCAAUGCUCCUCUUUCGUACCAACAUGAGAUGCAACUGCAUUUUCAUAGCUCAUCAUUUUCCUUAGGUAUUAGCCAAUUAUGUGGAAAGUAUGUUUUCACUGUUUUGACCCUUGAAACUUGAUUUUCAAAGAUUUCCAAAAGUCUUCAUAGAAUUUGUUCAAAUUUUGUCAUUAUCGAGGCCCAUUGCAGGAGCAAGCUCCUUUAAGUGAUGUCCGAAAAAAACUCCUAGUACCGUGAAAUACAAAGGCAAGUAAAAAACGUAAUGGCGUCAUGGAAACUCAGAUAUACAGCUAUGGUGACCUUUUUUCCCGAUAUAUUUGAAACUUUGUUAAUUGGCGAGGUAGUUAAUUCUCAAAUUGGGAGGUAUACCCUCCCCCCCUUAAAAAAUCCAGUCGAACCAAACACAAAAGUCACGUCAGCUUCGAUUUUGCUCCUGAUUGGUUACGAAAAUGGCGCGCUAGUGAUUUGCUUAUGAGUUGCCCCUUGCCUCUUUCUCAAAACGAGGGUUAGUCCGAAUUGCAUUCAUUUAGUGGUUUUGGAAAUUAAAUUUGUGUUGUUAUAAGUACCGAGUCGACUGUUUUGGUUCGCUCCGGUUAUUCUUUUGUUGCUGUUGAAGUGAAAGCCUAGAAAUAUAACAAAACAGUUAAUAUCAGGUCCCACGGGAAACCAGUUAGUUUUGUUUUUCCCAAGAGUCCUGACGUUUCCCUCGACUUCGUCUCGGGAAACAUCAGCACUCUCGGGAAAACAAAACUAACUGUUUCCCUCGGGAUCUGACAUUAACUGUGUAAUAUUCCCUGUUUAGGGUCUUUUGAAAGGGGACAAACAGAAAGAAUUUUAGGACAAAGACAAGUCGAGAGUAUUCUAGAUUUUCCUCUCUUGACUCCUGACAUGAUUUAACUCACGUUUCAGCUCAAAACCAGUCAAGCGUGCUUUACAACUGCUGCGGAUGCGCGAGAAUAGGGUCGUUUAUACGAAAGAAAAUAAGCAGCGGCUUACAUAAGACUCGAAAUAGACCAUUUAUACAAGUACGGCGUAUAUAGGACGCGAACUGCUCGUAUAAAUGGUUCACGGCUUAGGCCCCGUCAACAAUCAGCAACUUUUUCUCACCGGAUUCAAAAAUUUCCACGUCCACACGUAACCGUAUUCAAAUCGAAAUUGCCCGUCCACACGUAUCCGUCAAGUAUCCGGAUUCACUCUAGAACCCAGGACUCUUCUGGGAAUAUUAGCAACAUUAGUAUGCGUCGUAAAGCGCGCGAAAUUUGUAUCGUGCUCUGCCUUGUGUUGAUUCUCGAUUUAAUCUCUAGAAUUAUGGCAGAAUCAGCCCGGAAAUCAAAGAAAAAUGCGAAGAGCGAGAUUGACCCCUUUAUCUGGAUGGAUAAGGGAGAGAGCCUGGGAAAGAGUUCUCCAUCUUGAGUUCGGUAUUCACGGUAAAGAACUGGACUCGAUCUUGUUACGUUCACCGGGUAAAAAAAAUAUCCGGAAUUAGCGUCCACAAAUACGAUUCCGGAUUCAUAGCGUAUUCAAAAGUUUCCACUCUGGAGAGCGGAUUCAAAAAGUUGCGGAUUCGUAUGCCGAAUUCACCAGAUGGACGGUAGCCGUGUCCAGAAAGAAAACGUUUCUGAUUCAAAAAUAUCCGGAUAGUUGUGGACCAGGCCUUAGUUCGCGGCCAGACCGGUCCAAUGAUGACUGAGUUUGUUUUGGUGCCUCGCGUACUUGAUUUACAACACUGGCUCGAGCGUGCAAAACAGAGAGGCGUUUGGCUUGGGUCAGGAAAAUCGCCAUAUUUUAUGCUGUCUUUUUCUUUUCAAUUUAACAUUUUGGUAAAGAUUGAAGCUGGGCUGUUGCGAAAUUUGUGCGGAAACCUCGACGGAAAGUUCGUCCGCGAUCAAUCGAGUGGUUUGAAAGAGAUGUUCCGGCGAUGGAUGAGGUGGAGUUUAGACGAAAUUCCUUGACCGAGAAAGUCUGGGAUAUAACUAAAAACAGAGCAUGCGCAGGAAUCGUUCAAGGCUUCAGCAAUCAGCGGACAACCUUUGAGUGCAUUUAUACGAACACUUACACGUUCAGGUUGCGCCGCGGCUUGGAUAAACCCAACCCAAAACUCCUCGGUCAGGAUAAGCUGUGGAUUGAAUAAGCCGUCAAGGUAGCCGGAUUUUGUACCAUUUAUAUGGGUUGUGGGCGUCUUAUGUAAGCCGCGGCCAGAGUAAACCACGGCUUUUCUUCUCUCGUAUAAACGGCCCUAAUGUCUCACACCUAAUAAAAGAACACCGUUUUCGAGCAUAGAGUGCCUUCGGUUGAUCGUGAUUUGGAAUAACAAUGCGCAAAAAAAUUUUCAAGCACAUUUUUUUACCAUUAAAAUGCUACAUUCAUUUUUUAAGAUGUAUCCACCAGGUCCUAUGUGUUCACAAAGGUAGAUGAUGCCGGUAUACGGCCACUGGAUAUGGAAAACGCAAUUGGUUUCUCAAGUGCUAUCUAACGUUUAAUCAGCCAUAGCCAGAUUUCUGGGGAUUUUACCUUGCAAUGAACGCCAAAACAAGUCAUCUUAAAAAUAAUCGAAUUGAUGAAAAAUGCAUCUAUACCUUUAUUUCUCUAUUUCUUGGGAUAGAAGUAGUUAUUACUCUCAGCAUGGAAAAUAUUUUACCUCUGCAGCCCAAUACACACCUAGUUUAUUGACGUCUUGUUCAUUGUUUUGGGAAGCCGAAAGGUGACCUGAAAGCUCCUUGAAUUUCAGUGAUCUUUAUUGGGAAAGGACUUUUUGCCAGCCCAAUCAGCAAAGAUCUCGGCGUUUUUUUGGAUCCGAACUUGUAAUUUGAUAAUCAUGUAACAACCACAGUGUUGGAGUAUAUUGUAUUAGGUCUUGCACAAACUAACCGGGUCAAACAUCAUUUAGCCUUAGUUUUCAGCAAAAUGCACUACUUCUCAUAAAUGUUUGGGCAAAUACGACGUAUAAGAAUGUAAAGAAAAUGGAAGCUGUUCAGAAAAUUCUUACGGAAUCGUCAGCGGUGCGAAAUAAAAAAUGGGAUCAUUUCUUGGUUUCCUGUUAAGGAUCAACUGUAUUAUCGCCAAGCUAUCAUGGCCUACAAAUGCAUGACCGGUCACGCCCCGAAAUAUCGAAAAUUUCGUGCGUUUAGGUGUUCACGGAACCAUCGUAAGUGUAAGAGAAUUUAGACGCUUAGCCGUUGAAAAAUUUGAACGCCCAAAUCGAGGUCAGAUAAUUUGGCCGGUUAGGUCGAAAACUUGACCGUGCGGUGUGAACACCGUAAUCGUCGAAUCUUUUCACAGCAAAGGUGUGGUUGCAAGGGUGAGUGGUAAAGCAGCAGAGACCCCAUUUUGAGUUUGCUAAAGUAGCGCUCUGCGGGUGGGCAGAUGGUGAAACCACUGGGAAAAGUUAAAAUUCUAAUAGUAUAUAAAAGUAAAUUCAAUUGUCGUUAUAAAGAUGCAAAGAUUUCUACAGGGUGCGUCUUCCAGUCUUUUACUUCGUUCUUUGGUUUUCUGGGGCCUUAAAUUGUUAGACUUCUUGUACAACUGCUGGAAUUUCGAAUUGACAAAUUGUCCGUACUUUUUUAGGAAGAGGAACUUGAGGAAAAGAAGAAGGAACUUCUGGAUGAAGAGCUUUUGGUCAAGGGAAGAGCACUGGGAAACAUUCGCUUUAUUGGUGAACUCUUCAAACUGAAGGAAAGUUUUGAAAGGGCCUAUCACUCUUAACUGUUUCGUAUAUAGUAACGUUAGCCUUUUUAUUUUAAAACAGAUGUUGACAGAGAGCAUCAUGCAUGACUGUGUCGUUAAACUGCUGAAGAGUAAUGAUGAAGAAUCCUUCGAGUGCUUGUGCAAGCUGCUUUUGACGAUUGGGAAAGAUCUUGAUCAUGCCAAGGCUAAGGUAUAAAUAACGUUAUGAUCACCCUCUUGAAGUAAUUAUGGUUGUCAUUAACAUAAUGGCGAUAACGACGCUGUGAAGUGUUCACUUGGGAGUAUAAUUUGACAAAAUAUGGUGAAAAAAAAAGUGAAAAUGUAAGGGGAAGCAUAAGUUUGAAGGCCAAGAAGUGCUAAGCAAGUCAAAGAAAUUCUUAAGCAAGGAUUUACAUUUAUCUAGUAACAGUCCUAAAUGUUUUAAUGCCUUUGGAGGAAAUUUCAAUUGGGCGGGUCAUCUCCAUUGAAUGGUAUCUAAAAGCAUAAAAAAGUUUCAUUAACAGUCAGAGUAACACAGACAACCCAAACUCUCAUUUAGGGUGGAACGUUCUUCAGUCUGUGAUGCAUUCCUCCCCAAAGAUUGUCUGCGUAGUUAGGAGACUACAAUACCCGUAGACUACGAGUAAACCCUCAUUAACUGCUAUUCUUGCUUGGACCCUCAUUUCUCAUCUUUUGCUUACAUUUGUACCAGCAUGUAGUCCACCAAUUACACUGUACUUGGAUUCUCUGUGGAAACCAGUUGGUGAAUGUAUUUAAGUUGUCGUAACCAUCACCAGAAAUUCUCCUACCACGAGUUAUUUCCUGUCGGACUAUAUAUAGAGAGAGGAUAUUACAUGGCCGCGCGGAGAUACGAAAUUUCUCUUCGAGUGUUGAAAAAUAUUUCACGAGUCAGCGCUGCGAACGAGUGAAAUAUUUUUUCAACACUCGAAGAGAAAUUUCGUUUCUCCAAGGGGCCAUGUAAUGUUCUAUUUAUUAUAUAAACAUCAAGGAAAUACCAAACCAUUUCACUUUAAUAGUUUUUUGGUGUGAAAGGCACGAUUUAUUCUGUAGCCAUAGCAACGGUGAUAUUUUCACGCGUGAAGAUAACAUGUUAUUUUCAAACGUAACACGUGGUAUUUCAUUGGUGUUUAUAUAAUAAAUAUAUUUAUUAUAUAGACACGAGUGUUUUACUGGAAAAUAUACCACUCGUUCAAUCCAUAAAAACUACAUCCGGGACCCGAGUGGUUUAUUUUCCAUAAUCUCACACGUGAGUUUAUCGAUGACGUAAUUUCGGUAAUUUCCCUCUAUUAUUUUAUCGAUGUCUCUUUGUUUAUAUAAUAAACAGAACAUUACACGGCGGCUUGAAGAUAUGAAUUUUAUUUUCUCGUGACACAAACAAUAUUUUACUGAGCAAUUAUUAGAUGAAGAUGGGUAUGAUGAUUAGCGAUUAUUGGAUUCGUCUUUCGUAUGAUCUGAAGAAUUACGGAGAUCGAGGAGGGUGUUAUCGGCCUUGGUGGAUAGCGCCUUCCGAGAUCUGCAUGUCUUUAGAUCAUACGAAAGCCAAAUCCAAUAAUUGUUUUAUCACGCAUUCAAAAUAAUUCCUAGUCUAACUCGUAGUAACCAAAGGCGACAACGAUCGAAGGUCAAAACCCUUUGCUGCAUCGCUGUGCUUUGCGUAAGUUUCACGUGACGGAUAGGCAAAACACGCGUGAUAAGAUUACGAGUGAUAGAAGGUCUAAACGCGUGGGAUCAAAUUGUGUUUUGUGCAUUCCAUUGAUUCUUAGUGGAAGUCCAAACGAAUGCUGGCUAGAUACAUGCGACGAAUACCUAACAAAAACCUGGAGAUUAGGAUUGCAGACUCCUCUUGUCGCCCGCAAAAACAAGCCUUAAACAUGCUUACAUACAUCAACCGAUCAUUUACCUGUUUCUCGGCAUGACAUUACACAGGGUUCGCACAGUCUUGAAAAGUCCAUGAAUUCCAUUUUCCCUUGAAAAGUCCUUAAAUUUCUGUGCAAGUCCUUGAAACGUCCUUGAAUUUUCUUCACCUUUGAAUGUAUUGGCCUUGAGAGGGUUCUUUGAUGCUUUUUGGUUGUCCAAGACAGAAUAUAAAUCAUAGCUCAGAGAAUUUAAAGGUUAUUUACAUAAAGUACUCUAUGUGUUAUGCAAUAAUUAACUAUCAUUUAAGACAAAUGAACUGAAAAAUGUAGAGAAGUUGGCGAAGACUGGGAAUGUGCAUUUUUGUACAAUUUGUGAAAUUAUAUUCCAAGUUGGUGGUCCUUGAAAAUCUAUAACAGUAACUUACGCAACUAACAACUGGUAUCACAACUUCAUAAUCAAAACCAUUUAUCUCCUGAACAGAACCUUCGGAAACUAAAUCAACACUAUCAGACUCCAUGGAAUCAACAACAGAAAAAUCAAACGUACUGCGAUGUUCCAAAAAUAGUCACCAGGAAUCAGAGCUUAAUAAUAAUAACAAUAAUCAUAAUCGUAAUAAUAAUGAAAGGUUUUUAUGGCACCUUUAAAGAAUUGUCAUUGCGCUUACAAUGGAAAAUUAAAUCUAAAUUAACUAGUAUGUACAAUAAUUCUAAAAACAAAAGUUUUCAAACGUUGUUUAAGAGUGGAAACAGAUUCAGAGUAUAUGAAAUGAUUAGGUAAACUGUUUCGGUGCAUAAUGUGAAAAUGAGCGGUGACCAUAAGUUACGGUAUUAACAGAAGGAACUUGUAAAAACAAUCCAUAAGAUGAGUGGAGUAAAUGAGCCGGUUGAUAUUUGACAAAGAAUGAAGACAAAUAGUAAGAAGCUAAGUCACUUAAAAUUUUAAAUGUUAAAAGCGGUAUUUUAAAAUCAAUUCUUGCAUUAAUAGCAAGCCAGUGCAAGUCUUUCAUGACAGGAGUUUUAUGGUCGGAUCUUCUUAUUCCCGAAACCAAACGUGCGGCGAAGUUCCGAACACGUUGCAGCUUAUCUAUUUCUCGCGUGGGUAGGCCACAGUAAUAUACAGAUUUAGCCAGGGCUAAAAGCGAAGCUUCUGUUCAUAUACUUAUAAAAACAAUCAACUUUAAACUUAUAAACUUUAAGUCUAGACAAAUACAUCUUCAAGUUCCUAAUUUACUUUAGGAGCCUUUCAUUUACCCUUUAUAUUAAGGUGGAUCGAGGGGUUUUUCAGAGUCAAUACCUCUCAAAUUUGAGCUAAACUGCGUUGCCAUUAACCAAGAUUUAGAACAUUUACCACCUCAGCUGUCAGCUACAUGGAUUGCAAAAGUAGUUUCAACGUAGUUACCCUCAUUGAACAGAGAAAGAAAUUUGUAGAUAGGAUGGAAAGUGAGAGGUCAUUGCUCGCGUGCUGAACAAGAAUGCUGUAUCAUGACAGACUAGAAACAAUAGAAAACUCCCAAAGCACAGACUCAGCCAAAACGCUAAAAAUCUUCAAUGUUUACUCAAGUUUGGGCAUAUAGAAGAUAAUGUCACAGUUUUUCAAUGACCAUGAAAUUCGGAAUCCGGGUAGUUAAUUAAUCAAUGGACGAAUUGUGGCCCUGAAAAAAUUUGAAGGAAAAAAAACUACGAAUUUUUAAGGAAAUGCUUUUUUAGUGAGAAGGAGGACUCUUACACGCUGACAAACGUCAACAAAUAGCUAAAAUUAUAAUUUCUAUAUGUUUGCAUUGCUCGAAAUCGCGCGCAUUUACAAGGCCCUAAUGCUUUUUGCUGACUUGCAAGGACCCAUCUGUUAUAAAGAUCCCCAAAGUAAAAGGAUAAAUCUCAUAGUUUAUUAGAUAUAAUCGUGUAAAGUUUGCUUAUCAUUUUCACAUAAAUUAAGACCUAAAUUUGCAAACCGCUGAAUUUCUCGCAUUGGGUGCUUGCGAUUUUGGUGAAACUCUGUUCAACGCAAGCCGCUAAUGGCACUAUAUGUAGCCGAGAGAUUUUCACGAAAAAAUGCCGGCAACAGCAGAAUUUCGACUCAGACCCCAAAGAGGCGUGGCACUAUAACCACGUGACAUUUACUCCGAUCGCCAAAAAUUUUAUGCUAUAUUGUAGAUUGAUCUAUAUGUUAUCCAUGCCAUAUGUUAGACUUACGAUCAAAGUAAAAAUGAGAAUACCAGAGGGCUUCAAAGUAGGAUGGUACGCCCACAAAAUAACUGGGUCGAGUCACCUUAAAGUGGCAUUUUGUCGAGUUUUGCGCUCGUAGGUACUAUCCACUAUAGAAGAAUUAAAGGCUGGCUACAUAAAAAACGGACCAUCUCUACGCGUCUCCACGCGAAGCGCUAUAAAUUUGAGAAUAAUCGACGAUUCCGCUCCAAAUUGCCACUGGCUUAUCUACAGGUGACAAGUGCUCCGGCUUCUUGCUCGCUGGCUCCACAAAACCCAUCGCAACUGCACGAUAAUUGCUCGCUCAUCAACAUACACUUGACCUUUACGCUCCGCAAUGACCUCAAACGGGCAGGAUUACCACGCGAUGCGAAUAUUCAAGCUUAGCGACCGCCAGUAUGCCAGUCCACGCUGAGGGAGGGUCCCCUGCGUUAGUUUUGACCAGAAAACAAAAGGCGAUCGCGCGACCAUACGUAAACAGUUUUCAACAGGGUAGCCUGAUUCUCAGACGUCCGAGGUCUUUCGCGGAGAGGGAGGGAAGCGAUAGGGACCGCGAACAACCUCGGACGUCUGAGAAUCAGGCUACCAACAGUGCGGCCCUGGGCCCGGUUGCAUAAAACGUCCGUAACAACUACGGGUACACGUACGUGCACUCGUAACUUAAGUGAGUGCAUUAAAUCACUUACGUGGUCUACUUAGGGAUUUCACUUAAGUGGCUGCACUUACGAUUGUCGUAAGUGUUCACUUAAGUGUCGUUUAUGCAACAGAAAUUGCGGGUGUUGCAUAAAACUUUUUUUACGGGAAAAAUAGCACGUAAAUUUACAGGACCUAUGUAGGUCCCGUAUCGUUACUGUUUUUACUAAAUUUAACGAGAUCUUUUACUGAGAGUGAAAAAAAGUAAUUUUUCCUCACGUAAUUCGUAGUAAUGCGCUUUGUUAACCUUUUAUCUGCACUUUAAAGCCGACUUUGUGAAAAAAGAAGAAGAACUAUCAUUUCCAGUAGACACUGAAGAAAAAUAACGUCUGCAUGCAAAUUUAAUUUUUUUGAGAGGCUUAAACGUGUUCUAAACGACUUAAAACUUUCUUUACACUCACCGAUGGUUAGCUUAAAAAAAAAGAGUGAGUCAUUAAUAAAGUACUAUAUCAAGGUUACGUGUGCCCUUAAGUGAGCCCGUAAGUUACCACGUAAAGCAGAAACUUACCAGAGUGCUAAGUGCGUUCCAUGCAACACCCGUAAGUGUACCCAUAACGGAUUCGUAAGUGACCUACUUAAGUGGGCACUUAAGUGUAGGUUUUAUGCAACCGGGCCCUGGUUUUCAAGUUGGAAUUCUUCUAACGUUCGCUGUCACAGCUGCCGGCACAUUGCUCGUCCAGCCACUUGCAUAGGUUCUUGACUCUACUGGACCUAUUUGCUUGGAUUAAUUAAAUAAACAGUUCCUUCCAGAACUACGUCUUACUUCACAAUAUGUUGUCCAAAUUGGCGAGGGAAGACGAGGAUUUCCCCCUAGGAAAAAGGCAAAAUCUAGCCUCGGCUUAGCCUGCGAACCGCAGACGUUUUUUCGGUCGUCGCUUCUCUCCUUCCGAAAAAUAACGACGACCGGAAAGACGUCUGCCGUUCGCAGGCUGCAAUUGUAGCCUCGGCUACGCAGCUGAAUGGAAGAUAUGGUAAGGAAAAAUUUGUGUGCGCGAUAUCUUUUUUUAUUAUUUUCAAAACUCGGGGGCACCCAACGACGAUUUCCCCCUAAAUGCAUUGAAAACACAUUUAAGGCUGUCCAAAGUACUUUAGAUCUCUAAAAAUACAUUAUAAGCGGCGCUAACACGUAGAUUUAGUCAGGGCUAAAAGCGAAGCUCUCGAUAGUAUUUAUAGUUUGCUCCUACUUAAUAUAAAAUCGUGUAAUGCUAAGCGGAGAAGGCAACGAGAACUGUGAAAAACAACAAUAGGUCUAAUUGCAGCAGAGUUUUUGUACAUUUAGUUCCCGUUGUUUUGCAUGACUACAACAUGAAACGUCCAGAAACUUCCUGGUUUCACGUUUUAUGGAGGAAAUGUCGUACAUGUUCUUGUUCACUUUUUCCACUGCCGCUCAUUUUUUUUUAGGUCCGCUAUAAAAUUCGUUUCUGUUCGGUCAUCCUAGGGCACAUUGAGUCUUUGAAAAUUACAAGGGCUUCAAUAUUAUUUUCCCCAGAUUAUACUACUACAUGAGAAAUUUCUGCAAUUUGAUAGAGGAGUGGUAUUUCACCUUACUUUGAAAUACCUACAUGUGAAAAUUACAAACCUUUUGCGGAUCGUAGUAUAAACAAAUAAUAGCAUGAUUUGUACGUGACAUUUGGAAUAAAUACCACUCGUGAUAUUUCAAAAUUGUCUCAAAUUUCACUCGCCUAACGGCUCGUGAAAUUUCGUAAAACAAUUUUGAAAUAUCACUCGUGGUAUUCAUGCCAAAUAUAACUACAAAUCAUGCUGUUACAUAUACAAAUACUUAGAAGCAAUAGUACCAUCCCUCCCAUAGCAAGUGCUGCAUUGUCGCGCGGACGCGGUCGCUAAGCUUGAACAUUCGCAUCGCGGUCAUGGUGGAGCGUAAAGGUCAAGUGUUUGUUCAUGAGCGAGCGAUUAUCGUGCAGUUGCGAUGGGUUUUGUGGAGCCAGCGAGCAAGAAGCUGGAGCACACGUUACCAGCAAAUUAGCCGGUAGCAAUUUGGAGCGGAAUCGUCCAUUAUUCUCAAAUUUAUAGCGCUUCGCGCGGAGGCGCGUGGAGCUGGUCCGUUUCUUUGGAGGCCAGCAUUUAAUUCUUCUAUAGUGGAUAGUACCCACAAGUGCAAAACUCGACAAAAUGCCACUUUAACCGGCCAGGAAAGACAACGAAACGUUCAAAGGUAUGUUAGCUUUGUUUUGUUAUAUUUUGACUUCUGGACUAUUUUAGUUCAUGGAAGAUUCGACGACUCAUCCCAUUUUGUCCAUUUUAUUGACACGCACUACUUCUGGGCCGCCUUUGGAAACAUUAAAGCGGAAAGCAUGUCGAAAUGUUGUUUUCUUUUUCCCCAGUUUGGGGGAGUUAUAAUACAGGCGAUGCUAGAGCUGCGAAGUCUUUAGUGUCGGCAAACUCUCAACAAAUUCCACCAUAACCUGAGAUCAGGCUCUAUUUUCGUUUCGCUUUUAAAAUUACAUUCCGGCGGGCAAGGCGAAACGAAAAGAGAGCCUGAUACAAACCUUCUACGAAACGUCUGCCGCCCCCUUUUUUGAUUGAUUGACAUUUGCCGAAUCAGCCAACCAAAUUACUUCCGUUGCUUGUUUUUCUAGUAUGCAAAUUUUUCACGCGUGGGAAAAAUGCAGACUGGCUGACUUAAAAAAUAGCUUUUAUCUGUUAAUUUUUUCAGCUAAAAAUAAAACAGUCAGCACAAUCACUCUCGGAAGGUUAUUUCUGUUGGCGUAGAGGGUAAAAAGUGUUCGAAAAGAUGGCGAUACGAUGUUCUACUAGUUUUAUUAUUUUGACUAGGCGCGCUCGAAUUUAAAAUAAUGAAAUUUCUAUUUUUCUGUUGCCUUAAUAUUUUCCUCGGCAAUUUUCUUCGAUUUUCAGUACAUAAAUCUUUAAAAGCAAAAGCAAACAACCAGUCUGUUAUACUAAUGCUUACAAAAAUUCCUUGAACAGCGAUGCAAUAUUUUUCGUCUAAUACUUCACAGCUGUUGGCGAUUGAGGUUUCUUUCGUAGUGAGCCUCCGCUUGCGUACCCCGUUCAGAGAAGUCACUCCCGGCUAAACUUUCAGAUGAAACCAGUUUUAAGAUGGACAGUAUUUUGCACAAGGAUUCAACUCCGCGUUACACUCACAUUAGUUCCGUAAAUAAAGCAAACCCUGAGAAGAUAUGAACAAGCAUAUGAAUUUUCUGAAUUUCCAUGGUACAUAUUAAGGCAUAUAUAUUUUCCCAACAUAAGACCAUAAAACAAUAAAAAAGACAGCAAAAUCGAUCCUUCUCUCCGCCGACGACGGAUCAUUUACGAAAACAACCACGCGAGGAAUAAGCGCUUUCAACUUCCGGCGUUUUCGACAGCCAAUCAGAUCUUGUGGCAUUGUUCUAACAGCCAAUCAGCGUUACGGCCAAAAUCUGGCCGUAUCGAGCACAAAGGUGAUAGAGUUUGUAUCAGGCCCAAUUUUAGGGGUAGCCGUUAGAGAGAAUGUAUGUGAACCGCUAAAAUUGGGCCUGAUCUCAGGUUAAUUCCACCAUGGGGACAAAAUUUAAACUUCAAGCUUUUCAACGACAAAAACCAUAGAAAGGCGAUUACGACAAAAAAUAAACCCGGAAAGAAACGGAGAAGUAAAAAAAUAGACAACUAACGAAACCGUAGGGGGAAAUAUCAAUAGUAAAAUUUAAUUGCAAUACUUACAGUGAUAAAUGCACGUUUCCGGGGACGGGCCAUAUACAACAACGUUACUAAUAGAUCCUUUGCUUUUAUGCGGCUUAAAGUAUCCCUAAAUGUUAAACUAUUGUUCCCGCCAUUAAUGACUCACGUUAAUGAUGAAUUUCAUGCUGCUCUCUGUUCUUGCCUUGUUAGGUAAUGUGUUGUUUUUCAUUUAUACUAGCUACAAGGUGACUAUUUAUACCAGCAUUGCUGCGUGAAACCGAGUAAAAUUUUGAUGCUGAUUCCUAAGGUCCUCUUGGUAUUUUUCUUGCCUUUUCCUCGUCAAAUAAGUUUUCCAGCAGAAAAAAAAAAACAAAAACAGAGCUUACGUUUUGAAUGAAAAUAAAUCUAUUCCUUCAGUAACUUAAGCCAAUCGCACAAAUCACAAUUUGUUCAAGUAGGAAAUGCGACAUUUGACAUCUGCUUACAUUUAGGUGUUGUACGGACGGGCGUAUGUACGCUACGUCGUAACUAAAUUUUCUGACCUCGAUAGGUUUCCAAUUUCUAUAGCAAUGGACCUCCGUGCACGAGGAAGCUCUGCUAUAAACUAUUACCCGGAGUAGUCAAGCGAUAAAAAUCGGUAGCAAUCAAGUGAUUUUAUCGAUUGAUAACGGAAAUCGGCGAAAGUCGAUAAACUAAAUUGCUGUGUCAAAUCGAUAUCGAUUGUUCAUGAUUUUAACGAUUUAUAACGAAAGUCUCACAUUGUUUUUUGGCUGGUAUAAGUUAGAUAGUACAGCUGCGAAAACACAUGCACAAGCAACAACUGAUCAAAAAACAUGAAAAUGAGAAAUGUGGAAACUAUUACACACACAAUUUUCUCUCCAAAAACCUUUAUUUUGUACAUUGUAACACAAACGGUUCUGUUUGAUUGCAUUCAGUUCGAAUAAAAGUUCAGGCUAAACGAUUUCCCUAUGUAGAUUUUUCACCAUUUUUCCGUUAUUAAUCGAUUAAAAUCACUUACAAUUUUUAUCGAUUUCGAUUUUUAUUUAUUGACUACUGCCAACGGGAUUCAUCAUGUGUCCAGCCAAUUCAACAAUGCAGCCGUUGAUGAAUCCCGUUGGCUUAUAAUGCAACGCUUUCCAUAAACCAAAUAACAAACCAGCUGUAUUUCAUAUUGUGGCGGCAUAGGAAGCAACAAAGAAAGUUAAACACUUAAAAUUACAAAGGGCUUCCGUUAUCGCUAAAAAAUUCUAAAUGUUGCAUACGUUUUUACAGAUGAAUUCACCUGUCAAAAUUUUGACCAAUCUUAGAUUAGAUUAGCAUAAAAAAUUAAUUUUUAAAGUUUUUGUCAUAAAUCAAACAUGCGUCAAGAUUUUUACCGCAGCAUCUCCAGUGAUUGCUUCUUAACUGGCUAACUUUGGUCAAGACAAAUGCAAGCUGUAUGUGUGGAAUUCAACCCCCUCUCAUGCAGAGUGUCUCCUCACCCUAUCCCGGUGUCUGUAUGGUCGUGCGUGCACACGCUCACGUCAAAAGCAAAUAAUUUUUUGCAUCGAUAAAAAAUCAGCCAGAAGUCAAGCAAAAUUGAUUGUGUUUCCUACCAGCCUUUUGGAAAAAUAAAUCAGUUGUCUGUCUUUGUAAAAUGCCAUGGGAUGCUGAUGGAUGAAUUGGUCCUACAUGAAAUUAUUGUGACAUAUGGUUUAAUAGCAAGUUAACAGAUGUCCAAGGCUGACAUGCUUGUUUUAUGUAUCAUUUAUUUAUCUAUCAUUCUAUUCUAUCAUUUCUAGCUCAGAAUUGAUCAGUAUUUUACACAAAUCAACAAAAUAAUUCAAGCAAGGAUAACUUCAUCCCGUGUAAGAUUCAUGAUGCAAGACGUUGUUGACUUGCGGAAUAAUGAUUGGGUACCUCGCAGAGAGGACAACAAUCCAAAGACUAUUGCUCAGAUCCACAAAGAAGCCUCUGAUAAGUCAAAGAAAGCUCAAUUGAGGAUUCUAAUGGACAAACAACAAGGAAAGAAAAUGCAAAGAGGUAAGUUUGCUAACUUUACCUCCUGUCACAUGGGAGAUUUUGGAGAUUUACCACUUUGAUUUGGGUGCCAUGAAGCUCUCAGAAUAAGUUCUUCAUGCUGUGUUUACACUCCAGCGUUUACCAAGGUAAACAUUAACUGACUAAACCCUGGUACAUUUGUACAGUGUUUAUACGGGCUCAAAUAACUAAGGUAAAUCUGUCAUCAAUCACAAUCUAAUCGAAUUGGCGGCAAAUUCUAAAUCCACGCAUAAAUGCUCGCGUUUAAAAGAGAAGCUGUGGCUCUUGUAGUCCUCGCGUUUUAUUUUCUUGUUCUUGAACAGCAAACUCAGGAAUCGAGAUUGCAGCAGCUCUUACUUUUGCAGCACCUAAAGAGGUCGAGGCGAAAGCGAUUAAUUCUGCUACAAAUUGCCUUUCGCAAGACAAGGCGCGUUAGACGUGCGUGGUUGUGGCCGAGAAAUCAAUUCUGGUUCGAAACUCUAUUAAACGGAAAUUUUGUUGAAGAAUGGUGGAGGGAGAACUUUAGAACAUCAAGACGUACGUUCGAAUACAUUGUCCGAUUGGUUGGUCCGGAUUUGGCAAAGAAGGACACUAGAUUACGCGAAUGUAUACCGGUAAACAAGCGAGUGGCUGUGGCGUUGUGGCGAUUGGCGACUGGAGACACAUACAGAACAACGGGCCUGCAAUUUGGUAUUGGAAGAUGCACGGCAAUGCUUUUAAAAGCUGAUUUUUGUGAGGCUAUUGCAAAAGAGCCCCUCAAUUUAUAAAAUUUCCAGAAACUGAAGAGGAGCUUACCCGAAACAUUCGCUUAUUCGCAGAGAAGUCUCCAUUUCCACAAGUGGUAGGCGCAAUUGACGGAAGCCAUAUCCCUUUAAAAAGAGUACCCGUGAACGAACGAAUAGAAUACUUCAGUCGCAAGCGGGACUAUUCUAUUGUGGUCCAAGCUGUUGCCGAUGCGUCCUUUAAAUUUCUCGAUGUAAGUACAGGCUUUCCUGGCAGCAUACAUGAUGCCCGCAUUCUCCGAUUGAGCAAACUGCACAGAGAGGUCGGUCAAGGUAACUGGCUAAACGGGCCUUCUAAACAAAUUGGGGCUUGUGAAGUCGGACCUUUGCUUGUUGGGGACUCAGCUUAUCCCUUAUCAAAGUGGUUAAUGAAACCUUUCAAGCAAACUCGUACAUUAACUGAGAAUCAGUUGCGGUACAAUUGUGCCCUCAGUCAAGCGCGGGUUGUUAUAGAACAAGCCUACGGAAUUUUGAAAGGUCGCUGGAGGUGUCUCUAUAAAGCAAUGGAGGAAAAGAUAAGUAGCGUCCCUCUCACUAUCUUGGCUUGUUGUGUCCUGCACAACAUCUGUAUUAUUGUAGGAGACCCAAGCACUAUAGACUCAGUUGAGGACGACGAUGAGGAUGAAGAUUCUUUUAAUGGGGAUAUGCAGCUUGGCGAUUCGGACAUUAGAGAUAAUAUAAUGCAAAAUCUAUCAUAGCCCAAACAAAACAUUAAAUAGAGACUACGUUUUUAUUGUCACUUUCAAAAGUACAGCUUCUUGCAAGGCUAAAACUUUGUUGCGUUUUUCAAUAUCCACUUCUUUGUAAAUAUGUAUUUAUUACAACAUUACUGUUACUGUUACCUUUUCAAUGUAGAAAUAGAGAAUAUUUUUUUGGCUGAAUCAUUCACCCAAUUAAUUGUUUUCUCUUUCGUUUUGUAUAUCGUAUCACGAAAGGAACAGUGUCCCUAAAAUUAAUUAACAAUUUUUUUAUUUGUUUUGCUAAUAUUCCAUUAUUAUUUGAAUUCGUGCUUAUAAAUUGUGGCUGCUCUUUCCCUCGUUUUCUUGAAAAAUGAAAGGAGACUCUGCUCGCAGGGAAAUAACUGAUUUAAUUAAACUAUAAUCCUUUCUUAAAAAAUCCUCGUAUAUAGAAACGUCCAGAUUGUCACUUAAUGAUGAUUAUAAUGAUCACCGUCAACGAACAGAAACGAAUGAAAUGCAAGGAAAAAAUGAACAAAAGACUCUAGUUAUUUAUUCUUUGCCUUUGGUGACAUCCUUAAGAAUAUUUCCUAACAUCGCCAAUGCAUCCAUUGAAAAUUUUUGCUAUUGUUGUCUGCUUACCCUUUCUGCCUCGGCCAUCCUCUCCAUAAAGGCCUCAUCCUUUUCUUGUGCCCUUUCAAGGAACGAAAGCACUGCGCUUUGUUCCUCUGCGCCAGCCCCACCUUUAGUCUUCUUUCUAGGAUUCUUUUUCGCCGAUUUCGCCGAUUCUACCGCGCGACUCUUUGGAUUGGGUGUGCUCGUGCUCGGGCCCUUCCUUUUUCCGCUUUUGUUCUUGAAGAACAGUGAUUUCGCGAAAGCCAGAUCUGCGUCCUCUUCUUCAGAGCCAUCAGCGCCAGACGUGCCAGGCGUAUCCCUCUCCUUUUGGGCGCGAGCAGCUGCCCACAUCUCCUAUCUAAGGUCUCCUUUUCCAGCAAAUCUUGAUCAAUUUCCGGGGAACUGUCGACGUGUUGUGAGCUGCUUUCCAGCACGUGCUUGGGAUUAACAGCUUCUCGGUUGCCUAGAAUGUCAUCCAUAUCGUGAAAAUUUCUUGGUAUGAGCUCAGCUCCACUCUCGGUUUCCUUGUCUUCGUGUUCGUCGUCUCCUCCCUUUCCAUAUCCAGUGGUCCUUAGUUUAUCUUUCACGGUCUUGUACUUUUUGGUGAGGUUUGCCAUUUUAUUUUUGCACUGCUGGGCAGAUUUCUCGUUUUCGACGUUCUCUUGUCUGCACCUUUCUUGCAGUUGCCUGGCGAUAAACUGCCACUCCGGGGAAUUGAACGACCGGUAGCGAAGUUUAUCCUCGUUCUCGCGGAACAGUUCAAUUAGAAUCUUUUCUUCGGCGUCAGUCCAUCGAUUUUUUUUUCCAUUGCGCUCCGUUUUGUGCGUUUCCUUGGCUCGAUGUAGGCGGAUCCGAAAACUGCGAAGCCGGAACCGCAUGGGCAGGCGAAUGAGUGAAUGGUGCCAUCAUCUGCAUCGAGGACAUUAUUGAUGGAACAUAGUAUUGCUGUGGCAUGAUUUGUUGAUUGUACGGGGAGGGCUGUAGCCCUGGUUGUCUUGCAUAGGAAAAUGGCGACAACGUGGAAUAUGCAUCUUCCCUAGCGAAACAACGCGAGGAUUAACAAUCACCACAAGAAAGAAAUAUUUAUGUGCACAAAUUAGCUAUACAAUGGUGUUAACUUUACCUUUCGGGUUGGUCGCAUUCGUAAUGAUUUGAGUCUUUGUUUUUUGCCAUAACUUCUUCGUUAGCCUCCCCCGCAGGCGUUUUUAGGGGAGAUCGUAUUUCUUCCCUCCCCACAAAGAGGGAGGAAAGAAAUACGAUCUCCCCUAAAAACGCCUGCGGGGGAGGCUACUUCUCCGUAGACCGAAACCAAACGUGGAAACCUGGUCGAAAACCUGGUCUCGAAAACGUGAUCGAAUGAGACUGACGCAAUCCCGACACCACAGGAUGUGAAAUUCUAUGCGACCGCAAGCGGAUGUAUCUGUCAUCCAAACCUUGGUUACCGACCUUAACCAUGCCUGCUCGCAGGGUAAACCGAACUUUUACCUUAGUUAACUUUCUAUUGUCUUGAGCGGUGUUUACCAGGGUAUCAGUUGGCGUUUACACACGCAAAAUAUUUAUCUAGGUAAGUUAACUCCAAUACCUCGGUAGCACGCUCAAGUCUAAACACGGCAUUAAUUAGCUUAUGAAAACAUAGGUGAAGGAACCAAAGUGAAUAAUGUUCCUUAGCCAUAAUAUCAAAAUUAAAUGACCAAUAGUAAUAGAAGUUUCUAAGAGCACUUGUGGCUCCAGCUUUGUUUUGGUCAGUACUUAUGUAGGUUGGUACUUUUUGUUGUAACUGAAUGAUUGAAUGGAAUAAAAGGUCUUCAGUAAUUAAAAUUACUUUUUUAACUACUAGAUAUUCCUUUCAAAUUGAAAGGUCAAAAGUGAAAGAGGCAGAUUUUAUGAUUGGGCUUGAAACUGAAAACAGAAUAUUUGCAUUUUAGUUUCGUUUUAUUCAACACUGCCGGUUUUGUUUUUUUUUUUUUUGUUUUUUUUUUUUUGCCCCGCUGAUUUUGAAUUAGAUUUCAAGUAAAUUCAAUCAAAAUUUGACCCCUGAUUAUUAAAACAGUUCCAUCAAAAUCGUCGCUUUCAAAAGGGACCCUUUCCUAUGUCAUUUGAUAUUUUUUUUUUACCAAACUGGCAGUUGUUCACCGUUUUUGCCAAUACGCCAUUUUCGCCAAAAUCGCCGCUUUCAAAUGGGACCCUUUGCCAUCUCACUUUUAAACUGUUCACAGUCCUCUAUUUUUCCGUAAGAUCGUCGAGAUCGAGCGCUUUGCGUUUCGGGCUGCAUCUUGUAUGAGUGUCAAAACUACUUAGGGGGCGGGGGCGGUUUGGGAGGAAGAGAGAAAAAUAGAGGGACUGUAAUAACAUCACUGCAGCUCGCGUACAGGACGCGUGACAGGAAUUUCACGCCUUUUACCAUUCAUUAAUUAAGAAACUCCGCUGGCGAUGAAAAACAUGCCGGACACAUUUAGCAUCGAUUACGCGUGUUUACAAAUAUCUCCUUUCGAAACAGUGAUUUUAUAAUGUUUCUAGGCCAUUCCUACAAAUAAAAUCGGCAAACAGGCACAAGAGAAACAUUUUCCUAAUCGAAUCGCUAAGCAUGCUCGCGCUUGUAUUUGCUGUAGUUGGUGUAGUAUAAUGUAGUUACUGUAGUUGGUGUAGUAGCUGUAGUUGCCGUAGUAUGUGUAGUUGGUGUAGUUAGGGGUAGUUAGUGUAGUUGCUGUAGUUGGUGUAGUAUAUGUAGUUGGUGUAGUAUAUGUAGUUGGUGUAGUAUAUGUAGUUAGUGUUGCUGUAGUUGGUGUAGUAUGAGUAGUUGCUGUAUUUGCUGUAGUUGGUGUAGUACUGAUGUAGUUGCUGUAGUUACUGUAGUUGGUGUAGUAGCUGUAGUUGCUGUAGUAUGUGUAGUUGGUGUAGUUGGAGUAGCUAGUGUAGUCGCUGUAGUUGGUGUAGUAAGUGUAUUUAGUGUACUUACUGUAGUAUGUGUAGUUAAAGGGAGCUAAAGGGACUGUGACACGCUUCUGCGCAUGUGCGGCAACUUGAUUUCUCUCCGGCGAACAGUUUUUCAAGAUUGGCGUUUGGUGAAGAAAUCCUCUUCCAUCGACCCUGAGACGCCCGAGAGAGCCAUAAUAUCAGUAUUCAAGAGCUAUUUGGUCCAUUUGGGAAGUUUUAAACGCCAUAUUUUGUACUUUUGUGCAAGUAUUGUCGAGAAAAUUCGAAGUCAUUGAGGAGAACCGUACGAAGCCAAGUUCGUUGUUGUCAGUGUUCCUACAAACGGAUCAAAUGUGGCCUUCAAUGUGGUCAUCUGGCUUUCAUUUCUGUCUAUCAAGGUUCUCCAGUCAACUAUCUACCUUUGACGGAUAUUUUUCAAACGAUAAAUAUGUAAAGAGGGGUUAAAAAGGGUUUCCUCGAUGCAGCCGUGGACUACUAAUGGGACACAGCGGCGAGUGAAGCUGAUCUGCGACAUGACUUCCGAUUGUCUGUAGCAAUUUAAUCUAUCGAGUGCCUGGAAUCAGAAGGAGAAAACUCAGCAAUCUUUUGUUGUACACGAAGUCGUGUGAGGUUUGGGGAGACAAACCAUCGAACAUGCAACGUUUUAACAGGCAUUCGAUUUGUGACUCCGAUCCGUAGUUGUACAGUAGAAAGUACUGACAACAGGCCGCGCGAUCUUUACUGAUGUAGUUCACUGGGAAUGUUCCUUGUAUCUUUUCUGUAUGAGUGUAGACGUUUAAGAAUUGAUCUUUCAAAAAUAAAUUGUUCCCUGAAUGUUCCGUUUAACAUCUGGUUUCUUUAUGUGUUGAAUCGAUAACGUUUGUUUUGCGGAACACGCAACGCAACGACUCGGAAGGAAUUUUUUUAUUUGCUAAUAAGCAGUUGAAAUUUAUGCCAUAGUUAUGGGCUCCUGUUUAUUCCUUUUUUUGCGUUGUUCUUUUAGAAUAAUCUUUAUACUUAUACGUUAUGUGGCUAUACUACUGCAAUGAAAGCGUUUCAUGAUGAAGCGCUAAGAAUUGCUUUCAAACAAUGCUACGAUUUUCAGCCGGUAUCAAUCGACUGAGCCAGCCGACCGCAUGGCAUGGCUUAUUUUAUUAUAGCGCGCAUUUAGCUGGCAUUUUAAGCAAAACGUUUGCUUCAUCCUAUACUGUGUGUUUUGAUCACCGAUCAGGAGGUAUUUGCAGGUAUUUCUAAGUUUAUAUAGGGUAAACAGAGAGAUCAGUAGGGUUUGUUUACAAAUUAUUUUUGUUUGCGGAUCGGAGACUGAUUUUCUAGCGUGGGUACGUAAAAAUACACGUAGGUAAGUAGCAGGACAGGGUUGUUAAUCUUAUUCUUAUCAUCUGCAACAUUUAUCUGAGGAAUACCAGAGAAUAAAUAUGAAUUAUGGGGAUAUAUAUAAAAUCGAACAUAAACGUCCGGAAGACUCCCACCUCGCGAACAAUGUAUCUUAAAUUAUGUAAAUUUCCUCGCGUGCAGCUUACUCGCUUCCGAUUGGUUCAAAGACAAUCAGCUACUGUCACAGCUCACACAUGCGCACAUUCGUGACACAGUCCCUUUAAGUGUAGCAGGAGCCGAUUACUUGGAGCCUCCAUAUGUGAUGUACCCUUGAGUCAACCCAUUCCCGUAAAGAAUUAUUUUUAGAAUAGGCUUUCCCGCGAAAUUAAUGUGUUUUCGAGGACGUUCGCAUAUUUCUGUAGUGAAAAAAAAAUGGCGACGAAAGAGGGAAGUUGGCCAACAAGGUUACUCCUUGUUCCAUCACAGUAGCUCCUGCCUCCGUUCCUUCCUUUACAACCGAGGAAAGCUGGUUUCGAGUGAAUAUAAAUAACAUGUAAUCUGGCUUAAAAAUAUUGCUAUAUUUUGUUGCAGCGCACGAGGUCGUGUUUGCUGUUGUAGCACUGUUCGGGUGUUUAAAUUUUGUUCGUAAUGUUGUAUUCCAUCACCCUUAUUUAAAAGGAGCUUUUCAAAGAAUUAAAAAGUGAAACUCUUUCUUGGAGAGCAAGACUUUUUAAAAGGGAAUUGGAGCGCUUACGCUAAGGUCUGUAACGGCUCAUCGUGGAACCGGCAAAUCGGCGACAAUUUGGUAGGUACGUGGUGUAAGCAUCAUAUAGUGGUUCCCCGUUAGCUAAUAUAUGGAAUACAUUUCUCUCAAUAGCUUUACAUAGCCCUACAUAGCCCAACAUAGCCCUACAUAGCCAUACACAGCCCUACACAGCCCUACAUAACCAUACAUAGCACUACAUAGCCAUACAUAGCCCUACAUAGCCCAACAAAGCCCUACACAGCCAUACACAGCCCUACACAGCCCUACAUAGCCCUACAUAACCAUACAUAGCACUACAUAGCCAUACAUAGCCAUACAUAGCCCUACAUAGCCAUACAUAGCCCUACAUAGCCAUACACAGCCCUACACAGCCCUACAUAGCCCUACAUAACCAUACAUAGCCCUACAUAGCCAUACAUAGCCAUACAUAGCCCUACAUAGCCAUACAUAGCCCUACAUAGCCAUACACAGCCCUACACAGCCCUACAUAGCCCUACACAGCCCUACAUAGCCCUACAUAACCAUACAUAGCCCUACAUAGCCAUACAUAGCCCUACAUAGCCCAACAUAGCCAUACAUAGCCAUACACAGCCCUACAUAGCCCUACAUAGCCAUACAUAGCCCUACAUAGCCAUACAUAGCCAUACAUAGCCCUACAUAGCCAUACAUAGCCCUACAUAGCCAUACACAGCCCUACACAGCCCUACAUAGCCCUACAUAACCAUACAUAGCCCUACACAGCCCUAAAUAGCCCUACAUAGCCAUACAUAGCCCUACAUAGCCAUACAUAGCCCUACAUAGCCAUACAUAGCCCUACAUAGCCCUACAUAACCCUACAUAGCACUACAUAGCCAUACAUAGCCAUACAUAGCCCUACAUAGCCAUACAUAGCCCUACAUAGCCAUACACAGCCCUACACAGCCCUACAUAGCCCUACACAGCCCUACAUAGCCCUACAUAACCAUACAUAGCCCUACAUAGCCAUACAUAGCCCUACAUAGCCCUACAUAGCCCUACAUAGCCAUACACAGCCCUACACAGCCCUACAUAGCCCUACAUAACCAUACAUAGCCCUACAUAGCCAUACAUAGCCCUACAUAGCCAUACAUAGCCCUACAUAGCCAUACACAGCCCUACACAGCCCUACAUAGCCCUACAUAACCAUACAUAGCCCUACAUAGCCAUAAAUAGCCCUACAUAGCCAUACAUAGCCCUACAUAGCCAUACAGAGCCCUACACAGACCUACAUAGCCCUACAUAACCAUCCAUAGCCCUACGUAGCCAUACAUAGCCCUACAUAGCCCUACAUAGCCAUACACAGCCCUACACAGCCCUACAUAGCCCUACAUAACCAUACAUAGCCCUACAUAGCCCUACAUAGCCAUACAUAGCCCUACAUAGCCAUACACAGCCCUACACAGCCCUACAUAGCCCUACAUAACCAUACAUAGCCCUACAUAGCCAUACAUAGCCCUACAUAGCCAUACAUAGCCCUACAUAGCCAUACACAGCCCUACACAGCCCUACAUAGCCCUACAUAGCCAUACAUAGCCCUACAUAGCCAUACAUAGCCCUACAUAGCCAUACACAGCCCUACACAGCCCUACAUAGCCCUACAUAACCAUACAUAGCCCUACAUAGCCAUACAUAGCCCUACAUAGCCAUACAUAGCCCUACAUAGCCAUACACAGCCCUACACAGCCCUGCAUAGCCCUACAUAACCAUACAUAGCCCUACAUAGCCAUACAUAGCCCUACAUAGCCAUACAUAGCCCUACAUAGCCAUACACAGCCCUACACAGCGCUACAUAGCCCUACAUAGCCAUACAUAGCCAUACACAGCCAUACAUAGCCCUACAUAGCCAUACACAGCCCUACACAGCCCUACAUAGCCAUACAUAACCAUACAUAGCCAUACACAGCCCUACACAGCCCUAAAUAACCAUACAUAGCCCUACAUAGCCAUACAUAGCCCUACAUAGCCAUACAUAACCCUACAUAGCCAUACAUAGCCCUACAUAGCCAUACACAGCCCUACACAGCCCUACAUAGCCCUACAUAACCAUACAUAGCCCUACAUAGCCAUACAUAGCCCUACAUAGCAAUACAUAGCCAUACAUAGCCCUACACAGCCAUACAUAGCCCUACAUAGCCAUACAUAGCCAUACACAGCCAUACAUAACCAUACAUAGCCAUACACAGCCAUACAUAGCCAUACAUAGCCCUACAUAGCCCUACACAGCCCUACAUAACCAUACAUAGCCCUACAUAGCCAUACAUAGCCCUACAUAGCCAUGGGUAUGUAGGGCUGUUUAGGGCUGUGUAUGGCUAUGUAUGGUUAUGUAGGGCUAUGUAGGGCUGGGUAUGGCUAUGUAGGGCUAUGUAUGGUUAUGUAGGGCUAUGUAUGGUUAUGUAGGGCUAUGUAGGGCUGUGUAGGGCCAUUGUUGGCAGCAAUUUAAAUCGCGCUUCUGUGACUCAGCGAAAGCUAUUUCUAUAAAUAAUUUUUCGUCGGAAAUUGUUGACUCCAAGGGCUUAUAUGGGAGAUGGAGGCUCCAAGUAAUCGGCUCCUGGUGUAGUUGGUGCAGUUACGGCAGUUGGUGUAGUUGGUGUAGUUACCGUAGCUGGUUUAGUUCGUGUAGUUGCUCUGGUUGGUGUAGUAUGUGUAGUUGCUGUAGUUGGUGUAGUAGCUGUAGUUGCUGUAGUAUGUGUAGUUGGUGUAGUUGCAGUUAGGUGUAGUUCGUGUACUUAUUGUAGUAUGUGUAGUUAGUGCAGUUAAGUGUAGUCGGUGCAGUUGGUGUAGUUGGUGUAGUUACCGUAGCUGGUUUAGGUCGUGUAGUUGCUGUAGUUGGUGUAGUAUAUGUAGUUGCUGUAGUUGGUAUAGUUAGUGUACCUGGUGUAGUUGCUGUAGUUGUUUUGGUAUAUGUAGUUGCGUUUAAUUAGUUGGUGUAGUUGGUGUAGUAUGUGUAGUUAGUGUACUUACUGUAGUAUGAUUGUGUAAUUAAGUGUAGUUGAAGCAGUUACGGUAGUUGGUGUAGUUGGUUUAGUAAGUGUAGUUGGUGUAGUUACCGUAGCUGGUUUAGUUCGUGUUGGUGCUGUAGUUAGUGUAGUAUGUGUAGUUGCUGUAGUUGGUGUAUUUGGUAAGUUACGAUUUACGUAUUUUGGGUUAUUAUCUGUCAGAAAAAAAUCUUGUAUAACUACAAAAACUACAGCAACUACACCGAACUACGCCAACUACACCAAAAUACCUCAACCUACAUCAAAAAACAUCAACCUACACCAAAAUACAGCAACUACACCAACUAUGACAACUACACUAACAAGAACAACUACAGUAACUACACUAACUACAGCAGCUGCAGCAACUAAAUCAACUACACCAAACUACAGUAACUACACCAACUACACUAACUACAGCAACUACACUAACUACAACAAUUACAGAAAGUACAGUAAUUACACAAACUACAGUAACUUCAGCAACUACACAUACUACACCAACUACACUAACUACAUCAACUACACAUACUACACUAACUACACAAACUGCAGCAACUACAGCAACAACACCAACUUUAGUAACUACACAUACUACAUAUACUACACCAACUACAGUAACUGCACCAACUACACAUAAUUACACCAACUACAGUAACUAUACCUACUACACAUACUACACAUACUACACUAACUACACCAACUACAGCAACUACAUCAACUACACUAACUACACAUACUGCACAUACUACACCAAUUACAGUAACUGCACCAACUACACCUAACUACGCCCAUUACACAUACUACAGUAACUACACCAACCACAGUAACUACACCUACUACACCAACUACAGUAACUACAUCAACUACAGCUACUACACCAACUACAGUAACUACACUAACUACAUAAGCUACACCAGCUACAGCAACUACACAUACUACACCAUUUGCACCAACUACAGCAACUACACUAACUGCACCAACUACACAUACUACACCAACUACAGCAACUACACACACUACACCAACUGCACCAACUACUGCAACUACACCAACUACCCCAAUUACACCAACGACACAUACUACAGCAACUACAUAUACUACAUAUACUACACUAACUACACCAGCUGCAGCAACUACAUAUACUACACCAACUACACUAGCUACACCAACCACUGUAACUACACCAACUACACCAAACAUCAACUUUAUCAUAGUACACCAAGUCAUCACUGAAUACUUCUCUAUAUUCGUGACGGUUAUCAUGAACCAUUACCGCCCCCUGGGUACAUUUGAAAAUCAAGAUGGCCGUCAUUAACGGUAAGACGCGCUAUAUCUCAACGAUCUCACGAAAAAAUAGGGGGGUGUGAAUAGGCUAUCUCAUUUUGUAACAAUUCGGCGAUUAUUCGCCAUUGCUGCCAGUUUCGUCAAAAUCACCACUUUCAAAAGGGACCCUUUGUCAUCCCAUUUGGAAUAAGUAAUUGUUCGCCAUUUCUGCCAUUUUCGCCAAAAUCGCCAUUUUCAAAAGGGACCUUUGCCAUCUCAUUUGAUAUUUUGUUAACAAUUUGGCGUUUGAAGUUAUGAAUAUAUGGAAAUUAUACAUGAGAACUGCGCGGUGAAGAAUUAUAUGAAAUAAGAUCAUCGCAGUUAUAGACCCACCUUUUGCAGUUGCGAAAAGAACGCCUGAUAAAAUCAGGCUUGUACGGGAUUCGAACCCUUGGCCUCUGAGAUACCGGUGCAGCGCUCUACCAAAUGAGCUAAUAAACCAACUGGGAACAGGUCGAUGAAUUGUUUCGUUAUGAACCCGUGAAAGGAUGAUGAUGAAGUUAUGAAUAUAUGAAAAUCAUAUAUGAGAACUGCGGGGUGAAGAAUUAUAUGAAAGAAGAUCAUCGCAGUUAUAAACGCAUUUUCGCCAAAUCCUCCAUUUUCGCCAAAAUCGCCACUUUCAGAAGCGUCCCUUGCCAUCUCAUUUGAUAUUUUGUGAACAAUUGGGCGGUUGUUCGCCAUUUGUACCAUUUCGCCAAAUACGCAAUUCUCACCAAAAUCGCCACUUUUAAAAGGGUCCCUAUACCAUCUCCUUUGAUAUUUUGCUAACAAUUUUGCGAUUGUUCACCAAUUCUGCCAUUUUCGCCAGUGCAUGCAUUUCUGGACAUAUCUCUAAAGAAGGAGCGAUCCAAAUCUGGUCUUGUUACAGUUCUGUUAAGAUCUGAAUGGAAAUUACUUGUGGCCCAUUUGGCAAGUGAUGUCGAUGUUGAAAUUUGAAAUUUCUGCCCCUUGCGAGACUUCUCGUCAUGUUGGAGAGUGGCCAUGUUACCGACCAGUCACACCUUGAAUUCCCACAGUGCAUUUUGGACCGUAAAGGUCAAAGCACAAUCAAAAUAGGAGAAAAGUUGCGAACUGUUCACUUUACGUAUAUUCCCCUUUGUUCAUAGGUUUCUCUAGGGAAGCGCUCUUUUUGUCAUGCAUAGAAAUAAAAUGAAAGUGACGCAUAAGUAACUGUUUUUAUUAUAUAAACACCAAUGAAAUGCCAGGGGAGCUUUCGCGCGAAAACUUGAUAUCUUCACAUGUGAAAAUAUCACCUUUGCUAUGGCUACACUGACUAAAUCGCGCCUUUCACACCAAAAAACUAUUAAAGUGAAAUGGUUUGGUAUUUCAUUGGUGUUUAUAUAAAAGAGGAGCUCCUUGCGCGCGAGCGGAGCACCAUAACUAAGAUAAUUUGGUAAACUAUCCAUCCCAGAAAUUUUGGUUAUGACGUCAGCGUACGUCCGUCCGUACGGACUUUCCGGGUAGUGGAAAGUAGUCCGCAUGGACUUUUGGAGUAGGGGAAAGUAGAGAUUUUUUGGCGGGAAAUCGCGUGGCGCAACUUCGCGCAAUUAUGUCGCGCAACUGGUUUUGAAAAAGAAAUUUCAAAGGAACUUAACAAAAAAAUUUUUCGACAGAGCCUUUAUAACUUUUUAUUUCAACUUACGAAAGCUAUUAUGUCAACAAACAACAACAAAGAGAUUUUAGCGUGUAGACGACAGGUUUUAAGCAGAGAGCAAAGAGAGGGUGAACGGCAGAGAGCAAGAGUCAACACGCAAGCGAAGACGAUCGCCAAAGAGAGCGCGUUAGAAGUAGAAGAAGAAGACAAAAUUUUAGCGAAGAAAGUCGGCUAGUAGAAAGAGUCAGGGCUAGAAGAAGCAGAGAAAAUUCUAGUGAAGAACGCCGGCAAGCAGAACAAGACAGAGCUAGAAUGAAUAGACAAAGGCAACGCGAAAGAGGAAUACAAAGGCAAAGAGAACGGCAGCAAAAUAAUGACAUGAUGACAGAAAGUGUUGUCUUUGACUCUGAAGAUGACUACCGCAAAGGUUGUCGAAACGUCAGUCACUGUCAAUAACAACAGUCCUAUUCAGGACUACGUUCACCCCGACGAUCAAACUCAACCUACUUUAGAAAGUGAUGUGUUAAUGUGACUAUGGCCCCGCACUAUUAACAUUUUGAUUUCGGACGCGAAAAUUCAGCCAGUCACUUAAAAAUACAAGCAGGGAAGACAGAGGCUUUUCACUUUUCUCAUCAUAGUCACGCGUUGAUCACGCUCUACGACCGUCCAAUUUUUAUGCUCUGAGUGGUCAAAAUUUGACAAGUGAGUUCCAUGCAGAAAAUUUAUGCAGCAUCUUGAAACUUGUUUACUUUGACAGCUGAAGCUGACAGAGGUUUUUGUCAACUUGUGAUGUUUUUUACUGUCUUUUUCCACUGAAUGCAUAAAAUGAAAUACAACUGCUAUCAACAGCCUUCUGUUAUUCAUGGCUGGUUUGUUUAUUCAAUUUUGGGUUGAGAAAUGUUGUCAAAGUUCGAAAUCCGAUUUCGGAUGACAUGGUUGUCGUCUUUCACCUUGCUGGAUGCGGGUUUUUAUCUGUACAAGAAGCCCCGUCCUGCCAUCAUAUGAGCACAAAUACAGAGAGGAUAUUACUUGGCCGCGCGGAGAUACGAAAUUUCUCUUCGAAUGUUGAAAAAUAUUUCACGGGUGAGCGUACGGAACGAGUGAAAUAUUUUUUCAACACGGGAGGAGAAAUUUCGUUUCUCUAAGUGGCCAUGUAAUGUUCUAUUUAAUAUAUCUAUAGAUUUAGCCAGGGUUAAAAGCGAAGCUCUCUUUAAUACAUUUAUAAUUUAUAUCAAACAAUAAACUUGUAAUCCACAAAUCAGUAGCCUGCGAGCAAGCUCUCCUCUUCGGGCGAGCAAAGCGAGUCUCGGAUGUAGUUUUUAUGAAUUUUACGAGUGGUAUAUUUUCCAGUAAAACACUCGUGUCUAUAUAAUAAAUACGGCUAUCAACUCGAUGUAAGAUAUUUUUCACUCUAAAAUCGCUUAGCCUUAGAUUUCCCGAAAAAAGUCACAUAUGUGCCCUUAAGUUAACUGAUUUGUUACCCUGCAAGAGCGCGCGAGCGAGGGGCUUCGUGGCUUCGCCGCUCGCUCGCUUUUAACCUUUUAAUUUCCUUGAUAUUUCUGCUUGUGAAAUAACAUGGAAAUUUGCUAUCACGUUAAGAGUCAGCUACAGUUAUCCACAAAGCUUUUCAAUUGCUGUUGUUCAUGUGCUAUUGUUUUGUGUAACAUUUACAUACAAAAUGUGAUGAGUAUCCAGAUCAUUGCUUACUUGCGCUUUUGGUCUUCAGGGAACAUAGGUGGACGCUACAGCCUACGACCUUCUAUCCCUCAGGCUGAUGAAACCUGGACGACAAUGGGCAGAGGACCAAGAAAUAUAAAUGUCAGUGUGGACCCUAAAAAGUUUCAAAACAUUAAGGUGCAUAAAACACCUUAUAAUAGUUUACAUAUUAUGGGACAGUUGGCUGUGAAAUAAAAUAAAAAAUAAAGUUUCAAAACGGAUUUGCUGUGGUGGGUAAUUAACACAACUGAGAAAAUUUCAUUGACAACUUUAAAGUUGAAUACCUUUUUCCACUCAUUCUUCAGUUAAAUUUGUCUUACAUUUGAAUGGGUCCCUGGCAUAUAGUCUGAAGUGCCUACUAAGAAAUUGACCUGCGUUGUCUUUCAGCGCCCUGUGGAUUCUGAAAACAUCUCUGUGGGACCAGGUGGAAGAGGUUAUGGAGCAUGGGCACGAGGCAGUAGUGGUGGUUCAGGAGCAGUAGGUGCUGGUGCUGGUCCGUCAGCUUCUGCUGUGGCUGUUGCCACGGUUACUGAUGCUGAUAACAGACCUGCCAACAGGUAACUUUCUGCGAUGUUCUCAUGCCUAGGAUUUGAAAUCCCAAAUUCUGUUUUGUAAAGUACUGAAAAACAAACUCUAGAUCAAUAAUUACUGAUAUAGGUAAUGUAAUUUGUAAUGUUGCAGAUGAGAGGACAACAGUAUGUGUAUAUAAUAUUUAGAUUUAGCCAAGCCUAAAAGCGGAGCUCUUUUUUACAUUCUUAGCCGUUCACCUGGAUCGAUAUACUUAAAACAGUAUGGCUUGCAGUCAAUAAUUUAGCGUGACCGGCCUCCCAGAGACCACAGAGACAUUUUUAGGUAUUUUGAAAAAGUAGCUCAUAUGUCAGUGGUCUAAGCGUACGUAUCUUUAUGGCUUUGUCUGUUCGGAUGUGUUGCAGGGGCCAGUAAGGUUAAAAGUACUAUGAGUUGAUGCUAGGCAACAGUGAGAUUUUUGCAUCUAAAACAUGACAUAUUAGAUCUGCUAUAAACCAUUCUAUUUGAAAAAUUUAUUUCUCAAAUAAUAAAGAAUUUUGCAAAAAAAAAGUUACACAGGUCUAUCAAGCGAAAGCUGAGCUUUCAGAAAAUUGAUAUCCGAGGUGUCAAUUUUCACACCUAAGGUGUGUUUUCCGAUUUAUAUCGCAGGCUCAAAAAUUCAAGAAUUGCAUAUUUCUGGCUUUCUCUUGAUAGCUAUGAAUAGAAAAAUUGGAACUGACUUAUGCUUAGAUUGUUCAUUGACCUUUAAAUUCUCGGCAGUAACCAGUAAUUUUCCUGGGAUAUAGAGGUGGAAUUUUUUUUUUGUAAUGCCCUGUAACUUUAGGCCGCCGCCAAAAAUUCUAAAAUAUUCCCUUUUUGCCGGGAAUUUAAUACAUUUUCCCUUAACAUUAUGUGAAUAAACCUGGCAAGCGACCUCGUUCCCAGGUUCUCUCUACUGGCAAGUUUCAGCACAGUAUUAUAAAUCUUCAUCUUUUUACAUCAAUUUUUUUUCAGUGCGAUACAACGCAGCCGCAAAAUUGCCCUUAAUUCGCCCUUAAUUUUCGUCGCGCUGCGCUGUUUUCUUCAUCGCCAUCUUGAAUUCUUACGAGUAAACCGCUGUUCUUUAUUGAGCUAUUUUGAAAAAAAUAGCUCAUAUGUCAGUGGUUUGAGCGUAUGUAUCUUUGUGGCUUUGUAUCUUUGUGGCUUUGUAUGUUGGGAUGUUUGUUGCAAGAGCCAAUAAGGUUGAAGGUACUAUGAGUUGAUGCUUAGGAACCAAUGAGACCUUGGCAUCUAUUUAAACAUGGCAUUGGUAAAGGUCGAACAAGGGCACUUUGAGACCGCCAUCUUGAUCCUUCACAAUUUUUUCGUCUUUUAUCACGGGUACAGGUGUUUGGAAGCAUUACAUAAAAUAUCUUCAUGAUUCAAACGCUGUAAACAGUGAUGCAGCUGUUUCAGGGUUCAUAUUUUAGUAUGGAUGCUGCUUCAAGACAUUUGUGACCGAUUCGGCUAUCGCGAACGGUACAACGUACGUAGUUAUGAGUUGUGUUUCACCCGCUUCAAGGUAGAGUAUAAAAGAUCAUAUAUUUUCACAGCUCUUCCAGUGAAGCAAUAAUUGAUAUUUAGAUAUGGACUUAAAUUUGAAAGUAUGCGGCCUAUAAAAUGUGGUUUUACAAGUUUGAAAGGCAGCUUAUUUUUCUUAAAGCUGUACCGAGUAUUGUUAAUUCUGUAAACAAGCUUUAAAAAUAUUAUUCUCUCGCUUACAAAGUUCAACAGACCUUUUUUUUUCGUUCUGGCAAAACUAAAAAAUAAUAAUAAGUGAACAACAUGAUACAUCCUUCCUGCAUAAGCAUUAUAGUUAUUGAAACGUAUUUUAUUUAGCAAAUUGUGUGCAUGAGUUAUUUUUAUAAUUCUGUUUACCGUGUGAUAACUCGAAUUCCCUCACGUACGAACAACGAAAGGGGGCAAAGUCCAACACUUUCACGUGCCAGUUGUGUGAUUGUACAUCUCAUGCAGAUUGGCUUUUCACAAUAAUAAUAGUAACUUCAACGUAUGAAGACCUGUUUCGUUUUGUAACCAAUGCCUUAAAAAAGGCUCUUGUCUUUUAAGAAGCAAUAGCUUUUAAAAGAUAAAGAAAUAAGUUGCUGGAGUCAAGGACUGUUUCACUGAGUAGAAUCGCACGUGAAAACCGCGUGAAUUGUGAUGAUGCAACCAUCUACCACAAUGAUAAGAAUCCUGGUAUUUCUUAAUUACUGGAAUUCGAUGAGUCACAUUUUGGCUUAAGAAACUCCGAGGAAACCUUAGAGUUUUCCUUCUAAUCAACGUUUGGUGAGUAGAUAUUUAUUUUACUUUAAUAAUCUGUUUAACUUGCACCAAAUGUAACAGGGAAAGGCAGGGGAAAGUGAAUAUAUAGCAUGAGGAUCGACGCAUCUGAGCGUUUCGCGUUUUCAUUUAUAUACGGCAAUACCCAAUGUCGCACAAAAAUCCAGUCUACAUUUAGGACGAAAAAGGUAGAUUCAUCACUCUUGGUAAGGUUACACUGAAGCAUUUAAGUUACAAUGAAGCAUUCAAAAUAGCUCACGCACGUUUAACGUGCCUAUGUUGUUUGUUGAGACACUGACCCGAUUGUAGCAGGGAAAGUGGCGCGAAAACGCGAACAAUUUUCGUUUGAACUCGUUACGUGACGUGCUCUCAAUAUGGCGUCGUAAACAAUGGUUUAGCCUUGGCAACGUGCUAAUUUGCGUAAUAGGUCAUUUAACUGCGGCCUUAUUUGACAUCGACCUUUCAAGAAUCGUAUAUCUAACAUGUCUCUAGAAGGCUUUUUACAGCCAGAGAAAUGAUUUACAAAUAUCAAAACAAUCAUACUUUAUUUGGGGAAGCAGAAUGUAAGCGAAAUUUUGCUAUAAUUUGCCCUGGCUUACUCAUAACGCGUUAUCUCGUGUUGGGUUGUGAAAAUUGCAACAUUUCUGUCAACAACGGAAAGUAUCGCGUCGGAUUUCAGCCCUGUGAUUAUUAAUAUUUCCAAAAUAGCGCUCUUAGGUACCAACUUUGCCCUUCGUUUUCACGGGUUCUAUUCAACGAAAAUGCUUCAUUUUUAGAAUUUGAGUUCAGGUUAAGAGUACAUUUGAAAUAAGCGACAUAUUUUGACUUUAUAGCCGUUCUAAUACCUUAAGUGAAACCAUAUCUCAUACAUGUUUGCUGUCAUAAAAGUAAUUAAAAAGUAUUUAAUUUACCCAGUGACUAAGUUAAGAUGCGUAACUUUUGCGCUGGCAAAUAAACUUGGAAGUAGCCAGGGCACGAAAUAAUUAGCGAUUGUUUCAUUGAGUGGAAUAAUUUGAGAUGAGUAGAAAUCAGUAUUUCGGCAAUUUGACAAUUCUGUUGAAGUAAAGUAAUGAUGUUAAGGUACAAAUCUUAACAUUGAAUGAUGCCAGCUGUGUGACUGUACAUCGCAUGCAGAUUGGCUUUUCAAAGCAAUAUUAGUAGCUUGAGCGCAUGAAGACCCGUUUCGUUUUGUAACCAAUGCCUUAAGUAAAGGCUCUUGUCUUUUAAGAAGCAAUAGCUUUUAAAAUAUGUAGAAUUAAGUCGUCAGAGUUAAAGAGUUUCAUUAGAGAGAUUAAGAUUCACGUUUACCGCAACGUCAGACACAAGUUGAGAAUUUCUCAGAAUAGAAAAUAAGCAGAUGAAAACAGUCCCGAACGAUUCCUAUGGUUAAAACUAGCAUAAAACGACAUAUUUUUGUGUAGAGGCAAUAAAGAGUAAACGGAAAAUAAGGGGAAAACUUGGUCACGUGGUACAAAUCUUAAUCUCUCUAUUGAAUAGAAACGCACAUGAAAAAAAUUAUGAUGAUGCAACCAUCUACCACAAUGAUAAAAAUCCUGAUAUUUCGAAACUAUUCAGCGUUCGAUGAGCUGCAUUUUCUUAAGGAAAACCGAAGAAACCUUCGAGGUUUCCUUUUCAACGUUUGGUGAGUUGAUAUUUAUUGUAGUUUAACAAUUUGUUUAACUUGCACCAGAUGUAUCAAGGAAAUAUAACAUGAGGAUCGACUCAUUUGAGCUUUUCGCGUUUUCAUUGACGAACAGCAAGACCCAAUUUCGCAACAACAAAAAAAACAGCCUAUAUUUCGGAUAGAAAAGGUAGAUCCAUAAUUCUUGGUACAGUUACUCUGAAGCAUUCCAAAUAGCUCAUUUACGUUAAACGUGCCCAUGUUUUAUUAUUCGUCACGUAGCACGUUCGAACAGAGCUCCACAAUAGCAAAGAAAACUCGAAUGCAGUUUGGGAAAUAAUUAAUCGUUGUCUUCCAAGGAAAGGAGUGCCUUUGAAAACAGAGAACCCAUUGAUUUUAUCAAAUAGGUUUAACACGUUUUACUUAUCAGUUGGUAAAAUCACGGCAAAUAAGGCGAUGCAGCUUGCCAAAGAACAUGGCUUCUCUACAAGUAGUCGACACUUGUCUUGCGGCCGGGCAAAUAAUGUCCAUAAAAGCGACCCACAAGAGCUGUUUUCCUUUUGUCCGGUAACUGAAUCUCAAGUACAAAAGAUUGUUAAAGGUCUACCUUCGAAUAAAGCCCCUGGUAUGGAUAAAAUAACUUCUAGAGUUCUUAAAGACAGCCUUCCUAUAUCACUUCCGAGGACAUUUUAAAGAAUAUGGACGAGAACAAAAUCUCGUUGAUCGUGUUGUUAGACAUGUCGAAGACUUGUGACAGCAUUCAGCAUGAGGGCCUUACUUAUGAAACUCCACAACACUGGUGUCUUCACGUCUGUUCUGACUUGGCUUGAAAGCUGUUUUACCCAACGCAAUCAAUUCGUGAGGAUCGAGGAUGCUACCUCCGACAUACUACCUGUGAAUUUUGGAGUAUUUCAAGGAUCUAUACUAGGUCCAGUACUGUUUACAGUUUAUGCUAGCGAUCUAUUGUCUGUUCCCAUCCAUUGCAAAUCAUCAGGCUGUGUAGAUGACACAAAAGUUUUCUUGUCUCCUCCCCCUCAUGAUAUUACCGAUGCAUGUGUCGCAUUAAAUCAAGACCUGUUAGAAAUAUCCUGCAGGUGGUAGUGCUUGAAUUCCCUUUCAUUAAUCCUGCAAAUACAAAACCUUUGGUCAUCGGUGCUCCUCAACUCUUGCGUAAUUUGCCAUGUUUGUCUGUCUCUAUUCCUUGUAAGGAGAUAGAGCCUGUACCUGUAGCCAAAGACCUGGGUGUUUACGUCGAUCAGACUGUUUGCUAUACCGAACACGGAUCAAAGCUAGUCUCUAGCUGUGUUUACAUUGUUCAAAUUAACAGGAUCAAACAUCUAUUAGAUUCAAAAACGUUACUCUAUAAUUAAAUAAGAAUAAUAUGAAAAAUAUGAUUUGGCGGUUGACACUAAAUGCUUUGGUAUAUCAAAGAUCAGAUAUAGGACCCGUAAAAAAACUUAUGUCCACAAUUCGAAACUUCAACAUACCCCCCGGGAAAACCCGAGGCAUUUGACCAUCACUUGUGCCUGGGGAGUGGGGUGUCUGACAAUGUGGGUCAAAGGAUGCUUUUGUUAAAAGAAUGGCUUGUUGAACAAGGACUUCAAAAACGACCAGUAUGAAACAUUUUUGAGAGUUAUGUUAUAUGAAAAUGAGUGUUUUUUUGUACUUCACUUACCGAUCAACAUCGUGUGGAUUUUUUUCGGUCGGCAAUACCAGGUUUUUCAAAGUAGUUACCCCCAUUGAACAGAGAAAGAAGUGGAUAAGAUCAUGGAUAAUAGAAAGACUGGAUAGGAAACUGGCUCACGCGAUCGGUUUCAACACAGUGGAAAAAUGUGACGUCACAUUAUCGAGAGCCAUUCAACCUCUUACAUUCGACGUUUUGCGCGUCUUAUGUUUCCUUGCAUAUUUCACUAUCUCUGUUUUCGGCUAUACAUAUUGGCCAUGUUUUGAAGUAAAGGAUGAAGAGGACUUUCCCUUGUAGAAGACAGUUAGAGGGUACAAAACCGGUAGAGGCAAGACAGAGUAAAUGAUUAUGAAACUUGUGAGAGCGAAGAAUGACUCCAGCGCCCGAUAAUUUUAUGCACCGAACGGCUCCUUAGAAGCCUAACUACAUAAAAACUAUGCGAAAACUUACAUGUAUACAGCUACAAAACAACUUUAAAAAAGGCACAGCCUAAUUUUCUUCAAACCACAAGAAAACCGGAAAUAAUUUAAACCCUUUUUAUCACAGUUUUGACGAUUUCUUUUCUACUUUUAUCGACAAGCUCAGCGAGUGUCAAAUUUUAUAAGUUAACAACCCUUGACAAACUGAUUUUAUUAGCGGUAAAAGUAUCCAGCUCAAACAAGCCUUUAAUUUUCCCUUCAAUUUUAUUUACGGACAACCAGUGACAAGAAGUCGUUUUGAGAAAUGUAAAAAACCGGGAAAAAGCUCACAGCGGAGAGAGGAAAUUUGCUUGCGGACCACCGUGGAAACGCCGUUUCUAAACUUUUUCAAAUCUAUUUUGCUAGUUGUUUUGUUAUUUUCAGGUAUAAAUGUACAAUGACCCAAGGUACUUUUCAGUCAGGUCUUUGAAAACGCGAACUGCAACGCUUUAAAAGUGUUAUGUAAAAUGGUUAAUUGUUAACUACUAGAAUACAACUGGGAAGCAAACUCUCCUGGUUAAUAGUAGAACCUUCACUCAGUUAUUUUUCAUUAGGAAACACCUUUCUUCCAUAAGGCUUAAUAAAACCUAGAAAUAUAUUAUCUUUGAAAUACUGACCUUUUUUAGGAUGAAACAAAGUUUAAGUUUUUGUGUAGUGUUAAUGAUAUGGAUAGGGAAUAUUGUAAAUCACCUCUGAAAUAAACAUAAACACUGUUCCCAAAGAAAAAUAGAAGCGUCUUAUAUAUAUAAAAAAAAAACAGUAACAUCAGGGGUUAUCAGGUUUUUGUUUAGUCUGAGGUAAGUGGAUGAGGGAUUGAAAAAAUAUGACUGUAUGGUCACAUUAUCAUGUUGUUGAAAACAAAAUAUACCCCAAACUAGUACAGGUAUAUGUUUUAUUAAUUUGAUUUAGAAUAUACCUUGGUAAGGUUUAUUAUCUACAGGUACAUUGUUGCUUUGGAUCUCUAAAAAACCAAAUACAAUAAUAGUGCUAAUCAAGUCCAUCUUUGGUUUGAAAAACAAUGUGAUUCAGAUAUAGACCGUUUCAGGGAAGAACACUAACCAACUUAAACACAUGACUCUGUAGCUAAUACAAGCAUUGACCCUCAAACACAGUUAAUUUGUCCUACUCACAAAGAAGUAAUAAAUACACUUCAGAAGUGAUAAAUAAAGUUUCUGAUCAUAAAUAAUUUAAUUAGAUGCCACCUUCUGGCUCUCAUGCAUGACAAAAGCAACUUUGUUGCUGUUUAAUACAGAAAGAUUGAUUGAUUUGGGCCCUCUUAGAAGAGUACUUGAGUACAAUUUUACUGUCUUCAUUGACUAUGUGUGUUCAGCAAAUCCUACAAUAAAGAAAAACAAAAUGAAAUCUAAAACACCGUUUAAAAAAUACCAACAACACUUAGUAGCCUAAACGGAGGACAAAAAAUGUCAGUAGGUGUUUUCCCCUUGAUGCAACAAUUAUUUAUAGUUUACGUAAGGGAAAAGUACAAAAUUUAUUCGAGUCUCUUCAGUGCCUUCGAAUAUACACGCUGCGAGGAGCGACGUGAGGCGAUUGUAUUCACUGGAUAUGUAAUAUAGUAGUUUUAUUUCAACAUUUAAGGAUGAGCGAAAUUAACAUACUACUUUACGAACAAUAUUAGCAGGGUUAAUCUAGGAUAUUACUUGAGCGAAACAGUUCUCAACACAAACUAGUCUGUCGAUUGGAACUUUACACCCCGUGUGCGUACACUUGCUCGGCGCCAGCUCCGAAUGUAGUUAGUUUCAGCCAUUUUCAAAUGAAAUUUAUGGCUGAAAAAUGACAGCAUUCAUUCUGUAACUAUGCCUAUGCCACAAUUCCAUCCUUAAAACAUUUGUCAAUGGUAGUUAAGAAUACAUACAAGAAGAAACCUUCAUAACAAAGGCGUCCCAAAACAGUCACCAAGUGUACUAAAUAUGGCUCUGGUAAGGAACGGCUUAGAAACUAAAAUUUCCGGGACUUUUUUUGGACUUUUAUCAUUUAGGGCAUGAAUUUUGCGUCAUUUCAGGCCAUGGAGCCUAAAUAUAAGCCUAGCUAGCCCGCAACUGAGGACAUUUCUGCUACGUUUUCAAUUUUGGUUAGCAUGCUAGGAUUUUUCCCAUGCCCAUCGUCAAUGUUUUGCUCAAUGGUAAUAGAGGGGGUGGCCCCAGAGUGUUUUUACAUUUAAAUUGGCAUGCAACUGAAAUUUGCAUGCCCUGUAAGCACAUUUUGAGGUUCCGUGACCUUCCCACCAGCACCGCGAGAAGCCUAGGUUCUAAUAAGAAAUUAAUACCCAGCAUGCCUCGCGUGCCAAAAUCUCCGGCAUGCCGGGCAUGCCAAAAUCGGAGUCUGGCGUGCCCUAAACGCACAUGUUAGUUCCUUGAAUCUACAGAUAUUUAAGCCUGGCUAAAUAAAAACUUAGACAGAUCGCCGUGCUUAUCUUUUGAUGUACAGGUUAUAGCUCAUUUACACAAUGACGUCAUUCUAUUCUUUUCAUUUGUAUAAAUUUGGUAAUCUCAGCGAAGUUUGAAUAACAAAAGCUCUAAUUUGCACAAGAAAGCAAAACCCUGAAGGUUUCUGAUCGUAGUCUGCGUCGUAGUAAUAAAACAGCGUCAUCGUGCAGAUGACUUGUUGGGGGAUUGUAGAAACUCCUCCCCACUUUUAAUAGGAUUCCCAUUUCACAUUGCGAAUAAACUGGAUUGACUGAUUGACGUUGUGUAAUAAAAUGCAUCUAUGUUCCAUGAAAGCUUUCUAAAAUUCAAGGUAUGAGAAUAUCUCAGACAAAGUUCAUUACAAACUGAGCUAAGCUCCAAAAUCAGACUGUCCAUUAUUCACCACAUUAUGAUGUUUUACAAUGCAAUGCGCUGAAUGUAACGUUACAAUUACAAAGCUCUCUAACGCAAUUGUCCCUACGUUAAAAAAGCUGUUUUUAUCUUUCGCAUUUGAUAAGGUGCCUGAAUUCCUCUUUCUUGUCAGGGAUUAUUGUAUAUGUGUCAUCAUUAGUGUUUGUGUCCGUAACUGACAGUAUCAAAGAAUUGCUCUCUAGGAAAUAAAUGAUCUCCUCUCUGUCAUUUGUGGACGUUAUCUGUAACAAAAAAGAAAUGGAAUGUUAAUACCUGCAAGGGCAAUAUGAAAAAAAAACUUGUGGAGCUCAGCUUCUCUUAACAUAAACCCCGUUUACACGCGCUAAAAAAAUCGGCACGGCACGCCAAAUUUUUGGCACCGUGCCUCGUUUACCCGCGCCGAGACUACCUCCGGAAGGUAGUCUCGGCACCCCUAAAAUUUUGAGCACUGGUGCUACAUUACAUUUGGGACCGAUACCUUUACACGUCGAAAAUUGGGAGUGCUGCGCCUUAAAAUCGUCAGCACGGUGCCAAAAAUUUGGCGUGCCGUGUCGAUUUUUUUUAGCGCGUGUAAAUGGGGUUAUAUUUUCAUACUGGGAGUCUGUUAAAGGUCGCAACUAAUUGUCUGAGGUUAAUUUCACAAGAGUGUGCAAUUGAGAUAAAUGAAUGGUAAAUUAAGUGACAGAAACGUAGUUUCACAUUAGCCAAUUCACGUAGCGUUGUUCGAUGAUGUUUACACGCUUUUCUAUUGCGAAAUAAUCCUUUGCAUCUGGUUUUGCAAGUCAAGAUUAUUCCGAGCUUGACUGACACUUGAACAACGUUUCAUACUUUUGCAGCUAAGGUGCAGACCCAAAAAAUAAAUUAGGUUAAAGGCUGUCCUGUUUCAUCAUUUCACAUGUUACCUAGAGUUUUAAAACAAAUUAUGAAAUAGGCCAUAAUCUUUAAAACAGGAUUUAACGAGAGCGAUUUUGUUUCUCAAUCGAUGUAUAAAAAAAGGGAACCUAUCAAAUGAGAAGUUUAUAAAAUAAGCUUGGGGCCGGUUCAGACGCCGAAUUUUUCAUGAGCCGAACCUAAUACAUUGAAUUAAAUGCAUGAAAAGUUCGUCGUCUGAAUCACUUAGGAACGCCUGUUUCACUUUGGAACGACUGAGCCGUUUUUUUCGCCUAGCCCGGCCGGGAAUUUCGCCUUUGGAGCGACUUUGGAACGGCUUUGAUUCAGACGCCGAACUUUUCAAGUACCGAAGUAUUUUGUAAGAAGUUUGACCGAAAUGAGCAUUUUCCCCCCCCCCCUCCCCUUCUGAACUUAGUUCAGCGUCUGAAUCAAUUUAGCCGGUCUAAAUAAUUUGGGUCGGCCUUAAAAUCAUAUUUUUUUACAUUGAUUAUGUUUAUCACCUUAGUUUUGAUCGGCUUUACAAGCUUUAUAACCAAAUCAUAAUUUUUGGGUUAAAAUAGUACAAAAUCAUUUCAAAAACUAUGUUCAUUAAAAGUAUAGCCGGCAAACGGGAACAUUUUGUGAUUCAAAAAUCGGACCAGCCAGGUUGUUUGCAAGCAAUUCUUCUUUACGCUUAAGUAAAGCUUAGAUUUUUUUGCAUUUUAGCGUCCUAUGAAUUUAUCCGAAUCGCCUCUCAGAGGCUUGCUGUAGUAAAGCAUUUUGUGGCACACUCGUAGACAAGUAAUGUAAGUUACUUGGAUGAGACGUCAAAAAGAAAAAUUAGUUUUCUAUACCUAAACAGGCUGCUUUUAAAGCUUUAUAUUGAGUUGUUUACAACUUUGCAUUGACAUCUGCAGCAUGUCUAAAUCUGAUUUGGCAUUUGAUUAUUUAUUUUGUCCCCAAAAGUGAUUGUAAUAUAAGUAUGAUUGUCUCUCAAACAACAGUCAAACUAUGCAGCAAAAUUGAGAUCAUCUCUAGUUCGCAAAGUAGGAUCCAGUACAAAAAAAUAUGACCGAAGGUGCCAAAAACAAUUAUACUGAGUAAUAAAAUUAGAUCUGACUUUUUUAGCGUUGGUUUUUAUAUUUUUGAAGUUUUCUGUACUCUUCUUAACAGCAGAAGAAGACUAGAAGACGGACAAACAGAAAGAGAGAAUGUAUCCGAAGUAAACGAGUCGACAACCACUUAUGCCUGAGAGUUCUAAGUAUGUUCAACAGUGAAAUAUACUGAAUACCGAAAGGAUAAUUCACGGCAUUUGUUCGAUAUUCAGGCUUUCUCAUUAUUAAAUUGAUACUAAAUUUGUGCUUACAGUCUCACGCAGAAUCCAGUUCUUGUCCAGCAUUCACCAACAUCUCAACAUUUCCAUUAUCCAUGAUCUCAACAAGGCACCGCAAAAAAAAAGACAAACAAGUGCGAAGAGACAUGACGACAUCUUGACACCACAACUGCUACGCUACAACAAAAUAGAUUCAUCGUGAUCCGAAAACACUUCGGAGGAAAUUCGGCCGAUUUCGCCUUGUAUCUAUGCGCGCUCGGGGUACCUUCGGAUGAAGCAGAUGACGUUGCUGCAAGGACUGUCGUCAGCAAGGAACAAAACAGUUUUGCAAGAUUCGCAUAGCCCGACAAGAAGCGCACUAAUAUCUAAGCAAAAUUUAUCUGAGAAGGCAGUCCAAAUUCACCAAAUCAGAACGUCUUUGCAGUAUUAACGCCGUACUCUCCUACUGAGUUGAACGACCUGGUAAGCUUAAUUUUCACCAAGCGUUUAAUGCUGUUGACCGAGAAACAUUCGGACGCGAUAAAACUUAACGCUUAUGGAUAAGUUUAUACUGAGAAGAUUUGUUGUCUCAUUGUUUAAAACGCUUUUCCGCGAUCAAAUUAAAAACUGGACCCAGUAAUGUUAUCGGUUUGAAAUACAAGGAUUAAUUGAUCUUUGAAUGCAAGUGAAGUCUUCCAUUUUUGGCAUGAAUAAUGUUGUUUGCAUCGUGACUGAUUUGAUCACAUCACUAAAUCGUCACACACACUUUAUUCUUGAAAUAAGCUGUGUCAGCAGAUCUGUUCGAACUUGUGUCCAGACCCCCUCCAGCUACUUCCCCUUGUGUUAGUGGCAAAGCGCUAUGGUUUGGUAUGACUGUUUCGAGUUUGAGUCUUUUAUCCCAUGCUGGUAGGCCUUUUCUCAGCUCUAGAUUGCUAGGCCUGUGUAGGGGUUAGGUUGUCACACUAUCAAACACACACAAGUAUUCCAAUCCAAAAAUGUUUAUUGUAGUAAGCCUAUCUUAAUUUUCAAUAAUUUUCAAUAUCCAUAACUCUUCUUGUCCUCAAUUGAUUGUGUAAUUCUUGCUUGAUGUGGUUUAACAUGGAAUCACAGUUCAAUACCUGAUUGAUUUGAUAAGACCUCUUGGUACCUUUAUUCUUAUAUUCUGAUUUUCCACCUACAGUUUGAUAGCUAUAUGAUUUAGGACCAGCUGAUCCAAAGAGUUUAAUCGUAUCCCCUUCCAAUUCAUCUGUCAUCUCGCCUAGGUAAAUGCCUGUAGGUACAAAUGGUUGACCUUCUUUCCAGCUGUAGAUGAUCGAGUCGGUAUCAUAAUACAAUACUUGUUCGCCCAACUUGUCUAAUUCUUCAUACAAAUUCAAGCGAGCCAAAGCUGUUGUGAAACUAGCUAUGAAAAUAUUUGUUUUCCCUCUGCCUUCACAUGCAUCUUCUUUUUUCAUCACGCUCACUUACAUCACGUCCUCAUCGAAAAUGCGGGUUCUCUCACAAUAAUUGUGUCAUCAUUAAACACACGAAACCAAGUGUCCGCGUCUUGGAUCUCUAUGGUUUGAGGUCGAUGUUCGUUUUCACCAAAUUUCCCCCAAAAGCUAGAAAGAUAUAAAAGGAAAGAGAACUAUGAGUUUUUUCGUUGGUUUCCAUUAACGUCUACAUAGUAGUAAAUAUUCCUAGACUCACCUGUUGAGCAUAAGCUUUGUGACUUGUUUUCUUUCUGGGUUCUUUUCUAGGUUUUCCAACUUGAUUCCCUCUCGUGCUUCGAAAUCUUUGACAUACUGGUCUUUCUUUUCCUGUGUAUCACAAUGGUUGGGCCAUCCGCUCGCUUCUGUCUUGUACUUUAACCAUAUGUUGACAUAAGGGGUAAAUAACCCCUCCUUCCGCUGAUCUUCAGGAAAAUGCCAGACUUCACGGAUUUUUGUUAUUUGAUACCCUUUCUCCACGGCUUUCUGUAGUUCUACUGUACACCAUGUUCCUGUCAUCGUCCGCUCCUCCUCGCUGUGUUGACACAUAUUAGUUCUGUGAAAGGUUUGAACCCAGGAGUCAUUUCAAAAGGUUGAGUUUGAUCGUCCGGGUGAACGUAGUGAGGAAUAGGACUGUUGUUGUUGACAGUGACUGACCUUUCGACAACCUGUGCGGUAGUCAUCUUCAGAGUCAAAGGGAGUUGUAUCACGUCAGUUGAUGGUAUUAUACUCUGGUUAUUGAUCUGAUUGGUCAAUUAUGUUGCAAUGUUAUUGGUCGUGUGUCAGUUAAGCCGUGAUGUUAUUGGCUAUGAAGACUCGUAAUCAGUGAUUGGUGCGUUUCGAUCCGUCUAUUGUCACAGUUAAACAGUUGUCUAUUGUUAGUCAAGUUGUCAGUUCUCCAGUUGUUCUCUCGUAGUUAGUUUUGCUGGAUCUCGUCAAUAAGUCGUUUGCACGGCGCUGGUAACUGUUGGCUACGAUUCAGUGGCGUUUGUUCUAAGUUAGUUAACCAGCUUUCUAAAGUAAGACGUUGAUAGUAGUCUGUAGAAUACGUUAAACAUGUCGCAGAGUCCCAGUCAAUUUGAUGUUUCGUCUUUAAAUUGUGCUCAGCAAUGUGAUUGUUGACGUCACCAUUCCUCGUCGCGCGUUUGUGUUCGGUCAGUCGCGUGCUUAGGUUUCUGCCGGUUUCACCAAUGCAAGAAGCCUGGCAGUCGCAGCAUUUGAUCUUGUAUACUGCUCUUUGUCUGUCCUCCGGUUUGUAUUUGUCCUUGACAUUAGUAAGCAGUCGCCGUAAAGUGGUAAUCGGUUUGUGCGCAACACGUAUAUUGUAAGGUUGUAAUAUACGUGCAAUAGUUUCAGAGGUGCCUCUGAUGUACGGUAUAGUCGCUGUCGUAACAGGGCGAGAGUUGGUCUGAGAGUUGGAGUCGGUGUUACUGUGAGUGUUCCGUCUAACAAAGUCCGUGUUGUAAUUGUUCUUACUAAAAACGUUGUUAAGAUAAUCAGUCUCGUCUUGUAGGCUGUCAGGUGAGUCGCAAACUAGUUGCGCUCGUCUCGUCAGAGUCCGGAUAGUAGUAGCCUUGUGAGAGGUCGGACAGAUGACCAAUAACAUUGCGACGUAAUUGACCAAUCAGAUCAAUAACCAGAGUAUAAUACCAUCAACUGACGUGAUACAUCUCACUUUGACUCUGAAGAUGACUAUCGCACAGGUUGUCGAAACGUCAGUCACUGUCAACAACAACAGUCCUAUUCAGGACUACGUUCACCCGGACGAUCAAACUCAACCUUUUGACAUAUUAGUUCGUUCAAACCAGGACGAUCCGAUUGGUCCUUCACACACUUCUUACACAAUGGAAACAUCAGCUUUCCGUUAAGUUUCACUGGAACGACUGGGUGCAACAACUUUUCCGGGACAACGACAUUCACUUUAGCUGGACCAAAGUAAUCGUUGAUAUUUUUACUCCCAGGGUUGACUGCAAUAGUUGGAUGGCCUACGGGAUACGUUCCAUACUUGUUGAUUGUUGGGUACAAACUCGUGAAAUCUUCAUAUAUAAUCUGCUCACUUUCUUCUGCUUUGUGAUAGCAUUUUGCCAUAUCUGUUCGACCUCCAUAAAACGCGUCUCGUGGAUCUAGUGGAGAAACUCAGGUCAUAGACUUUACCAAUUCUUUCAGGUCUUUGUUGUCGUUUAAUUCUUUUCUAAAUUGACACUCCUGCGUCUCCAUCAAUGUCUAACCUGCUGCUUGUAACAAGUCUGUUUUUCGUUGCGUGGCUUGGUAAUCUCCUCCACGGUGCGGUCUGGGUGGUGAAAUGCCUUGUUAUGACGGUUGUUCGGCUUAUCCAUGAAAUUUACAGCCGUGGAACUCGUACACUGUUUUCGUCAUUGAAUCAUACCCAUCCACCUUGACUUUUCCAUUCUUUACUCUGAUCACUUGUUCACCUCCGUUCCGUGCGUGUUUGAUGCGGUUUCCUCCUAGCUGUUUGUCUUGGUAAUAAAACCACUGAAAAGCAAUCUUACUCUGACUCGUUUUCAGGCCUCCCCAACAAUGUAGAGGUUCCACUGCAAUGGUUUUGGGUUCCAUUUGAAAGUUGCGCUAAAAGUGGUGACACGUGGAGGCAAUAGUGAUACACUGUAAAAGAGGGUUGAACCCUGCAUCACGCUUGGUGUCUUCUGCGAAUUUGCGACAACCUUCCUUCAUGAGCUUUACAUCACUUUUGCAAUAACAUAGUAAUUCCUGUCGAAAGUUCCAAACCGCACCUUUCAAGACUUCCUUUGCAUGCCAAGUUUCACAUUCUUCUUUCUUCUCUACCUUCAUAUCUUUGGUAUCGUAAUAACGGAGGUCUGGAAUUGUUCCUUCGUACUCUAAAUUCUCCGGCUUUGAAAACUUGUGAGGAAACCAGCCUUUUUUCAACUCCGUCAAUCCAAAGGUCUUUGUGAAAUUGGUCAGCGGCGUAUUCAGGAAGGAGAGGGAGUCUUUAAACUUGAGGUUCCUGUGUUUGAAAUGCAAGGCUUUGGUCCCUGUCGCCAUGAUAUCGGUCACUUUCAAGUUCAUCUUGUAAAGGGCGUCAAUCAUAAAACUACCAUCAAAGCCUUUCAAAUUAUGAAAGAAAAUGUGUAGCCCUUUGGUUUCUUCUUCCUUGUUAUCUUGAUUGGACCAAUCCAUCAUCGCUGGAAGAAAGGUUUGGAUACAGUUUGUACCCCAAUGAUGAAAAAUAAUGUCAUCGUCGUCUCUCGCGUAACAGAUCAAAAUAGGGACAAACGUGUUGGUGCUAUCUAGUAAGCAUUCGACAUCGGCAAAGACCAUUACUUGUCCUGGGUCCUGUUGUGAUUCAAAAUCUUCCUGUUUCUGUUGGAGUAUGUUCACUUGUUCACGAUCAUUUCCGUUGUAAUUGCAUCCAACUCCACACCUUUGUCUACCAAUUGCUUCAUCACCCUUUCACGUAAAUUUUCCAUUCGCUGCUCGUCUCUCCACCUCAUGGUUUCUUCCAUAGGGAUUCCCUUGUUUAUAUCUUCCAAAUCUUGAACCUUUCGUUUACGUUGUUUCAUCAAACCGUCAAUCAUGGUCUGAGUAAACUCAUCCUGGAGACCUUCUCCUCCCACAUACUUUGCAGCGAGUUUUUCUUUUUCUUUUUUCAGCUUUCGUAAUUUUCUUAAGUGGCGUUUAAAACACUUUUCCUCCUCAGAGGUGAUGAAACAUUUAUGCUCGUAAAUGUUUACAUACUUCAAGCAAUGUUUACACUUGGUAUGGAGACAUUUAUGAUCGAAUUCUUCUUCUUUGACUUUAUAGGACACCAGGCAAUCCUUGCAUUUACGAAACUGGUUGCAAACACUUAUCAUUUCAACUAUUGGGGGACGGUCCUCGUCAAUCUCAUCUUCACAUGUUUUUAUCAUUCGUUUUAAGGAUGGGUCUUCAUAAGCGUGUUUGAUCAGGUGAUUUUGAAAACAGGCUUCUCCAUAAAACUCACGUCUGCAAAUGAUACAACUUCGAUCUGGUUUCACCCAUAAUGUAAAAUCUUUACACCCCUCCUCUUUAUUGGUCGAGUUUCUUUUACAGCCAGGGCAAUUCUGCCCUUGACAGUUAUGAUGAGCACUAUCGUCUGUACUGAACCCCUUGCAGCAAAGAUAACAAAAGUAGCUGCGAUUCAUGAAGCCUGGUAUACUGUACAACCCAUUGUAAUGCGCUUUCAGGUCGCCUUCAUACACUGAUUUUACUACUUCAAUUUUCUUCUCUGCUUCUAGAAAUGCGUCGCCUUUAAAAAUCACACCUCCUUUACAGGCAUCCACUACUAUGAUUCGGUAGCGUUGAGGACCGAGGUAGUCUUGGAAUUUUUCUAUUUCCUCCAAACCACAAGGACCUUCAACGACACCUGCUUCAUCGUGUAACCUCUUGUCUUCUUUCAACUGUUGAGAAUUCUUCCGACGGUCAUUACGAAUGUUUUCAAAAGUGUUCUGUUCAGCUUUGGUACGUUUUGCAUAUUCACGCAUCACCACAAUGGCUCUUGCACAGCAAAGUUUUUCUUUGUUUUUUUAUUGCGCAGACACAUCUAGAUUCUUUCACUAAGUGAUCACAUAUUUUUUGACCUGGACCACCACCCGCACGUUUACCCUCUUUUGUCUCGGGUCGGCUGAAUAGAACGGAGGCUGAAAACCCUACAUCAUUUGUAAUGAAUUGACCGCUGUUUAACACAUUGGAAAGUUUCUGCAGCAAAGCUUGUGCAUACGCAGCUCUCCCUGUAAAAUCACCCACUGGUACCUUCUAAGUCUCUCCUGUCAAUCCUUCUUUCCUGUGUUCGCGGCUUCCUAUUUGGAAUGUCAUCCAGUAGUCACCUGGGAUUUUGAGUUCUUCCACAAGGUUGUCUAUGGCAGCCGCAAUGGCAUGCGUUGCCCCAAUAUUCAAAUCUUCAUUUUCCUUUUGUCCACGUUUUUGAUCUAUCGUGAGGAUGAACUUUUGGUUCACCAGUGUAUCUUUAUUCCACCGCUUCGCUGGACCCAAUUUCUUAAAAUCAGCUACAUAAAGUGGAUCUUUGCCGCCGCCGUAUUCAACAGUGGGAUCUAAUCGUUGAUAAGCGUCCUCUUGUUUAGUGACUUUUACAUCAGAUGUGUUAUCUCUUUGAUCAGGCUCACGUUUAAUUCCGCGGGUAGUCAGAGCCCCACCUGUCUGUCCUUCAGUGCUUAAUCGUGGCACCUUUUCAGAAUGUAAUAACUCCAUACGUAACAGUUCCGCGCUUUCUUCUGCUUUCCUUUUUGCUCCUUCUGAAUGGAACUUACGGACAUGUUUUGACAUGUCAUCUUUCCUUUGAAAUUUCGUCUCACAGUAUGGACAUUGUACAGGGUCUGUUUUCUCCCCGCAGUAUUUCCUAUGAUGUGAAAAGGCUCUUCUGUUUUUAACUUUCUUCCCACAGGUCGAACAUGGUCUUGGAUGGGUAAUAGCCAUUAUUGAUGAGUUCCGUUCACUACAAUCAUGUGAAAUUGAAUGAAAAAUGUAGGUUGCUAGCUUACUUUUAUACGUGUUUUUUUGAAAAGAAUGACGUCAUGGUCCAAAAAUAGAAACAAUUUCUGUUGAGUCAGCAAAUCAAUUGGUGACGUGACUGGGCUCGUCCAAACUUGCCCAUCGUCAUUAGCAUAACCAUUUAGCUGUGACUCCUUCAAACUGACUGAUUUAGGGUUAAGCAUUGAACUCGACUGAUUUAUGGUUAAACAUUGAACUCGACUGAUUUAACCCUAAGCACUUCACUCGCCUGAUUUAGGGUUAGACAUUGAACUCGACUGAUUUAGCCCUAAGCACCUCACUCGACUGAUUUAGAGUUAAACAAUACAGUUAGGGUUAAGUAUUUAACUCGCUGGAUCCUAUCAGAUCUCCUCCUUAGUAACAUAGUCCGCAGCCUUAGUACCAUAGUCAGCUUGCGUCCUUAGUAAUGGAUGUUGCCCGUUGUUGCCCGUCCAAAUGUUGCCCGGUUGCUAGUCAUUUUUGUCCGUCUGUAGACCCCUAUAUUCUUCUCUGACUGAAAAGUACCUUGGGUCAUUGUACAUUUAUACCUGAAAAUAACAAAACAACUUGCUUUACGAUAAAAAUUGAUUUGAAAAAGUUAGAAACGGCGUUUCCACAGUGGUCCGCAAGCAAAUUUACUUUCUCUGCUGUGAGCUUUUUAUCCCCGCUUUUUAUACCUUCUCAGAUACGGCUUCUUGUCACUGGUUGUCCGUAAAUGAUUUGAAUGGAAAUUAAACGCUUGUUUGAGCAUGGGUACUUGAAACAUCAAGCCUCGACAGUUUUACCGCUAAUAAAAUCAUUUUGCAAAGGGUUACUAACUUAUAAAAUUCGACACUCGAUGAGCUUGUCGAUAAAAGCAGAAAGGAAAUCGUGAAAACCGUGAUAAAAAGAGAUAAAAUUAUUUCCGGUUUUCUUGUGGUUUGUAGAAAAUUAGGCUGUGCCUUUUUUAUAGGUGUUUUGUAGCUGUAUACAUGUAACUUUUCGCAUAGUUUUUAUGUAGCUAGGCUUCCCGUUUGGUGCAUAAUGAUUAUCGGGCGAUGGAGUCAUUCUUCGCUCUCACAAGUUUUAUAAUCAUUUACUCUGUCCUUUGCCUCUACCGGUUUUGUACCCUCAAACUAUGUUCUCCAAGAACAAUUCCUCUUCAUCCUUUACUUCAAAACAUGGGCAACCUGUAUAGUCGAAGACAGAGAUAUGAAAUAAGCGAUGAAAAAUAAGACGCGCAAACCAUCAGAUGUAAGAGGUUGAAUGUUUCUCGAAAACAUGGCGUCACAUUUUUCCACUAUGUUGGAACCGGUCGCGACAGCCAGUUUCCUAUCCAGUCUUUCUAUUAUCCAUGAUUGGCCUAAUGUAACCGGGUAUUUGAACAGGCCGGUCUUAAAUAGUCCAAAGGCCCGGGGAUUGCCCAGGUGGGGUGUUGAGUUUCGAACUGGGAUCGGCGCAUUAAAAAUUAUUGGGUUCUUGCCUAGGAAACAGAAAAAAGUACGAAAAAUGUUGUUCAAACAAAGGUAGCCGAAGUCCCCAAAUUUAUUUCCCUUAUAUACUUUAUAUGAAACCUUUAUUAAGCGGGCACCUCUAUUAAGCGGGCACCUCUAUUAAGCGGACGCAGACACCGAAAAACUAUACCUGAAGUGGGUGGUUUCUAUUGUUGCCGACCUGUAUUAAACGGACACUUGUAGUUAAACUCCACUGCCCAAGAUGCCAGAUAUCAUGGACAAGAGGACCUUACGCUGGCCAUUUAAAGCAAGGCAACCAACUUGCUCCAGAAAAUGAAGUUUAAGAUGCUCGAAUAAUCACGAAUUGAUAACUUUUAUCGUUAGAGAUCAUGUUAAAAGUUCGUUGCAUCAGGACAAUAAACAGCUUAAACAAUUAUAUGACAGUUUUUAUUCAGUGUUAUGAUAGUUUGUGUAAUAUACAGCCUGUUUUGCUCAUAUGAUCAGUUUCACAGUGCCGAGUAUUGUUUCCUCAUUUCGUUUUGUUUGUAUAGAGCUUGUUUCACUCAUCUGAUUUCUUCAAAUUUGAGGUACAAUCUUAUGUUUAUGGCCGUACUAUGAUCAAUUGGUCCACUUAAAUAAAGACAUUCAAAGUCUCUGUAUGGGAGUGUUCCAAACGUUUCCACCGUUCAUUUGAAUGGCAUUCGACACCUCAUAUGACGUUAUCUAUCGAAAACGGUAUUGAGCGUACACCCUGUAUUAAGUGGACACUAAAGCAUUCCCCGAGGGUGUCCGCUUAAUACAGGUUUCACUGUACAAUUAUCCAAAGCAACGAUCCAACAGUCAAUAGUUAACGGUGUAAAAGUUAGACUUUAAAAGUCGCUUUUCAUUUUUUUGUGUGCCUUGUUUGCAGUGCACACGCUUAUCACGCAAAAAAAAGUUUUGAUACCAAAAUUCGACAUUUUGCUUUAUUUACACGUUCCUUAGAUGAUCGAAACUUAUUUUUUUCCAAGAAAAUUUGUCGUCUCAAUUUAUUCUAAUUUUUCUAGUUUUAGCCUGUGGUGCUAAAGUUCUUCUUGAAAUAAACGGAGAGCGUGUUUGAAUGUUGGUGGGUUUUUUUAGGUGAUGAUAAAUUCACAGACUUCGGCUGAGCAAAUAAGCAGGUCAAGUGCAAGUUUAUCGAAAUAUCACUUUAAAAAAAUUCCGGAAAAAAAAGCGCAAGACACAAAAUUCUAAACUCUCAAAAAACUGUAAAACCAUCGUCCACUAGAUGUCCCAGCGAGCUGCAUUGUACAGGCUUGUAUAAAUAACUCUCUCGGUAAGUUACCGGCCAGUGCAAAACCCUACAUUUACGCCAAAACUGGUAAAAUUAAAGAAGAACUUUCUACACUUUGGAAAUUAAACAAUAUAAGUUUUAAAGGCCAUAGUUUUUUCAUAGGCGCAGCAUCUGCUGCGGCAGCUGCGGGCUUACCAGACUGGUUUAUAAAAGUCUUUUUGAGGUCGUUGGUUGUCGGUCUGUUACCAAGUGUAUAUUAAUAUUUCUGAGGCAGUCGUGCUCUCUGCUGUUACCCAAAUUAAAUGGCUCGUGUGUCAGGGGACUUUAUGUCCACUUUGUUUGAUCGCUUGGGGGGAUGCAUUUCAUACAUCUGGGGCAGUUAAGUCUGCGUUGCGACUUCCCCCAAGCUUUUGGCAUCCCUUGUGUCUAGCCAUCUUAUUCAUUUGCCCGAAUCUUGUCCGAUCCAGCCCGUGCGGCGCUUGGGAGAUAAGAAAGGCUCUGCCAAUGCUCUUGUCCUACCCCACGGUAGUGGGGCGAUAAGUGAGGCUUGUAUUUUUGUUGUGCGCAUAACCAGAAGUCGGCAGAACCUGCCACAGGGCUGUGUUUCCUCCUCUUAUUACGCCACCUUGUAGUUUUUGUCUUAUUUGCCUGCGUGCGCUAUUUAGUUGCGUUACCUUUUCAUUCGUAUCUUAAGCGGAAUAGUGACAUUAAAUAAAAGAAAAGAACUGUUUAUCAGUUUCAGCAAAUGAACGAGAAUUAACGCACUGCUCCGAGUCGAAGAUUUGAAUUAAAACUUGUGUAUAUUUUUUACAAAGGUUUAGGGGAAGAAAUAAACACCGAUAACGAGUAAAGCAAUUAAAAACCUCAUACUACACUCCUGAGCAAUCGGCCGCUGGAGCUGUGUUCGUGUCGGCAAACACUGAACGUUUUAACGGGCGGGAUAAAAUUCAAACUUGACGCGUUUCUACAACAAAACCAUAGACAGACGAUAGCAAAGGAAACAAAAACUAGAAAGAAGCAGACAGUAAAAUUUAAUUGCAAUACUUCAGUGAUAAAUGCACGUAGACGUCCAUGUACAACAAUUAGUAAUAAUUAAUCUUUUGCUUUUAUGCAGCUUUAAGUAUCGAUAAGUAUUAAACUGUUGUUCCCUCCAUUGUUGACUAAUGUUAAUGUUGAAUUCCACGGCUGACUUUAAAUUAGCUACUCUCCGUUUGCGUCUUGUUAGGUGAAUUUGUUUUUUUUUUUUUGUUUGUACUAGUCACCAACAAUGGCUGGCGCUGCCCCGUGAAACCGAGUGAAAGUUUGCUGCUGUUUUCCAGGGUGUUCUAUGUUUUUUUCUCGGCCUUUUCCUCGUCACAUAAUUCGUCCAGUAGAAAAAAUAACAUAUCCCUGACGGGACCCGUGUUUUAAAAAUGACGAAAAAAGGAACUUUCAGUCCUUUAGACAAUUCACACAAAUCACUCGUGUAAGUAAACGCGCCUGAUGUGAGUCCCGCUAAGUUCGACUCUAAAAGUAAAGAAUUGAGCCUGCGAUCAAAUAUAAUAUCAGCGGAAAUUCGUGACCUCGAUGGUUAAAUAAAUGAAAACGCUAUCCAGUCAUGUGAUAAUGGUCAGCAAAUGCACCAUUUGGACAGGUGUCAAUGAAAAUUCACCAGGGUGGCGAAUACUUAAAACGGAAUGCGGAAUUGACAGCUUAGUGUGGGUAAGCGUGACAUCUCACUUCAGUUUAGUGGGGGCAAAAUGCUUGGUCAUGCACCUAAGCCCACGUUAGUUUUGUGAUAUGUGGUCUGAAGAUAUACCAUUUGGACAGCUGUCAAUUGACCUUGCUUUAGCUCGCUUAUAUAAAUUUAAACUACUGACAGCCCUAAAAGCGUAGUUCAUUUCAUUUGUCACUUCUAUGUCGGUUAUCUUGACAUUUGAAACAUUUUACAUCGGCUUACAUGUGGGGGCAAAGCGACCGUCUUUCAUCUUAGACCACAAGACGGUCAUCCAAUGUUUGUCAGCGAAUGCCCCAUUUUGACAGCUGUCGAUUCAUCCUCAUAUGGAUGGCGCAUAUAACUGUCUUUUAUAUCUUAGUAAAGUGCGAUUAGUAAAUGUGACAUUUGAGAUCGGGGUUGUACGGACAGACGACCGACGUACGGUAUCUGGUAUCGAUAGGUUUCCAAUUUCUAUGGCAAUGGGGCUCCGCGCGCGCGGAGCUUCGCUGUGGACAAUAAGCUGGGACAUACAAUGGCGCCACUGGUUUUAAGUGAAGCAACAACAGAGGUGAACAAGCUUGUUCGUUACCUUUUGUUCAAAUUCUUUUUCCAUUUUGUCUUAGUCCAUAACAACCCGUCCCAAAAUAUUUGAGACCAGUAUUCAGCCAUCUCGACUGAACAGGCGUGGACAAUGAAUUUAUUAGACCAAGCUGUGUCUUAGGGGUCUACCGUUUAGUUUUAUUAACAUGAUUAUAACAUAAUUUUUAAGCCUCUUUUUCCGCUGUUACAUAAGUGGAGUUCAUAACUAUGCGAGGAUUAUGAGUUUCCCAAUUUUCAUCUCAUAUCUGCACUUCAUACAUGAUUUAUUUGUAUAAGCAGAUUCGUCAUAUCCAUUCUCCUAGAUAUUCUGCGCUGGCUAGGGAGAGAAAACACUCAGCUCCUGCUAAAAUGUUGUCUAGACACCCCCGUCGUCAGGAACGUCGUAGUCCAGUAUCUGGUGGGGUAAGGCGAGGACCUCUCUCAACCCAAGAACGUGAAAAGGCUCUUGAAGCUGUGCGUGCUGUAACACAACCAAAGGUUUGUAUUACUAACUCAAUAGCAAACAAAACUAACAAAACUAAACUAACUCAAUAGCAAACAAAAAAUAUUCGAAAUGUGUGGUAGCCCAGAAUUGAAUGGUGACAUCUAACAACAGUUUAACAAUAAGGUACUCCUAGAUAUCUUCACUUGACUAGUCACACUUUCGCCGGAAUUCAUUAACAGAUAUGCUGCCGAUACACAUGAAAAUGCUGCUCAGUGUCUUAGUGUCUUCAUUUAGUGAACUCUCUCUCGACGGACACCUCCCUAAAAUGGACAUCUAGAGUUGGUCUCUAGCAAUUUCUCACUCUCUGGUUGGUUGAGAGCUAUGGUCUAUGAGGGUACAGAUCACAAAAUGUCAUAUGAAAAUUUGUUUCUCUCUUCCUUCCCUCGCCCACCCCCCCUCCCUCCCCUCUCUCUCACACACGUGCAAUUUUGCUAAGAAACGUUACUGGAAAUGAAGGUUAAAAACUGCCAAUGAUAUUAUGAAAGAUUAAAUUAUUUUUCAUGGUCUACACUCUUACAACCCUAAGAAAUGACCUCAAAAUAUUAAAAACUUUGCAGUAAAAUCACAAGCUGCACUUACGUUUUUCACGUCAUUUCUGUGGUUUGUAAGAGUGUAGACCAUGGGAAGCUGCUGUCUAUUUGUUACAUUUAACUCUCCGAUCUCUUUACACAGCCACUCGCUGCCAGUCCCAAUGGUAUCUUUCUUAUACGAGAGUUAACUGAACAUUACAAUAAAGGUACAUCAUUUGGUCCAAUCGUUUAUUUUAUUUCAGCGUAAUAUCCAAGAACGUGAUGUGGGUCGAGAGUCUCCCAGGUUAACACCUGAAUCUGAUCCCUCUACUGAGGCUGCAGUUGUUGGGUCAGCAGUUGCACCUCCAGUUCAAGAGCUAACAGAGGAAGACAUGAAGAAGAAAUCACUUGCCAUUAUUGAGGAAUACCUCAACAUCAGGGAUAUGUCAGUAUGUUUGACAGUUCACUUAUUAUUUUGGGGGAAAUAUCAGAGUUUCUCCAGUUUGUAGCAAUAUGAUGAUAAUUAAGUCAUAAAAAGUAUACCAUUUUAAAUGGAGGUGAACCUUGCAGACAGACUUAUUUCAAGGUCCGUGCCCAUCAUCAUUAUUGUUUUAUUGAUACUUUUUCUGAUAGGAAAUAGCUGUGUGCCUGAGAGAAGUCCAGUCACCGUCACUUCAUUAUGUCUUUGUGGAUGAAGUUCUCAACCAUACUAUGGAGAAAAAAGCAUCAGACAGGAAUGCAACUGGAAAGCUUCUGCAUUUCCUGCUACGUGGUGGUGUUCUCACAGCUCAGCACUAUUUGCAGGGGUAAGAGUGGAUUUUAGGUAAUUCUGAUACACAUAACUCUAGGGAAGUCCAAUUUUUUACAAACAUUUUCCACCCAAAGAUCUUCGUAAAAGGACACUGCAGAAUGGUAACACCUAGGUCUUCGAUACUCUUUUAAAAUGACACCAGAGAAUUCAUCUUUAGAUUCCACUUUGACCCCAAUUCUUGCAACUCAGUCAAAGUACUGUCUAGAAUAUAGCUUUAAUUCAAAUCAAUUCUGGCUGGAAUUUCUUUCUUGGACUGAAAAGUGAAAGCUAACGUGUACAACAUGACAGUAGAGUGUUUUUCAAGAUAAUCUCUAAAUGGGCUUCCAGAAAAGAACCUCAUAAAUUUGUAGGGUCGGUUAUUUAAACGAAGUCUAACUUAAACCGCAGUUUAGGAAAUCUUUGGUCCUCAAGAUCUCUUCUUUAGAAGACGAAUGCUUUUCUAGUCUAUGCCAUAUGCUUUCAUGAAACUGUUCAAAUAAAAUGGUGUUAACAUAAAAGGUUCGGCAAUCUGAAAGUGGCUUAGAACGUGGUUUUGUUAAACACUGGCUAAACUCCGUUUAAAUAACUGGCCCGUAGUGUCCAAACCCAAUAUCAGCUACUAAGUAUUGAUACUUAAAGGCCCAUGUUCACCCAAACGGCUUUGCGCGCUUGUGUUUUUGUUUUAAAACGAUUCUUUUGUCAAAUGCAGUGUUUUGAUUGGCUUCCACUUUUGAGGAGCGUUGCGCGACGAUACCAAAAACGACUGCGAGGGAGACUAGCUUUUAGGCACUUUAAGAUAGAGGACGCGAUGUCUACAAUACGCGGCCGGAAGUAAUUUUUUCGGAGACGAGGAUUCUGCGCAUGCUUAUGUUGGAUUGUCAUUGCGUUGCGCUGGCGUCUGAAACGUCAACCUGGCCACUUUGGCGUUGUGGAGAAAACGUGAGUAGUCAGCUUUAUAUUUCUUCAAAGAAAUUGAUAUGUUAGCCAUUUAACUUUUAGAUAUAGCAACUAGAACUAUAUUUAUGCUUUUCAAGGAAAGAUAAGCGUGGAAAAUCAUGCUGUUUUAACGCUCUUGACGUUUUUAUUCAGGUUGCACACUCGCCUGAAAAUGGCAGAGCCAUGUUCAAGUUCAAGCAAACCUCCGAGGUAAGCUUUAGUUUGGGCUAAUUGCCUCACGUGUCAGUGGGAUCUUCUCUUUUUAGUGUUUUUUUGCUUUCUGUGAAAAUGACUGCGUAAAAAUUAAUAAUGAUAGGGAUAGGUUUGGGCAAAUUUGUUGCGAAAUUUAGGAUCCGAUGUCUCUAAAUAGCUUUUGAAAUUGAUUUAAGUUCUGGUUGAAGCGCCGUGAUUUUAAGAUUAUUCUGCAGAUAAAAUGUUAUCAUUUUAGAGAUGGUUGGAAUUACACAGUCGGGUUUUGGCUUCUCCAUCCAUUUUGCAAUAAACAUAAUCUUACUUUAUUUCCCUUGCACAUGCAUACUGUAGUUUUGCAAAUGUGCUUACGUAAGCUCAUUCUAUAGAAAUAAAACACGUCUGUAAGCUUCCCAGAAAACACACAGAAUUCACCUUUAAUUAAGUAAAAAUAUUUUAUCAGAGAUUGAGUUAACCUUGUUUUGAUAGAUCUUGGAGGAUUGGUUAGCCACCUGAUCCACCCCAGGAUACCUUUGUUUUAGUGUGGUACAAAACCCAAUAUUAUUAAUAAGUGUAUCUGUGCAGAUUUGACAAAGCAUGGCUCUCCAAUGAGAAAUUUCAAGACAAGGAUGGGGGGGAGACAACCUCAAGCACAGCUGUGUUGGAAAGCCCAGUCAAUGAACUAUCAGCCCCUGGAAAUUCUGGGUUAGGUAGUAAAUUCCUUUCUGGCCACCGGGUGGUGGGUUAACUUGUUUUCCCCAGUAUAGGGUCUCCCUUUAGACUCUUGGCAGCCCAGUUAUGCUGCAGCCUCAAACUUUCGGAUAGGCUGGCUCGCUUUCAGGUAUGAGCAGGCCUUGGAUCAGUCCCCUGAGCUAAGUUCUAGUUAUUGCCAACUCUCAACUCUCUUCUGGCCAUGUUGAAUCAGUACAGAUACAUACAGAUAUAUACAAGCCCUAAAUGGGGACACUGUAAACUUGUAAACUUGAAAUUCAAGAUUUGAUGUACAUGUAUACUGUCAGAUGUACAGUGAACAGACACAUCAGUCUGUGUAUACCUUCACUUAUUCAAAUUUUUUUUUAUUUUAGUUCAGUAAUGUUUUGGACCAAAGAUCACGAUUUGAUACUAUGCCGUGAAGUUCUUAAUCUUAAUCCAUUCACUACAAAAAAAGGCUCAACACAACGAAGUACAAUUUGGGAUAAAGUGGCUACAACACUGAAUAAUUGUUCCUGUCUGGCAUUUAAUGUUGACAAGCGAUCUGUUAGAGAUCAUGUUGGAAUAUUACAAAACAGGCAUAAAAAGAAAUUGAGAGCUGAAGAAAAGGCAACUGGUAUUGUACCUGAUGGGCCGACAGAGUUGGAAAACCUGUUAGAGCAAAUAAUUGCCCUGGAAGAAAGUGCAGAGACAGAGCAACAGGAAACUGGUCGGGAGAAGAACCGAAAAAUAGAGAGUGAUAGAGCAAAAGCUGAAGAUAUCAGGUUAAAAGCAAUGGAAAAAUUGAAAGACACUCAAAAAAGGCAAUCAGAUGGGAUGGAGGACAAUCAGAGUAAGCGACCACAACGCAGUGGCAGCAGUGCAAUUUCUUAUCUGUCACAAAGAGCUGAUAUUAACUACGAGCUUAAACAGGAGGAGUUGAAGCUGAAGAGAGAUCGACAAGAGUUUGAGAAGAAACAAAUGGAAGUUUCUGCAAAUGCACAGAAGCAGUUCCAAGAGCAGCAGAGUCAGCUUCUAAAGGUAGUGUUGCAGCAACAGCAACAACAGAGCCAACAAACACUGCUCAUGAUGCAACAGCAGCAGCAGCAAACAAAGGCAUUAUUGGACAUUAUGGAGCGUAUCGUAAAUAAAUAAUUGCUUAUCAACAGUGUGCAAAAUAAAUCCCUAAGUGACUUUCAGUUGAUUUUCUGACAAGGUUUUGAACUGCAUUUUGAUUCAGAUCUGGAAAGUAAUAAUUUUAUUUUAUGUUCAUUCAAGCAUAUUUCCAUGCCAUUGCAAUUUUGCUUAGAAAAUAACCCAAACCCAAUGUACAAGGGGCGAGGGGGUAAAAAUACUGCUGCUUAUAUCUCAAAUUUUCUUUUAAGUCACCUUAGGGAUUUUUUUCUAUGCACCCCUGCCUUUCUAUUGUUUAAUGCAUUCUUAAGUUCGCUUGUGUUCCCAUGGAAGGCAGUAUUUUUAUUACCGUUAGUAGUUUUCUGCUGCUCUCUUUCAGAUUUGAACUCCUGAAAUUAGGUAGGCAGGAACCUUUUUUUAUGACUAUAGCUGUUACCAACUUUGCAAAGUUUGUUUUCAUAUUAAGCUAAGUCGUUUCAGUUACCCUGGGUUGAGUGGUAAACUGCUGUACUCUGAUCCACCUAAUUUAUCACAUUACUCCCUGUUUUUGGCAAUGAUGUAACAAUAACUUUUUCCCAUGUCUUCCUUCUUCCAAGUCAAUUAGACUUGGACUUAAGACUUAAAACCAUUAGAUAGCAUUUAACCCCUGUUGUUGUUGUAUUAGAGUUGAUCUCCUAGAUUGAAAAUUGUUCUUCAGUGAUUUCACUAUUUAUGAAGUGGGGCGGGGUGAGGUGAUAACUUACUGUACUCAGCAACUAAAUUUAUUACUUUCUUCCCUGUUUAUGGAGAUGAUGUUACAAAUUGACUUUUUCUGAAAUAGCAACUGGGGCGUUUUCCCCCUUAUUCCUGGUCUCUUCGAGUGUAGAAUUUUCUAAUAAAGUUUGUUGUUGUGGUUGUAUUAGACAUCAUAGUUUGCAAAACUGUUUUUCUGUAGAGCAUCUGUUAUUCAUGGGAGGGAGGCAGUGAAUGCGAUAACUUAGUUACAACUUUUACUUCCCAUCCGGGUCAAAUUUCUCUAAUCCCUGUUCUUCAGGAACAUUCUAACCAUUUUGGACCCUACCAUCACACACCAGGGUAUGAAACUUUUACAGCGCCUCUAUUUUCCCAGAUGCCUCCCUUUCCAUAAGUAAGGGACACUCCCUUUGUCCUUAGUAGAAACCUAACUGAAAUACUGAUCCAACGUGGGGGGUACAAGGCCAAAGUAUUCAGCUGUAGAGUUGGAAUACAGGCAGGUUAGGGCGUUUCUAAGUAGUGCGCAAACAAUGUACAUCUUGCCAACCUGGCUUAGUCCUAUCUUUAAGUCCUUCUUGAAGUCCAGGAAUUUGAAAUAAUUAAUUAUAUCAGCAAAUAACCAUUCCACAGAAACACGGACUGCACUCAUUGAAUCAUUAAAAAUCUGCAUAUCUCUGGUCAAAAUUCCAAUGCGAAAUGGUGCUUGGAGAUGAACUCUUAGCGGAUAAGCAGGAUCGCCAUAAAGACACAUUUCUGCUCCGGUCGGGGAAAAGGCAAAGUUCUCCAGUUCAUCGUAGAGAUUUGACAAGGCCAACAUCCUAGCAUCGUGCAUUCUUCCUUCUGAAUAUAAAAACAAAAUUGUAGAAAAAUAAGAAUCGAAACGUUUGAGAACUGGAAAAAAUAGUACUAACAUGAAUUUUUGCUUACCCACAGCACCAUAAAGAUGACCAAUUAAACCAUUGGGAAGUGCCACUGACUGGAAUUUAAGUGCAUGAACGCGAUUGUGUCCAUUAUACACGGCGCUCUGGUUUAUGAUAGGUCGGCUGAUGGGGCGCACUGUUCCGUCUAUAAACCCGAAGCAAUUUUCAAGGGCGGCUCCUUUAUUGUAAAUUGCUGUGGCGUAGACAUCGAGCAUUGCCGGGCUCAAAAUAUCAUGAUUCCAGUGAGUAACUCUGUGGCCAUGGUUGGUAUAUAGCCAGUCGGUGAUUUCAUUACUAAUGAUACUUAACUCUGGAACUGAUCUACCAAAAAUUGGUAUCAUGUCCGAAUAACGACAGGGAUAUGCAAACCGCUUCAGCAGUAUACACAGGCCCUCUGUUGCAUCGCAAACUGUGCCAUUCUUGCAAACAAAUUCUGGAGGCAUUCUUAAAGCAUUAAUGAGCAAUGGAAUAUCUGCCUUCUCCACUCGAAAAUCCGCUUUACACUCUGCAGGAUCCUUGUUCAGCAGGGAAAACGUGUCAUAUUGACAGUGAGGAAAUGGAAGAUUUUGUGGCGUAUAUUCCUCGUAGAGUACCGCAAAUUCUUCAUCAUCGAUAAUUUCCUCUUCUAAACAGAAAAGCAGCAUUUCUUGAACUGCUUUAAACGAGCUCAUGGUGUUUAGUUUGGACGAAACCUGCUGUGUCUCAAGUUGUGUUGUUCUUCGUCGCGUUGCAGCUCUUAACUUCAUUUUUCCCGCGCUGACAACGCCGCUCUCGGCCCAGGCUUUCCUCGGUUACGACGUUCUAGAAACCACCGCGUCCUCGUAUCUUAAAGUCCCUUUUUUCGCGCUUGACCGAAGCUUAGAGAGACAAUAUCAAAGAGGCCAGUAAGACUUUAAUUCUUUUCCAAAGGGAGGAAGAUAUAUCGUUAAUGUCACCGGAGAAAACAGUUCAAAAUUUAAACUGGUAGUGAAUGCGUAUGGAUGCUUUGUUGAGUCCGAUGAACACAAUGAAGGUCAUAAAAUUACGAAAUGUCUAAGCACCACGUGAGAUUUUCCUGAAGCCCGAUUCGACUGUGAAAUGUUUUGAUUCCUCAAUCUAUUAUUUUUUGUUAAUUCUUAGGAAGCUUAGGUAUGUGUUCUCGAAAGAAUAAGCGAGAAGUUGUGUUUUCAAAGCGUGGAAUCAGAACUGCGUACAGUCUUGUCGCUGUAAUCGCUGUGUUACAGUUUCUUUAGGUUUGGCUAAGGACUGGUUUGCUAAUAAUAGCCUCAUAGGUUAAAUCAAAUAAAGCAUUGUUCAUGUUAGAUUGACUCGCUUGUUUUGCUUUCAACUGAUUUCAACGGGACCUUUGCUUACAACUGAACAUCAACAUUCGAUGUAGAAGCUUAAAGAACUCGGCAAACACGCUGUCUGUAGAAUUUUCAGCCAAGAGCUUCUUUCCCAUCUCUCCAGAGAUUUAAAAAACGGAUUCACGGAGACGAAUGUACUUCGUACGUUUCGAUGACGCCGCCAAGUACUGCAGUGAAACAAACACUCACAGAAACAAAAAGGCUCGAUACCAGACCAAAAUAUCCAAAAAGAUGUAAAGAAAAAUACCAAAAGAACCUGUUUAGACUUUCUUUUAAACCAGAUUUAGCGAAGAUUGACUCUACACACUGAAGGCUGCGAUUUUCAACUACGCGAAAUUUUUUUUUCUGGAGUACAGGGCGCGCAAUGCAUCUAGCGUGAACAUAGGCCUUUAAGACCUGGGACCCAAUAAUUAUAUUUUGUCAAUUUAUUUGUGAUGACGUUUUUGUGUCUUUUUUCUUUCAGGCUUGAACAAGUCCUUGAAUAUGCCGAAGACAUAGAAAUAGACAUUCCACAGUUAUGGAAUUACCUUGGAGAGCUCUUGGGUCCAACUGCCUUUGAUGGAAAUAUUGACUUGAAUGAAUUCAUCAAUUGUAUACUAAAAUAUGUGCCAAAACACAAGGCUGCAAAACUUUUUGCAUACAUGCUGCAAACAGCCACAAAUGAUACAGUGAGUUGAAUAAUUAUACACUGUGUUAUUAUAAGAAGUUGAGGCCUAUGUUACCUUUCAAAUAGCUAGUGUGCAGUGUGGCUUGCAGACUUUCCCACUUUAUUUCAGUUAUUUGAUUGUUAAUCAUAUUCUUUUUUUCAUGAUACAGAGUCGGGAAGAUGUAACGGCUAUUUUGAAUAGAUGUGAAGUGUCUUUAAAUGCCUUCUUUGAGAAUGAAGAGGAAGCCAAGCAAUUCGCAAAGGACCAGGUACAUAAAACAACAGCAAAAGAUUCCCAGACCGAGACUAUGCUUUGCAUAGGAUCAUAAUAGGUUUAACUGAAGGACCAAUAAAGGAAAGAUGAGAAUGUCUCGUAAAUUCCGCCCUAACAGUGCUUAUGUUUGGCCAGUAUUGCAUGAUGGUAUUUAUGUAUUGUGUAGCCCUCGUUAACUCACACCCUAGAUCCUUUUCACACGACGUCACGUCCGCCAUGUUGGUGUCCCAGACCAGUCCUGUGGGAGUUGAACUCUUUUCUUAUGUAAACGCUUUCUUUUUUUCCAAUAAAUUUGCAUAGAUGCUGGCCACGAGAGUGAGAAACGCUCUAUCUUUUUCGAAACAACCUCACAGUUGUUAAUGUUUAUCGUUCAAACUUGUAUGAAGUCAUCUGCAUAACCUUGCGUCUCCCAAUGGGACGCCGCUUUUAGUGUUCGGAAUUUAUGACCCACAUACACACAAUUAAGCGGAAGAAGACUUAAUGAGCUAUAUAACCAACAUUGAUGAAGUUAUGAAUAUAUGAAAAUCAUACAUGUGAACUGCGGAGUGAAGAAUUAUAUCAAUGAAGAUCAUCGCAGUUAUAUACGCAACUUCUGAAGCUGCGAAAAGAAAGCCUGAAAAAAAAAUUCAGGCUUGUACGGGAUUCAAACCCUUGACCUCUGCGAUAUGAGAAAUUGGAUGAAGACCUGCACGGAUAUCAAAUAGUAGCGAAGACAGACGAAAGGCCUCAAAUAAAGGAUCUCAGAGGUUAUCGUUAAAAAAGGAACAACUUCCUUGCUUGUACGAGUAAGGGCUCACGCCAGUGGUGGAAAAGGGUUGAUAGCAUAUCACGGCAAUGCCUUCCAGUGGUUCUAUCGCUCGACCACGCCUUUCUCGAGGAGCUGAAUGAUUAUUUUGGUGAAUUAUGUACAGACAACACCUACAUGGAACCUGAGCCUUUAAAAAUUGAAAAUGAUCAUAUGAUACCAGAAAUCACCGUGUCGCAGGCGUGGAACUCCCUUCAGCAAAGACGAAAGACAGCAACUGGUCCUGACGAUAUCCAGUAUACUGUGUGGAGGGACCACGGCGCACUUCUCGCUCCAGUCAUUACCAUGGUUUGGAAUCUUUCUCUUAAGACUCACACGUGGCGUAGGGCUGGGAAAAAGUCAAAUAUCAUCCCCCUAUCAAAAGUGGAUCUUCUAAAGGAAAAAAACAGAUUAUCGUGGCAUAAACGUUACUUCCGUCAUUGUGAGGGCUUUUGAAGAGAUCGUGUUAAAAAAGCGCAACUCAGUUUACGUAUAGGGAAGGGGGUAGCUGUACGAACUUCUCUCAAUCUAGCAUAAGAUUAAUCAGUAUCUUGAUACCCUAAAGUGCAAGGCAGUACGUUUAUUUGCGAUGCACUUUAGAAAGGCGUUUGAAUGGGUGAAACAUGACCAUUUGUCACAGAAACUACAACAGCUCCUGCUCAAUCCUUAUAUUCUGAACUGGUAUCUCAGUUAGAUAGCAAAGACUUAAGAGUAACGGGUUUGUUAGUGAAUGGAAAGUAGUAAAUAAGGGUUUCACUCAGGGGAGUGUCAGUGGCCCGCAUUUAUUUAACAUUUUUCUUAUUGACCCUUGAGGUAGAUGUUAGGCAGAUGUUAGCUAGGUAUGCAGACGAUUCUAAUAUUAUAUCACCUGGGUAUAAUACGUCUGAUAGAUCUGAGGCACUAGUUAAACAGUUUAUGAAGUGGUCUAGCAAUGACGGUAUGCCCUGUAAUCCGAGGAAAGGCAGAGAAAUUGCUUUUAGGAAGAAAGGUGUACACAGGGUUUUCGUCUCGUUCGCAAACCAGAGCGCUCCCAAUUCUUGGUGUUACUUUCCAGGGAGAUUGUCCAUUUACUACUCAUGUACGCACAAAGCUAAUUAAAGCUGACAAAAGUCUUUUUAUACUGAGGUCAUUACGGAAGGAAGGUUAUACUCAGGCAGAAUUAGACCAUCUGUUUCAAAGUCUAGUUAUCCCUAAUUUGACCUAUGGUUUAUCGGUCUACGGUGCUCUUAAUGCAGAGCUUACGACUGUACAGUGUUUCCUGGACCGGUGUCACAUGCGGAUAUACAUAUCUAAAGCGGCUAACAUCUUUUAUGAUCUUUUAGAAAAACAAGGUAGGAAAAUGUUUAGUAAAGUAAAACAUCAAGAGAAACAUCCUCUAAGAAACGUUAUGCCUAAACUGAAGAACACAGAGUACAAUUUAAGACACAAAUCUAGUCACCGGCCGAAAUUGAACACGGAUCGAGUUAAGAACUCCUAUUUUAAUCGUCUAAUUUUUAAAUAUGACUUAACUUUGUAAUUAUUUUGGAAAUAAGUUACUAACUUUUGGAUUUUUGAAAAAAUAUAAUUUAGAUUUUUUUUAGAAAUUUUAGAGAGAAAAUUGUUUUGGUAAAACAAACAACUCGAAGGGUUUUAUGCUAAUGAGAAUUUGCUGGCCAAUUGGAAAAAGCCUUACGCAAGCUUUAAUCCAAGUCAAGCGUACGGGUUUGCUGGUCAUGCUUAUGGGUGGUAGAUCAACUAUAAAAGCAAGACGGUUAAAAAAUUCCGAUAAGCCACUUGAAUCCUAUCCGACGUUUGAGUAGAGGGGCGCUGAUUGUUCAGGACAUCAGUCCGGUCAAUCCGUCGGAUGGCAUGAAGAUCGUUCUACAACAAGACCGGUACAUCUCCAUGCUUACACGCUCGCCAUCGCACUUGCCAGCACGUUUCCAGCGACACCAACGUCCGUGGCCCUCAAUGCUCUCUUGUCAUCAAGAGAGCACCUUCUUGCCAAACGUCUGGCUUGGUCUAUUGCAUCUCCUGGGCCCAGUUGUUCGAACGUCGGUUAGCGCUAACCUGGGGUUAAAUUUUAACCCGGGUUUCUUUUUCUUGUUAUCAAAAGCACUUUUUCGGAUAAUUUUCUCUAUUCUUUUUAGAUUAUCUGAAGGCAAAGAAAAUUAAACUGAAUUUGCUUUUUAAGCUCUCAUAUUUGAGUUCAAAUUUCACACUAACCCUGGGUUAUCUUAACCCAGCUUCCAGCAACCCGGCCCUGGUCUACAUCGGCGAAACAGGGCGUACACUAAGACAACGUUUUGGCGAGCACCUUCGAAGCAUAGAGAAGAACUUGCCUGGUUUCCCAGUCGCGGAACAUUUUGACACAGCUGGUCACUCAAUCAACGACGCUCUAGUUCGCGGAAUUAUGCUCUGCGGGGAAAACGCGCAACGGAAGCACAUGGAGAUGCGCCUGAUUUUCCAACUUGGCACCAGUCAUCUAUGCGGCUUAAACUCCGACUUCCGUUUCCUCUGGGCCGAGCGCGGCGCUGCGCGUGCACAACAAAGUUUUUUGAGUGUGUUUAUUUUUUCUUUCGUGGCGUAUCCAAACCUUGUAACGAUUCUAACGUACUUGUAACUUCACUGAUAAAGCGCCAGGCCUGAAACGUCUGGAGAGGAACUCAAACCAAAUCACGGCACUAUUGUUCACUAUUUUUUGUUGAAAAUUAUCCCUUACUUAUACAAACAAGAUGCAAUGUCGGUAGUUGCGCAGAAUAGAAAAGAGAGAAUUGAAACAACGUUUGAGAAUCAACUCCGAAGAAAUAAAGAGCAAUAGAGAGCAAGAACGAGUAGCUGUCUUUUGUUGAAAAAGAACUGGCUAGUUCCCCCUAAAAGUUCCUUCAACUGAUGUGUCGGGGAUUUGCAAAAAAAAGAGGGUUCAAGAAAUCGGGAUUCUAAUGUAAUAGGUUCUGCAAAAGCAAGAGGGGAAGAGUUUCCUAUUUCAAGUAAAGUUAGGUUAGAAAGAUCCUCUCGGCUUUUCCUUAGUUAUAUUGACCAGUGUUUAGUUGCCUUUGUAAAUGACAGAGGAGAAAUAAGUUAGGAAAAAUCACAUGCACAAAAAAGACAACUGUGAUAGGAAAUAUAUUAUUGUCCAUUUCAUAGUUAAGUUUAAUACACGAGUUUUCAUUUUUUCCAUUCCUUUGUUAUUGGUAUGUUUCCUUUUUUUUCUUUAGAAUAUCGAGUUUGCCCUCGGACAAAGCAAGUCAUCUCUUAAUACUGGUUCAUCUAAUCAACAUUCUGCUAGAAUACAAGAAGAACUUAGGACUCUUAUAUUGAAAAGAAAAGCAAGAAAUGAUGAGGUUUUCAACUGGAUUGAUGUAAGUGAAAUGACGCAAGAAUAUGUAUUGAGUUAUUUCAGUGAUCUGUUGAUGUAUGUUUUUUAACUAUGUUAACCAGCGAUCAGGUGGUCCUUCUUCCUUUUGGGGCGUCCACAGACUUCUGCGUUCGGCUGGAAGAAAAGAAUGCCUGAUCGCAGGUUAAAAGUAUGUUUGUAUGAAACAUGAAGCACUCAAUUGUGGUUUCAUAUGUUCCCGUGAUUCAUUUCAUUUCCGCAGUUCAUAUAUCAUUUAUUUUCAUAUAUCAUUAACACCCAUUUCUUUCACGGGAAAAUAUGAACCUACAAUUGACCUGCUCCCAACGUCAGUGGCUUCAUAUCUCAGUUGAUAGAGCAUCGCAGCGGUAAUCGCGAGGUCACGGGUUCAAACCCCGUUGAAGUCCUGAAUUUUUUUCAGGCUUCUUCACCCAAUUGCAUAAAUUGCGUUCACUGGGACGAUCGUUUCUUCAUUUUCAUAAGAGAACUUCGUUAGUUAACAAGAGCUGUCAAAAUAAACCAAUCAUAGGUUAUACAAGAAUCUGGUAUACUGGAAGGGGCCUUUGUUAAAAAGGACCUUAAGAGUUCCUUCGUUCUCACCCCCUACCCCUCCCCUCACUGUUUUUUCCUGCUCCCAUCUCUUUACGCCUUCCUCAUAAUUUAAACGCAUGGGAGCAUAAGACAGGCUAAGUUGCAACCUUUGCGUUUUGAGAAUUCAAUUUCUGUUCUUAUAGGUACCGACAUUGUUUUGAAUCGCUCUUUAUUCUUGUCGUUGCUGAAGUGAAAGUCUAGAAAUAUAACAAAACACAAAGGUCAGGUCCAUCAUGAAUCCAAUUCGUUUUGUUUUCCCUGAGUGUUCGCUCAAGUUCUGGUGUUUCCCUCUACGACUCCGAUUCUUCGUGUAUUUCCGCCUAAUAAAAUACCUUUUUCCUGCUCAAUCCAUGCAAGUCGAAUGUGUAACAACCCUUUUAAUCUUCUCUACAACAAAGUGCGACGAUCCUCCGUUUAAACCUAGAGCAAUGAAUCAGUAUAUAUCACUGGCGAAGUAUUUUGGACCGUGAAGUAAUUAUCAGGAUUGGGGAGGAGGGGGUGGGGGCUGUAAGACCAAAUUAUCACAACAGGGGUGUAUCCAGGAUCCAAUAAGGGCGUGUCCCUUUGUAAGACAAAAGUAACUAACAGAGGGAGUGUCGACCCUUCUAUAUAAAUUACCAUUUAAUGUAGAAACAUUUUCUGCCCGAAGGGAGUGUCAGGUGAAUCUCAGGACACGUGAACCUCAGCACACGUAAAAAGAAGCAUGCGAGGAUACCUCCCCUAUUCAAUCACAAGACACAAAUGACAAAAAUAUCACGCUUAAAGAGAUCGAAGAACAUUGGUCGUCAUGGAAAGUGGAGAAUACUUGGGAGAUGGUUAGGGAAGUGUCAGAUCGUAUUCAUGAUAAGCUUUGAUCUGGGAAAAAACGACUUCAACAUCAAUCCCCAGUUAUCUAAAGAAGUGGAAGAUCUUAAAGCUUCUCUGCAAUAAUCCCAUUCAGUGGAAGAAGGCACCUGCUAGAAAGAGAAUCAAGAUUUGCGGGAAUUGUUUGUUGUUGAAACUUCAAAGGCUAAAGGAAGAUGAUGUGCCACAAGAGCACUACUAAUUGAAGUACCUAAAGUUUUCUUGCGAGCCCUCUUAGUGUGAGUCUUGCAAACAGGAAGGAUGGUCGGCAGGAGUUCCUGGAAAUUAGUUUAUGUCAUCGUCCGGAUACGUAAUCCAAGCAAUAGUGAUCAAAUCGACCGGAUUAUUGCAAGCAUACAAGGAACGAACUGCAUUAGGUUACGUGGAAUUCAUGCUUUAUAAGAGCGCCUGCGAGAGUUUUGGGUAACACCAUGAGAUUCUUGCUUGAAAGGUCCAAAACAUGAGCAGCUCGAAGAAGCCCACUACCAAAAAUUGACUGGAACGACCAGCAUCAAGUCAGCGCGCUGACAGGAAAACAGUUAAAGCUUAACUGUACCUUAAGCAGCACCAUUUUUAAGUCAGUGGAGGAAAGAGCACUAGUAGUUCUUAUUCUGCGUUAUGUCCGUGCUAGUCAUGACCCACCAAAAAUCGAAGGUAAUGACGCAAAUGACUCGGAGCGGCAAUCCAGUGAUUCACAGGACGAUUGAGAAGACGAUUCGCAAUCGAACUCUUCUGAAAUGGACGACUCUGUCGAACGUAGUUUCGAGGUACUGUUCCACGCGCAGCGGUCGAAAAACGUUACAGUACAAAAGGGGUGAAUUCAUGUAAAUGUGAGUUGGGGGUGGGGCUGGUCAUAAUUUCAUUGUAAGUGACUAGGGAAGGGGUAAGAGCUAUAUUGCCUUUGUUGACAGGGGGCGCUACGUAUUAUUAGUCCAUGUAGGGCUCAUUUUACAGCUCCCCUCCUGAUAAUUAUUGCAUCGCUCCUUACGGUAUAAUGAUCUAUAUAGACGACAUCUAAUCUUUUCUUGUUGACCGUCUAAUCUUUUCCCGUGACAAGGCUGUGAAACGAGAGUCCUUCACUGAAGGGAACGCGUUUUAGUUUUAUAGGUACUUUUAAAGUUUAGUCCUAUCUCAGUAAGCACACAGAAAAUAAAGCCAGUCACUGCGCUUUUCAAAAACACGCGAAUUCUGAAGUUCAAAAGCCAACUGACGUUUGCGUUCCUCGCUGCUGUCAAUCAUCUUAGAGGACCUCUUAGGAAACGGAAGUUUACUUCAACGGCCUUGAAAGGUCAUGGUUUGUGAUUUGCGAAUGGUGGAUUUCGGUCCGUUUUGCGUGUUUCUGUGUCUCAAGGUUCGUUGAUUAAACUUAUGAUCGCAAUUAUGAUUGACGGCAGCGAAAAACGCAAUUGUUACGUUUCACAACUCGAUGCAGCACAACGUCACAAGCUAAGAGGGCUUUUGGGAAACUCCUUUUUGAAAAAGAUUAAAAUAUCGACUAUGCAGAGUUGGGACAACGGGCAAAUCUUAAAAGGUUGCAAGAAUUGGUAUACUUUUCAAAUAGAUUUGUCAUCCUAUCAUUUAUGAUGACCACGACAUUUGGAAACUUGCCAAGCCGGGGAAAAAAUUACAAGGAAAGUUUAAGGUCUGUCAGCUAUGCGUACGUUUCGGGUAGUUAUUGCCGUUAUCGAAGAGCCUUUUGGUCGUAAGAAGUCUUAAUGUUACUCCAUGUGAGGCCCUUGUUAAAACGUGCAGCUUCUCUAAAUAGGUUUUCAUUUGUCUCAAAGCGUUUAUACAGCGAUACUCCUUCCGACCCCUUUAAGUUUAAACCCAGAACUACUCGAAACACUGGAGCUCGCACAAACCAAAAUCGCGGACAAAGAGAUUUCAACUUUUAAGAACUUAAUAGAGAGGAAACCUUGCUUCAGUAUUCAUGUUAUAUACGUACUACAAACUUCGGUGUCAGAGAUGAUGUGAAACUUUAAUUUAUGAAAUUCAGUUACGUACCUACACUGAUUUAGUUACGCAUAGGUUGCAAUAUAUUAUAUAUGGCUUGGGUACAGAGGGCAGUACGUUUCAUCCUCCGGGGGGCGGGAGGGGGGAGAGGGGGUGAGCUAUCAAAACAAGUUUUUUCGGAAAGGUUCCGCCACGAGGCCCAACCCCUUAACCUUAUCUAUACCGUUUUUAAACCUUUUUUUGUCUCUUUCAUUGAAAAAAUACUACCACUUUCACAUACUUACUUAAUAAGAAUAGAUCGCUAAAAAGGAGGUCUUCAGGUCAUUUUAGUGUAACGUUUAACUUUAUUUAAGUGGUAUUUCCAUAAAGCACAUCUCUUCAAACUCUUUUAAUUAAGGGCACUUUUAAAUACUUAAAUGAUAGAUUUUUCUACCCUUUCAUAUAAUUCAACCUGUGAAUUCCUUACCCUUUGUUAUACCCGGAACCUUCCCGUAUACUGUAGGCAGUGCUAUAGGCUAUUAUAAGAAAUGACCCCCCGCCUCUCCUCCCCUGUUUCAUCUAAGGCACAAAAGGGCCAUUUAUACGAGGAAAAUAAGACGCGAACUUUCCGUAUAAACGGCACAUUUCGUCUAAAAUAAGACGCGGCUUAGCUAAGACGCGUCUUAUUAGAUAAGACAUGCUCGUAUAAAUGGUACAGUUCGCGUCUUAUUUAAGACGCGUCUUAUGUAAGACGCGUCUUAUUUUUCCUCGUAUAAAUGGUCCUAAAGAAAACGGCCACAAGCAACAUAUUCAUUACCGAGCUAAAUAACGGGAGAUGGGUGGAUCUUCAGAUUGGAGUUUGAGGCAACAACAGAUGAUACGACAGAAACGGCAAUACCUCUAAUCCUAAAAGUGAAUUAAAGCCCAAAGUGUCCGAAGAAACGCUAAGACUUAUACGGGAUAACUCAAAAUGAAAUGAACGAAGAGCGAAUGAAGUAAUGCCAGUUAAUCACCCGUUCACCACCCCGCUUCCGACACCGCAAGCUAAAAUUAACUAUUAAAACGUGAGUAGUGAAAAGGGAAAAAAGAGUGGAGCACGUGGCUAAUAACUAUUUUGAUUGUUUAGCUUUGUUUGUUUGUUAACUUCUGUAAUUUCAUCGUCUGUCUAGCUUUUUGAACUGGUUUCCGGACAGGAUCAAGACGGCGUCGCUUUCUUAUUUUCUAGUUUUAUCCUAUGGUUCAGCACUUUUUGCCGUUUCAAAAUGUAGAAAAUAAACACGAAGGUAUCGGCCUACUCGCAAGUAAAAGUUGGGCAACUAUUACAAAUGUUUUCUAAUUUCUUCUUGUUUCAAGGAGCCAGAAUGAUUAGACUGCAAUUUGGCUGUCAGAUGUUUACUGUCCUUUUAGUUGCGCGCUACAGAUCAAUUCAAAAACGACAGUUUUUAGGGUACAGCAAUUGUUAGUAAGAACUAACAAUCUUAUACACUUUGUUAUAAUCUAUAACUUAUUAUAGACAGUACCUUAGAACUAUAGAUGAUGAGGCAUUGUUUUCCCUUCGGGCAAGUAAUAUUUAAGUGGGGGCAAGUGAAAACUGAAAUUUACUUGCCCGCUGGGCAAGUGGAUUUCAAUUUUUUUUUCCUGCCCUGAGUCCGAAAAACGGAAGAUUUUGUUAAAACUCACUGACUAAAUUAAUCUCAUAAACUGGUUUCAUUCUGUCACUUUUGAACCGUGGAGGAGGCAAAAUCAACCAUUUUUACGUACAAAUUGUGCGCACAACUAUAUCAUCCACACUUGCUGCUGCAUGCACACAGUCAUAAUAGUAACUGGAACGUAUCUAAUUUUGUCAACGCCUUUGGUAAAGAAGUCGACCCGUGUACAACCAAUAGUUGUAAUAGAAAUGGAAGAAGCCAAAACCAAAAUUUGAUGUGUUGAUGCUCAUUCUUCUGUAAAAAAAAAUGGUGUUAAUUUUCAUGUCUGGCGGUAAUAAAAAGGAAAUUAAAUCUAAAGCCCAAGCC